GGAGGGUGGAGAAAACAGCAACAACAAGAGCAAUUGCAAGCUGCCCUCGAGACAUAUUUGGGGAUUGCCGCGACUGCUACUCGUCGCCUUGUCGUUCUCCCUUACUUUGUCUCCGGCCAAACAGAAAGCGGAAAGAUGAUUACCUCUUCUUCUUCUUCCUCCUUCUCCUCCUCCCUUCACCUGCCUGGCCCCCGGGUUUUUCUCAUCGGAGGUCUUCCCUGCAUGCAAAUUUUCCUUGGAAUGACCAGUGAACCUGUGCAAGGGCUUCAAGAGUUCUUGCAAGCAGCCGCAGCGCAGUUAGGCCAAGUCACACCACCUACUGGCUUCUUUUGCAGCGCAAGCCGGCCCUCGAAAAGUCUCUCUGCAAAAUGCCUUCUCAGCAGAUACGGUACUUUUAAUUGCACAAGGCAUGAACAUUCCCAGAAAGCAAAAAAAAAAAAAAAAAAGGGAGGGCAGUGCAAAGCAGCAAGAUCACCGCGUGAGUCACAGGCGCGAUAUAGGAAGGAGAAGGUAAAUUCUAAAAAAUAUUCUCUAAAUGUUCAAAAGAGUCAGGCAGAUUAGAUACUGCAAGAAAGUAAUCUCGGGAGCAAGAGUCCAAGUCACACUUGAAAGGGUUCUCUCCAGUAAGAUGUUUUUUUAAGGAUUUAGGAAUGUUCUCUCCCAACAAACCACACGCAACCAACAAUCUACCUUUCCCUUCUAAUCAAGAUGUAGCACCAGAAAAAACAAGCAAAAACUUGAGAAGCUGAUAAGGGUUUCGCCAUAAGAAUUUUUGCAAAUGAGAAUGCUUAAGCGCUGCCUUGUCAGAAACAAGUUCUAGCAUACAUAUUCUUAGCCCUACAGGUGGCUUGUAAAUACAGAAUUUUCCUUCAUGGGUGGUUUUGUUGUACAGACCCAUUCUUAUCUGAUGCAAGAGAAGUCAUAUAACUAGUUACAAUAGAGAUAUGGGUACUUUAGAGUACUGUAUUCAAACCAUAUCACAUACUGUAUACUAUUCCAGCAAUUCUGGAACCCACUGUGUAAAGUAGCUGUAUAUUAUCCCUUAGUAUUUACAGAUGGAAAAAUGAAAGCUAAGAGCUAGUGGUUUGUCUGAGACCCCCUAGUGAAUUGUGGCAUGAGUGAGUUGUGAAGAAUAGGUUGAAUAAAAAGAGCAACCCAAGUUGGACUGUUCUCAGACUGAAAUAAUAUGUGUGAAAAGCUAUGGUGGCAUGUAGGCCUUUUGUUGAAAAUAUUUGUGAUGGCCAGUGUGAAAUAAAGCUAGAUAUUCUCAACUAUAAAUAGAUUUUUUUGGAGUAACAUAACAAAAAUAACGCUGAACAAUAUGGAUGGGAGCAGCUUAACAGGAUGUCUUUUGUUGAUUUUGGAGGGAAAAAGAUGGUAAAAGUUAUGGACUUGAUGGUAGUGAUUCACUUUGGAAUGCCUUUGAAUGAUUCUCAUUGUUUUGAUUAUUUUGUGGUUUUGUCAUAUUAAUACAGUAGCUUCCCCUGUCUUUCAAUCCAGCUGUGUUUGAUCUUUGGGUUUCAUGUGAAUACUGUGGUGACAGUUGCUUCUUCCUUUCUAAAAUAUAUGUGCAUAUUGUGCCUAGGUAUAUAUAGUGUUGUAGCUAAUAUGGCGGGGGGGGCUAGAAGUGAUGUGAAAUACAUUAUUGCACUUUCAAACAGUAAGACACAUGGCUCAGGUGCGCUGCAGGCACUGUGGUAAGUGCUGCCCCUGCAGUAAAUUGCCAUCCAGUAUGCCCCCCUUAGGUAUGCUAGUGGUUUGAAUCCAGAUUAUAAAAGAAUGGAACGCCACUCAUGUGGUGGGGCUUUCCUGGCUCCUUUACCCCUACCUCCCCCACAACUACCUCCUCCCAGAGCCGCUCCUGAAGGUCGCUGGACCGUCUGGAACUGUGGGGGAUGGGGCACAAUGGGCUCCAGCAGGAUGAGAGAAUGGGAGGAAUUCAGGAUGCUGUCUUGUGGAAGUGCUUGAUCAUCCGCCUAAGACAUCUCUGGAUCAAAGCCAUAGUAUUACAGCUGAGUCACUCACUUGCUGUUGGAAGCAUUCCUCCGCUGUAUAUAUUACAGUACAUAUACAUUGGUUUGCUUUCUGGCAUAUCGUUUCCUGUGCGGGACAUUCCUCUUCCCUCGCAUGGAAUGAUGCACAACUAUUGCAAACAACCAGAGCUGAGUGUGAGUGCUGGUCAUUUGACGACAUUUUAUUUGAAGACAGUCAAGUAUUUCAUGAAGGUUCAAGAAUUGACUUGGUUCCCACUUUAAAAAGUUUUUAAAGAUAGCUGUGCUGUUUGUUUAGUUGUUGCUGUCACUUGAUUUCUCCCUUUAAUAUUGCAACUGUAGAAUAGACACUCUUGAUGUUCCAGAAUAAAUAAAUAAAUAAAUAAAAAGGUCAAUUACUGUAUAUAGACUAUACAGUCAUACCUCUUGUUACGUUUGAACCUGGUUCAGGUUACGUCUUUUCAGGUAGCAUCCUGCGGCGACCCGGAAGUAAUGGAACGGGUUACUUCUGGGUUUCACCGCAUGCGCAGACGCUCAGAAUGUGGUCACGUGCAUAUGCGGAAGCGGCGAAUCGCGACACGUGCAGAUGUGGGUUGCGUUCUGCUCAUGAUGUGAACGGGGCUCCGGAACGGAUCCCGUUCGCAACCAGAGGUACCACUGUAAUUUCUAUGCUGCUCUUUGACAUAAGACCCUAGGGCAGCAACAAAAACCCAAAACAAUGAACAUAAAGCACAGUAAGAUCAUCAGCAAUCUGUCAGUUUCCUAAUACACAAGCCUGAACCUCACCUUUAAAGGGGCUGAACAAGGAGGUGAUUGUUCAACUGGAGCCUAGAGCUAAACAAUGUUGUUGCCAGCCAAACCUCUGGAGAAAGUGUGUUCCACAACCAGUGGACUGGGCUGAGACAUUCCUUCAACAGGUCAUCAGCUCUUAGACUUCAUUUUGCACUGGAACUCCCCAGCAGACCUAAAGGCACAAGUAUGGAGAGAGGGGCUCCCUCUGGCAAUCAUAUCCCAAGCCGUUUAGGAUUUUAUACAGUAUGUCCAAACCAAAAUUAGGUCAGUAGUAAAUAGCUGUUCCUAUUUUAUCUGCAAGCCGCUUUGAGGUACCCUUCAGGGGAAAAGGUGGGGAAUAAUAAAGCUAAUGAUAAUAAGACUGUGCCAAUCUUUGAGGACCAAAUAUUAUCUGGUCUCUAGGCAUAAAACCCAACAAGAUUCCGAGGUACUGCCUUUUGUACUACUUGCAACCUCUGAACCAUCUUCAGAGCACAUUGCAAUAGUUUUAUACAGGAGAUUACUAGAGCAUGAUUUACAGCAGCUGGACUUACCCCUGGGUUUCCAGUAACAAUGUGGAGUUUAGGAGUACGUACCCAAGGGAGUGCAAUCUCAUUUAAAACAGGCUGCCUACUUGAUUCCCAGCCUUGGGAAUUGUGCAGAGCAGUAUAUAAUUUUAAUUUAGUCAUUCACUUCAUUCUUCAGUUGUCCAAUAACAACCAUUCUCUGUGCAAAAAGAUAUUUUAAUCUGUUACAAUAAACCGAAAAAUUCAGAAGAAGCAAAUAAAACUAUAACUUUUCUAAAUAAAUAAAUAUAAAUUGUUUUGCCUUUUGAAAACUGCCACGAGUUUUUUGGGUUUUUUACAAUCAAGCGGUGUAUACAUUUUAUGAUAUAAAUAAAAUAAAUAAAUAAUAGAAAUGACGGUUACAAAUUAAUCUGGUUGGCUGCUGUGAAAAUGGAGUGCUAGACUAGAUGAACCUUUGGCCUGAUCCAGCAGGACUCUUUUAUGUUCUCAGCCCCUAAAAUAGACAGUACAUGCAACAUUUAACGCAGAAUGAUGUAAAACAUAAACAAAUUGCCAGUUUUAAAAUUGAAUAUACACAUUCAUAAUUGAUAUAGUAGAUUCAUUGGUUAAAAAGUGCUUUGGAAUAACUGUAGAUUCAUAUUGUUAAUUAUGCCAUCAGUGAAAAGGAAGAUGCAUAAUUAAAUAUGAGGAUGGAUAGGCAGCAAAAUCUGUUUCAAUUAAAUCCCCAUCAUAAACUAUCAAUCUGUUGUGAAGUCAUAUCCAGUUUUCAAAUAUGAAGAAACACCACUGAGUCAUUAUGCCCAUCAAUUGUGUGUAUCAAUUAAAUAAUUUGUGAGUGUCAUCUAGAUUAAUAUACAAACCAAAGAAGCUUUCGCAAAUCAAAAUUUAGUUGCUCCAACUUUUAAAUUUAUUGGAAAUAUAUAUAUUUUAGUACAGUGGUACCUUGGGUUAAGUACUUAAUUUGUUCUGGAGGUCCAUUCUUAACCUGAAACUGUUCUUAACUUGAAGCAUCACUUUAGCUAAUGGGGCUUCCUGCUGCUGCUGCGCCGCCGGAGCACGAUUUCUGUUCUCAUCCUGAAGCAAAGUUCUUAACCCGAGGUACUAUUUCUGCGUUAGCGGAGUGUAUAACCUGAAGCGUAUGUAACCUGAAGCGUAUGUAACCCAAGGUACCACUGUAGAUUCCUUGUAAUGCUAUUUUGCUCUGGUUUGAUUUGUUUGUUCACUCCUGUAAAAAACAACAGCACAGCAUGGUUGAAUACUUAAAUAAAGUUUUUUAAAAGUAGCUGCUCCUUUCUACUAACUACAGCACAGGGAGCUGCAAAUGUACGUUCCUUUAGCUCCAGUUGUCAGCUACCAAAUAAACACAAAAGCCAUGCUGUUUUGAAGUGCCCCCUAACAUACUGUAACAGAUUGGGGGUGGGCCCAAGGGGCAAAUGUGCAAAGAGGGAAUUGGUGAAAGUUAGAUAUCACCUAGUGUAGGUUAAUGUUCUGUAAUGUUUUUUAGCAAUGAAACAGCUAUCAGUUAUGUGUACUGAUAGCAUAUAGUCAAAACACAUUGGGUUCAAUGGCGGAUUGCUAAAGUCAUUUUUCCAGGAAUCAUGCCUCCUUUCUGUGCUUUUUAAAUUAUUUUUAUUUUUUGGCCACGUGCAUAAAGCCAAAGGCAGGCAAGUUAAAUGCACAGAAGUUGUGUGCUUAUUGUAUUUAUAUUCAGUUUGUAACACUGGCUAUAUAUUUUUUUGCACUUCACAUCAUUGUGUGUUUAAUGCACGUUGCACGUGCUAUCUACAGUAUUUGGAGAGCUGUUUUUCAUAAUUGUGACGUAUAUAGUGGCCCUGCACAGUUGUAAUUGACGUCUCUCCCUUCUCUAUUUUUUCCUUCCUAUUUGUUUACAAGAGGCCAGUCCUUUGUGCUUUGUGUGUGUGCGCACAUUGUUCCAGGAUAAAAGUCAGAGGAAAACUAUUCAAUAUAUUGUUCACAUUUAAAAAAACCUUACCUAAUGUUAAAUACAGUGGUACCUCGGGUUGAGUACUUAAUUCGUUCCGGAGGUCCGUUCUUAACCUGAAACUGUUCUUAACCUGAAGCACCACUUUAGCUAAUGUGGCCUCCUGCUGCUGCCGCGCCGCUGGAGCAUGAUUUCUGUUCUCAUCCUGAAGCAAAGUUCUUAACCUGAGGUACUAUUUCUGGGUUAGAGGAGUCUGUAACCUGAAGCGUAUGUAACCUGAAGCGUAUGUAACCCGAGGUACCACUGUAACCUGUUGAUUUUUAAAAGUUGGUUUUAUCAUUUUACCGUGAGGCUAUGAUCCUAGGAGUUAGCCCCGCUUGCCAUAGGAGGAGCAAAGUAGUUACUGUAUCUGAAUACAACACAGCCUGCUUCUGAUGUCAUAUUCUAACAGUAUUUACUAUUAGAAACUUCAAUGUAGCAGUGGCUUUCAGGUUAACUUCAAUGCAGUGACCGUCUGGGUUAGGAGUGGCAGUACCACUUUGUAGUGGUCCCAGUCCUACUUGGAUGGCAUCUCCAGAUGAUGGUGUUGGGGGGGGGGCGUUUAGUCUUGUGGAGUGUGGGAUGUCACAGAGCUCAAUUUUAUCCACCAUGUUGUUAGGGUAGAUACUGUUCAGCAUUUGCAUAAAACUACUGAGUGGGGUCACAUGGAGCUUUGAAGCACAUUGUCAGCCAUGUGCUAGUGAUAACAAAGCACUUGUAUUUGCAGGUGCAGCUGUAAUAAUGGCUUAAUAGUAAUGCAUGGUGAGCAAUUUAAACUGAAGCUUAAUUCAUAUAAGACUAAUGGGCUGUUAGUGAAUGGUUCCUUGGACUAGAUGAGUGGGGUUUGGCUGCUCUGGAUGAGGUUACAGUGCAUCUGAAGUAGCACAUCUUGGGGAUCCAUUAUUGUCAUUUAAGGCAAAAAUGGCCUCGCUGGCAUGACCUGCCUUCCAGCAGCUCCAGCCAGUUGCACAGCUGCACCCCUAUCUGGGCAAGGAUAAGAUAUUUUCUGUUGCUUACACUUUGCAUUAAUCUAUCCUGAUGGUUACCAAUGUGUUAUAUGCGGGGCUGUCUUUGAAAAUGGUUUGGAAACUGCAGCUGCUGUGCAAUUCAGCAUCCAGAACAACCUGCUGUGCAAUUCAGCAUCCAGGACCUGGGCAUAUAACAUCAAUCAUGGCAGAGCAGCGCUGGCUAACAGUUAGUUUCUGGGCUCAAUUCCAAUGCUGGUUUUGACCUGUAAAGCCUGAUGCGACUCAGGACCCCAGAACCUCAACGAUCACCUCUCCCCACAUGAACCAACCCAGACAGUGUUAAUCAUCUAAGACCCUUCCCCAUAUGCCCGCUUUGAGGGAGGUGUGGAGUGUGAAGACGCAAGACUAGAUCUUUUCAGUGGUGGCUCCCUGGUUAUAGAAAAACAUUUUGUUACUUAAUUGGGAGGGUUAUGAAUUAUGUCUGUGGCCUUUUGUGAGUGUGUGUUUAUCCUUUCAACUGGAUGGGUAGGAUUUGUUCCACUUAUAUAUAUAUUUGGAGGAGAACUUUAGGUCUUAACUUAUUUCUAUUUUUAUAUUUGAUUUGAAUUUUUUUAUUUCAUGGUAAGUUGCUUUGAGACAUGAUUGUGUAUAAAUUAAAUACAAUAAAUAAUGAUAAAGUUGUCAAAAAAAUGAAAAUGUGAAUUAUUAGAAGUAUAUUUCAUUCAGCUUGGUCGUGGUUAAUACCACUUAAAUCUACUGGAUAGCUCUUCUCCUCCCUAUUACAACAUCAGAACUAUUAGACAAAAUAUCACAAUAUUGGAUAAUCAUUCUAAAGUCUAUAGUGUAUAUAAAGUUGUUUUUUUUAUCUAAACAAGAAAGUGAAUUUUGUGUGGGAGCUUUGAUGUGAGUUGUAGUUGUUCCAUUUUUCUGUGUUUAAAUUUUUCAAACUUCACUGUUGGGAAUCAUGCAGCUAAAAAACCUACAAUGCCUUUUCGCCACAAGAGUCCUUUCUCAUCUGUCUUUCAUGAUUCUAUCCUGGCAGAGCACUUUCUGCAUUUAGCAGUAAAACAAAAUUAGGAUAGUGGAAGGGAAAUGGGUAGUAUGUUUUCUAGCCUCCAGUAUUGCAAUACAAAGAACAGCUGAUAAAGAGAAUGUGAAGUAGGUCAAGUUAUUGUGCGAACUAUUUUCUCCCAUGCUACAAUAAAAUCUCCCUUGCCUUCUUGCUUUUAUUUUCCUUCCAGGGGAGAUGGUGUACCGACUUACUCUAGCAGAGACAAUUCGGGCAUAAUUUAAAUCUAUGCUAGUUUAUUUAAAGACCUAUCGGAGCUUCUUUUAAAAUGGGUCAUUCAGGUGGUGUGCCAGUUAAGUUGCACGCUAUUUGUCCGUUUUAGGAAAGGGACUGCAAGAACCCAGGAAUUAAAAUCCAACCGUGCAAUCCUGCUCUCUUGAAUGUAAGUUGUGCUGUGUUCAAUGGGGCUUACUCCCUAGUAAGUUUAUUCAGGAUUUUAGACUAUGGCUGCAGCCAAUUACAUAGUUUACCUGGAAGUAAGUGAGUGGAUUGUACUAUAAAUCUACUUUACUGACUUGAAUGAAAUCACAUUAGUAAAUACAAUGUGCCUUUGAAUGGCACAUUCAACGCAGUUUACAGCUGCGCUUUAUGCAGUUAGGCAAAUCCAAGCACCUUUAUUUCAAUGAACAUGGUUGUACUUAAUUUUGUACUGAAAUGGCUAUUAAUUGGGACUAUAAUAGGCUAUAAUGUGUGUUCAUAUAUUCGGUGAGCUUGAAUACUUACACGAAUGAGCACUAAUAAGUAAGAAAUAUUCUUGUAUAAUCCAUUGUAACUAGUGUGCAGUUCGAGUUGGAAUACUGUGCAUGCUACCUCAGAAAAGAUCUUGUAGAAAAUGGAAAAGGUUCAGAACACCAAAAUGGUCAAAAGGCUAGAGCAACUCCCUUAUGAGGAAUAGUUACAAUAUUUGCAGUUUUUUACUAUAGAAGAACCACGAGUAAAGGUGGGACAUGAUAUAAAAUUAAAAUUGUGUGAAAGAAGAAGAGAAAAGUUUUCAUCCCUUAUAAUACUAGAACAAGGGAAUAUCUAACAAAACUGAAGAAAACGACCAGUAGAUGUGGGGUGCUUUGUGCCUUGGGAUUCCUGCUGUUCCGUUUUAUGUUACUGGGUUUUUUUUAGUCUUCAGCUUUUAUACAAAUUCUAUAGAUAGGGUGGUGUAGGAUUUUGAAUAAUCUAUAUGCUAAUGAGCCUAGAUCCAAAGAGCAGUUUAACUAGUUGUGCACACCCCUUUAAAAAAGCAGAUAGAUUUUAUGUGAGAAAAGGCCACAUUUGUUCCUAAAAGAAAGCACUUCCUCACCUAUUUUGAGAAUCAACUGGAAAGUCCUGCUAACGGUCAUGCAGAGCAUUGCUUGUCAGGGAGUUCUCUGCUAACACCUCAUUCCCUUAAUCUGGAGUUAAAUAUCCUUGGCAGACCACCAGAGCCAGAGUCUGAUGACCUUCUGGGCACAAAGCAAGCAAGACACACUAAUUUCAUACUGACUCCUCUGUUCAGAGUUUCUUUUUUAUCGUUAAUAGAAUAUCUAAGGAGACUUAACAAUAUUGGGAGAUCCACAGGUUAGCCACCCCUGAUUUUUAAAUGCUUUAGCAUUGCUGCCCAUGUCUUCAGCUGAAAAUGGCUCUCACCAUGAUUUACAGAUAUUGGUGAUAAGGGCUCACAGACUUCCAGUCUAAAAAGGCCCUUGCUGGCUGUAUCUUUGAAGCUUUCCUGUUAAGGGAAUAGGAAAACACCAUAGCACUUUGGUUGAGAUCCCACAAAAUGAAGGAACGUAACUACCAUAUUUCUGCAAAUGGACUUCUUGUACACUUCUCCCAAGUGUGCUUAUGUGUCUCAGUUUUUGAUACCAUAUUGCAUUGGUCAAAAUCGGUGCCACUAGAGUGGUCAUGCAUACACGUCUUUCCUUCUGCUUCAGAUGUAGAGAAUCAGUGUGUCCUGCCAUCCACUCAUCCACUAUUCCCAAUUUGUGCACGUUCUGUGUACAGGCCACCUUUUUAUUAUUAUAAAGGAUGCUAAAAGUGAUCUUCUCUGAAAUAACUGCCUCAGAUUUAUUUACUCAUUUAAGAAUGAUGUUUGUAAUAUAUAUUUACUUUUAAAAAGUAUCCCUGCCUUUCACUGAGAGGCAGAGAAUCUUACACUUCUGUAAGAAGAAAUGUACACAGACUUUGUGAUGUAAUCCAAUAAAUUCCACGUUAUCUGCAUCAACCAGAAGAGAUUUAAGAUAGUCUAAUGGUUGCCACAAAAACACGUACUAAGGCUGCUAAAUCUAUUCCAAUCAAAACACUGAAACCAUGGUGGUGGCAUCAGUAAUGAUAAAACCACUCUUUUCAGUAACUAGAAGACACUUGGAGAACAUGAGGUUGGCCACAUAUUUCCUCCUUAUUUUCACAGAUUACUUUUUCAGAUGAAAAACAUCUUACUGCUCAGCCUAAUUCAUUCCAAAUCUAAUUAGCACACAUAGAAGUCAGGCUAGCAUGUCUAUUAGAUGCAUAAUGCAUGUAUUUAUUUUAGCUGUGUGCUACCUUCCCUCCACAAACCUCAGAGCACUGAUUUAGACUGCGAUUCCAUACACAUUUACCUGGGAACAAAUACCAUUUAAUUCGAUGGGGUUUGCUUCUGAGCAGGCAGGUGUAAAAUGACACAGGUAAGUAUCACACCAGCUGUGUGAGGGAAUUUAGACCGAGAUGGUGACUCAGUGAGGUUCAUGGUUUGAAGUGGGCGGCUGUGGCACAUUCAAGACCAGCACUGACUGCAGCCACUACUGUUUGUGUCUAUAUCCUUUCUACCACUUUCGUACAUUUCAGUACACAGUUCCUACCCUUUGUUUUGUACAGUUAAUGUCAAUAUAAGAAAUCAACAAAAUCCUCAACAGAGUAUGUUUUCUUCUUGUGCCCAUGGCCAGGCUAUGCAGAGUUCUGCUUGGUUACUCAUUAUUAGGGAGUGGAGAGGAGAGUCACUUGUUAAAAACUAUACGCAGGUGAGGAUAUGCAGUUCUGCAGUGUUGACCAAGUUGCCAGCAGUGUUGGAAUUUUACAACUGCAGUAGGCAAUGGUCCUGAAAAGCUUCAAAAGUAGCAAAAUAAUAAACAGAGUAACAAAAGAAGAAUAGUACACAGUGGAACCUUGGUUCUUAAUCCGUUCCGGAAGUCCAUUUGACCCCCGAAACCGUUCGAAAACCAAGGUGCAGCUUCUGAUUGGCUGCAAGAACUUCCUACACUCAAGCGGAAGCUGCGUCGGACAUUCGGCUUCCGAAAAACGUUCCAAAACCAGAACACUUACUUCCGGGUUUUCAGCGUUUGGGAGCCGAUUUGUUCAUCAAUUAAGCCGUUCAAGAACCAAGGUACCACUGUAUUGGUGGAGCAGCAAUUUGUCCUAGUCCUAAAUACCAACUUGCUAGUACAGUGGAUUGUAGAAUUGGACAGUUAGGCUGCAGUCCUAACGCCAGCUACCUGGAGGUAAAGGUAAAGGGACCCCUGACCGUUGGUCCAAUUGCGGACGACUAGGGUUGCGGCGCUCAUCUCACUUUACUGGCUGAGGGAGCCAGCAUACAGCUUCUGGGUUAUGUGGCCAGCAUGACUAAGCUGCUUUCUGGUGAACCAGAGCAGCGCAUGGAAACGCCGUUUACCUUACCGCCGGAGCGAUACCUAUUUAUCUACUUGCACUUUGACAUGCUUUCGAACUGCUAGGUUGGCAGGAGCUGGGUCCGGGAAGCAACGGGAGCUGACCCCAUCAGCGGGGAUUCGAACCGCCAUCGGCAAGCCCUAGGGUCUGUGGUUUAACCCACAGCGCCACUCGCUGAAUUCAGGAGGAUUUACUUCUGGGUAGACAUGGAUAGAAUUGCAGGCUUAGUUCUGAUACUGACGGAAACCAACCUAGUUUCCAGGUUUGAUGUGGACUCAAAUAUUUGUUUUCUUUAAGCUGAACAUUUGUUACUAAUUGAUUUCAUGUUUAAUUGGACCUUUAUUGAGCUUUUUAUAACACCAUCUAUUUAACAUAAAUGAACAUUUUUUUCACACUGAAAUCUAGUUUCAGAAAUAUUAUACUUCAUUAGCUGAAAAAGAAUAUCAAUAUUUGACAAGGCUUCCUUCCUAUUGCUUAAUGCAGUUGUGUUAUUUAUCUUAAAAAUAGACUGAGGAAAAUAUUCUUUUUAAAAAAACAUUUAUUUUGCUCUCAAAAGUUGAAUGUAAAUUAUCUGCUUGAAACAAUAUUGUAUAAAACAUUGCCUUGUAACUUGUUGCUCAGUUUGGUGUAUCCUUUGCCCUAAAGCCACAGCGGGUAGGAAAGAUGCCUACUCCAAUUAAAUCCGAAACUCCUCUGUGCCUUGCACCUAAUGAUAUCUUUCUUGCAUUUUAUUUGUUUUUAGGUUCCAGAAUAUCCCUGUCUCCUUGUCAGUAUAACUCAUCAGCAGAAUAUCGGUUUCAUCAAGUUAAAACUUGUCUGGUUAUUCUUUAAGAAUGUAUUUUAUCUCUAUAAUGUGAUGUCAUAUCUGCUUAUUAGUUUUGCUUCUAUUUGAACGGUUGUAGAUCUUUGUUGGUGUUUUACAAUUACUAUGGAUUCUUUUAAUCGCUUGGUUGUGUAUAUGUUUUGCAUAUGAGUGUAGCAAGUAGGUCUGUGGUCUCUCUGUUAGGAAUCAUGAAAGGAAGGAACAACGCCCCCCACUGUUCAUUUCUGUUGCAGCCCCUGAUUUCUGGGCUUUGGAAGUGUUUCCAUACUCUGUUGCAUGCCUGCUCUUUUAAUAUUGUCUUUGGAUGUUCCAAUAGUGUGCUUUACCCUCCCCUUCUAGGCUGAAUUGGUGUAGGAAACAGUGGCUGUUCUGCCUCUCAGCAUAGUUUGUGUAUAGGAGCACACUCUCAGUUACAUGGCGCUAUCGAAAGUUAAGAGUGCAAUUUUCGUUCAGCUGGAAAGAUAUUGCAUAUGCACAAAUCUAUAUAGUAACUUGUUUAUUAAAACAAACCCCCUAUGAUUUGGUUGAAACGUAUAUUAUAGUAUUUUUCACAUGUAGCAGGAAGAAUAAAACACUGUUUUAUAUCUAUAUCUAUGGCUAUCUAGGGAUUAUUAUGUGCUAAAUAAUUUCCCCAGAUGAAUAGUAAAAUCUCAUUGGUAAUAUUUUGUAUCAGUUAAAACCAAACUCCGUACUCCUGAGAAUGGUUUGUAGUGAAAUUGUUUUCUGCUGUUACUCUUCUUCUCAGAAGUUCAUGCAAUUCUCUUUUCUAGUAUUUCACUCCAUAGAGUAUAGUGUGUAUGAACAGGGCCAGCAAAAACAUUGAUUCCUGGAAUUUCUGCUAUUUCUAGGCAAACAUAAUUACCUAUCUAGAAUAAGUUUAGCUCUUCUCCUUAUGCCAAAAAUAAUGUGACAGCAAGUUUCUCCAAACUUGAUAACUUCUCUCAAAUCAGGCUUCUGCCAUAAACAAAAUCACUGCCCCCCCAAAAAAAAACUACUUGCAGAGAAAGAAGGAUCAUUUUCAUUGCAGUAUAAACCUUUUGUAAAAAAAGAAAAUCAGUACAGUUAUACAAAAACUGGAUGUGACUCUCUUGAGAUUUCAGUCAAGGGAAUUUGCUGUAAAUGAGGUUGUGACAGACAUGCCAGAGGCCUAGUGGGAAUGCUGAGAAGGCGAAGCCCGUCAAGAAGUGGCCAUGGUCCACAACUCAUGGACUCUCUGAGGCCUAGCUUCCAUGUUUUGUGAAGGAUGCUCUGGGGAGAUUCUGAAUAAAUACUUGGUUUGCUUUUCAUGGUCUUGAGCUUCCGACAGCAGCUGCUCCAAAACAGUGGCACCCUAGGAUCGGUGAAACAAAAGACUGACACGAAACAUCUUUAGCUGUAAAGCAGGGCUAGCCAAUGUCACACCCUCCUAAAGGCUUGGGACUACAAUUUCCAUCUGUCCCAACCAUGGAUGAUGGGAGUUGUAGUCCAAAACAUCCGGAGGAUAGAUAUCAUGUGGGAUACCUUGCAGUAUAUAAUAUAUAAACACAUACCGUUAUAAACAGACACACACCUGUCCGAUGUUAUGGUCGCUUCUCUUUCUUUGAGAAGCAGAAGCAAUAAAAAAAACAACCUCUCAGAUCCUUCCCUGCAUUUUGAUGUUGCAUCUGCAAAACCAUCACUUUCAAUAUCCAUUAAAUAUAUACAAAGCAUUAACCCCAGUUCUCCCUUUAUAUUAAAGCUGCUUGCCUAAUCUGCAUAUGCAGUACAAGGAAGCUGUUAAAUCCUGAGGUGGUAAGAUGAUGCAGGUGCAGAAAAGGGAGGGGGCAGCACAGUAGCCCAGUCCUGGGUAAGUGAAGAUACCCAGUCUGAAAUUGUAGAAAGACAUACAUUUAAAAGGGGCGGGGGGAAUAUCAGAAGAAGAAAAGUGGAAGUUCUUUAAUUGCACACCCACCCUCUUUCUUAACAGUUUUUCUUCAUAGGGAAGUUUCCCCAUACCUCCAAGCUUUUUUUAUUUAUCACCUCUGAGUUGCAUCUGUUUUUGCUCGGCUUAGAUGUAAUCACUACGGGUUUGUUUUUUAAAAAAACUCUCGCCAUGUUACUGACACUGCACAAUUUUUCCAUCAGUUUGCUCAAGAGAACACAGCAGAAAUAGGUCAGUAAAUGUUCCAAUGGGAAAACAGGAUUCUUUUAGCUACUUGAUAAUGGCAUUAUACCAUUUAUACCAUUCCAUUACACUACUCGAUGCAAUUUAACACACUUUCAUGCAAAAGUUGGGGGAGGGUUUUUUGGUGGUGUUGGUUCCCCACCCUCCAAAAUAUAAACAAUAACUUUUAAACCAACUGAGGCAGGUAUUCCAACUAAUCUAGUUACAGACACUUAGUCACAGUAAGAGUUAUCUGUUAAGAGUUACAUUUAAUCACUCUCCCAACAAUUAAGAUAAAAAUAAAGCUAAUGAUACACAUCACCCCACCAAAGAAUUGCAUCAUUUUGCCUGACAAGUCCGUCAGAUCUCUUUAGCAAUGAAAACUUUACUUACGUUGUGCAAACUUACAAGACUUCUGCACGUGUACCUGUGCAGGAUUCCAACCUGGCAGCCUGAUAAUCAGGGUUUGCCUUUGUUUCGUUGACAUAAAUACACCCUGAAGCCAGUUUUUUUGCUCUUGCCAUUAAAUUUCCAUGAAAGCUGUCUAUUCUAAAACAUUCCUAGGCAGUCUGUUGUAUCAGUGCAAUUCAGGUAGGGCCUCUGAAAUGGCACCCAAGAUGCUACAUAAAACACUGUUAUUCAGCCUCAUGGAGUCUGGCACUUCUUCAUUCCAGUGCCAGAAAAAAGACAAAAGUAACAUUUUGUAUGUAUUCAGUAAGACUAUUAAAUAUUAAAUGGAUAUAAAUUUUGAACUAUGAUCUAUAAGUUUGGUCUAUAAAUUCUUAAACAUUUUGCUGCCUAAUCAAGCAAAGUGACAUUACCAGGCCUUUGUGUAAAUUGCUUUCAAGGUACUGGUAACAGCAGUUAGACAGGUAGAGAACCACUGGUAUGAAAGACCACCGAGGGCCUCUCAUUAAGAAGAUAACAUAUAUAUUUUCUCUCAUUAAAAAAAUAAAAUCCCCCUAAGAUAACAAACUAGAGCCAGGGCCUUUUCGGCUGUGGCCCUGGCCUGGUGGAAUGCUCUCCCACAAGAGACCAGGGCCCUGUGGGAUUUGACAUCUUUCCGCAGGGCCUGCAAGAUGGAGCUGUUCUGCCAGGCCUUUGGGCAGGGUGCAGUUUGACUUCCUUUGUAUAAGACAAGCCCGAAGGAGGCCCUCAACCCGCUCACAGGUCCUUGUAUGAUCAGUGGAAACAGUUGGUCCUGGCAAGUAUUAACCACUCUCAAUUCCAACCUGAUAAUUGCCACCUGCCCAGAUUUUAACUUGUCUGAAUUAAUUUUAAUUAAUUGGUGUCUGUUUUUAUGCAUAUUGUGUUGUUUUUAUGAUGUUGGCCACUCUGAGCCCAGCCUCAGCCAGGGAGGGUGGGAUACAAAUAAAAUUAUAAUAAUAAUAAUAAUAAUAAUUAUUAUUAUUAUCUCACCUGGAAAGGUUGCAAACUGGGUUUCAAGUGGUACACAUGAAAUGUAUCCCAGAAUGGUUCAGAUAAUCUGUACGUUAGCCAGAAAGGUGUUACCUCAUAAAAUUGUACCUCAGGGUGGCUUUGACUCUUAAGAGAAGCCAGCAUUUCUGAACUAAGCAAGACAAGUCACACAUGAGGUGGAUUGUUGGCCUUUCAGAGUAUAAAGUAUGAUCUCAAAUUCACCCUUUUUUAUUAUGGAACCUGUGUUCCUAAGCACACAUCUUUUACCCAUUUGUAAUUUUUGCUGAAAUAAACAUAGCAACAUAGAAAAAUAUUUCAGUACCACACUGUAAAUAGACAAGAUUUCAUUAACAGUAUCGUACCCCUUGGCAGUUAAAAAAAAAAAGCUUGACCCACCCUAGAAAUUAAUAAAUGGUAGGAUUUUGAUUAUUUGGGAUAUGAAGAAAAAAUACAAGCUGCAAGAGGAAUUCCUAGGCUAGCCAAAGGGCCAUUGGCAAUGCAAGAGAACUGUCCUUCCCCGCUACACUGAGGUGUGAACAGAGACAGGGUAUUUGAAAGGUUGUCAAGGUAACCGGGUGUGAUGUCACAGGAAGAGUUUGGGGCCUUUGGCAGGAUGCUUGGAAUAGUUGAGAAAAGGGCAGAACUAUCUUGGCAAGCCAGCGAAAGGCAGGCGGGGAGAGAUGCCUUGGACUCCAUUACUGCACUGUUGUGGAGAACAAAGCCCCUCUUGAGAUGACCAUGCUGUAAGAUCUGGGCUCUCUCCAUCUAAAUUCAGGCAUAAUUAUGUGAAUAAAUUAUAUUCCUUAAAGCUACAACAGCCUCUGUCAUGUCUCCAAAGGAGCACAGACCCUGGUUGAGGGCCAAGACGCCUACAAUCCCAUGCAUGGCUUACUCCCAAUUAAAUUUGUAUAACAGGGAUGGAGAACCUCAGGCCUAAGGGCCCCUCUAGGUCUCUCCAUCUUGUUCUUAGGUCUCCCUGCUGUCAGGCUUUAGGAAAGUAGCUUCCUCCCUCCCUUUGGCCGUGGAUAAGCAGAACAAAGCAAAAAUAGUCUCUUACCUUUUAAAGAGAUCUUAAUGAUCACAGCAAAAGAACAAAGAGUCCAUCUUGGAAUGAAGGUGCUCCCAAUUAAGGUUCCCACGCCCUUCCCCUCAGUCACUCCCGUCACUUCCGCAUCUUGGAACCUGCUCUCGCAACCACCAUGCUUUUUGUGUAGCCACCUUAUCUGCUCUAUUUGACCUUAGACUGAUAGGAUGGACACUUUACAGUUAGAGAGAGAGAGAGAGAGAGAGUCUGUUAGCUCUCUCUCUUCCAGUUCCUCUUCACCUUGCUGUUCACCUCCCAGUUCUUCCCAACUUUUGUCUUCAGAACUAUGCCCCUCUGCAAACCACUGUUCCAAAUCUAUACUGCUCCACUGCUCCUGGGCAGCUUCAGGAUCUUGGUCAGGAGCAAGGAAAGAGGGAGGCUCCCACCAUUCCUUAUCAGAGCAGUAGUCCUCUGCCUGGUCUCUGACACCUGCCAGGCCACACCCCCUCCAGAGCACAUCACUUUUAUCCAGCCCACGCCCUCUUGCUGGUCUUCCUUGAGUGUUUUUGCCUGGCAGGAAUUUGUCCUUGAACUCUGGUCGUUCUUUUUCCUUGCCUGUAUGGAGGAUGGAGAGGCGUAUGCAAGUGUGUGUAGAAACCAGCCUGCUGUACAAAGGUGAUGUUUACAUUGGUUUCUCCAUCCUCUUUUGCCUCUGGUCCUGCUCACCACUGUUACACGACUCCUGGAAGGUUUGCAGACCUUGGGUUGAAAAAGGUGCCCUCCCACUGGUGUAUGGGAUCUCAGCCUAAGUCUUCACUGAACUCUGUGGACUUACUUCUGAGUAUGUAGGAACAGGAUUGCACUGUAAGCUAUAGUUCCACAAGGCAGCUAUGCAGGAAUUCUGGAACUUUUCCUCUUUGUGUCUGAACUUGUCUUUCCAGAUACUGCGUAAUUGAUGGGUAGGUAAAAGUAUGAGGCAAUAUCUGCAGGAGGAUUCAACCUGUAAUUAUAUACGAUUUUGAUUUAUCACACAUAGUUUUAAACUUACUUCAUAAGAAUAUAUGAUGUCAGUAUUUAGUAUCUUAUUUCCAGUGGUUGACUGCAAGAAAAUUCUUUUUUUUUUUUUUUAGUUACCAUAUGUGUAAUUUUUUUCAUGGCAAUUGCCCUUAACCCCCCCCCCCCAAUUCUGUUAUUAGCUCUGUGUGGGAAUUGAGGGGUUCAUUCUAAUGACUCUCAGCAUCCUUAAGAAACCACAGACCCCAGGAUUGUUGAGGGGAAGCCACAGCAGUUUAAAUUGGUAUGAUACUGCUUCAAAUGUAAAGUGUAGAUGGGGCCAUAUUCAUAUGUGAGUCACUGGUGAUUACUAUUAGUAUUAUUUAUACAUUUGACAGUUCUCUUGCUAUGAACAGUGCAUCUCACUGAAUAUUUAUGAUACAACACUAAAGUAGGUAAUCAUUACUCCCAUUGAACACAAAUGGAAUUGGGUAUUAUAAUGACAAAUGACCUCCAGCUAAGCUGCAUAUGAACCUUGGUUUCAUAUAUUUGAACCACAUAUUAUUGCAAAACAAGAAGCCAACUGUGCUUUUGGUUUAAUUUUUAUUAUAUAUUAGAUAUUAUGAUAUAUAAGAUUCUAUAUUUUUUAUAUAUAUAUUUCACAUAUAUAUAUAAAGUUGAUACAUUUUAAAUAAACCUAGUUUGCCUUGGUUUUACAAUAAAACUGCUCCUACCUUUAGCUGAGGAGGCAAGUUCUGUUCAGCAGAGAAAAACAAGAAGUUUUCUUCAACUUUUCAUUCAGAUUAUCAGCAACAAGAGUACAAUUUAUGAGGGGAAACAAACACAUCUGUCAGCCCCUUUUUAGUUUACCGCUAAUUGUUAUUCAACACUUACAUGCAGCUAGAGUCCAGGUAUGAGAUCUACCAUAUUUUACAUUUUCCCAUGCACUAAAUGCCUCAUAAAAACAGUAUGACUCCAUGCCACCUAUCCUUUGGGUCAUUUAAUGCAGGAAAUGGAGUAACCUGCUAAAUUAUUUAUUUCUCAUAGAGUGACAAGGCUAUGAAAACCCACAAACCUUGAGCAUUUUGGCGCUGGCAUUGAUAUGGGGGUCUAUAAUUCUACCCUUUCAAGUACCAAUGGCCACACUCCUUUUUUACUACAGAGAGCACUCCAGGAGAUUAUGCAAGAACAUAAUUUUUUGGGGGGGAGGGGGGACAGGGUAAACAAGCCUGCUAGAUUUAUUGAUUAUGCUACAGAGGGGAUGUAGAGCUAUAGGGUAAUGAAGACAGAAACCACCGAAGUGUAGCCCUGAGUUGGUAUUCAAUGAUUUAUAUCAUAUAUCAUUUAUGGUUCACAUCUUUUGCAAAAAGAUUCACAAUCCAAGAUCAGCAAGCAAAUUUGCCUCCUUGCAGAAGCGCAGAUUUAAAUUGCUCAAAAGUCUUUCGAGGCCUCUAACUGCACAGUUUCCAAGGCAGGUCAAAGCAAAAGGACUAAAGAAUAAACCUCUUUGGUUUUAUCAGUAGCAGGUGAUGUUUUGCGUGGGGGGGGGGGGAGAGAACAGCAUAUGAAGUGAGCAAAUCAGUUGUCUGCCCUAUGUGAUUUCUGACAUUAUUAGGGCAUCAUGGAAUUGGCUUAUGCGGAAGCAACUCUCCUCAACAGUCAGGCGUGACAUGAAUAGGGCCUUUACAACUGUAUCCUUACGUGGGUUAAGACAUAUGGGUUUGUCUGGAAAUUCUGAAUCACCCAAAGCAACUACCAUGAAUAUUCCAAAGCAGGGUAAAAGGUUCAUUAAGAGAAAACAGAAGAGGAGAUGCAAUCAAACAUAUAAUGUAACAAAUUCAAAGAUAGUGUGCUAAUGACUACAUUGACCUACUUGAGUUAUUGAAGCUUACAUGACUGAUUUUUAGAUUGUUUUGCAGAGUUUUUAUUUCAUUCCAGGCAGACAUUUGUUUUUUCAGGUAGAGAAAAAAAGCCAUUUAAAGUGUGUAUACCUUGUGCCCAUACCCCACCAGUCUUCCAUGGUGGCACUACCUCAAAAGAAAGCCUUCAUUUAUAGGAGAAUUCUCAGGUAUGAAGAGCGACCUUUUGGCAGUCAGUUGGCACAUAACAGUUACAUUUAAGCUUAGUCAUCAUGCUGAUAUGAGACCCGAGUCAUACUGGCUACCUAGGAAAUGAUGAACAGCUAACAGGAAGUAUUUAAGGAAAUCUUUCCAUACCUGUUUGAAAGGGUUAUUCAGUAAGUGGCACAAUGGGCAUUAAAUCAAUGUAAGGCAUUGGUGUAAAGCCAGUGAAUAGGCAAUACAGAAUUUUACUAUCAAUACAAUACAAAUAAAGCAUAGUUCUGCAUAUAAAAACGCACUGUUCUGUGUGAAAAGUAAAAUAAAUAAAAAAUCAGCCCUUCUAUUUGCAGCUAGGGCAGCAUCAAACUGAACAGUAAUUACGUGUGCCAUAGAGAUUGCUCCAAUUAUGACAGAGUUGAUGCCUUUGAAAACUGCCCAGUCGACUAAUGAAUUUAAAAGAGGAAGGCUUAUGUUCCCUUUCCAGAACUCUUGUAUAACCAUUCCAAAUUUCUAAUCAUUUAUUGGCUGUAAUUGUUGAAAGAAACAAACUUGACCACUGUCAUAGAAGCUAUGCACACUCUGUGCCCUUAGAUCAGAAAAUAGCCAUUCAGUGCUGUCCAAAUUCUUCCUUAGAGGAUUUUAGUUAGAACAGUCUGUUUUCUAUGCCAAACAGUGUCUCUGCUGCUGUUUGCUCUGGCAUACAGUAUUGUAAAAGUAGAGCGCUGAAUUGUGGGCUGAAUUCUCUGUGUUAUAAGAGCAAUUAAGAAAAUGCAGCCUUUAUUUUAAAGAAGAGUCAGUAUGUGAGCUUGGCAAACUAUGGUUUGUAAAGAAAAGAAAAAUGAUGCACAUGUUGAUUAAAAGGAAUGCUAACUAAAGAUGAAAUGUGUAUGAAUGAAUACUAAAGCUAAUCACACGUGAUAUGGCCCAGCUGUGCACUAAGUCAGGCUUCUCUUUCAUGUAAGAUAAAGGAAGGCAGGUUUAUGUAAACAUGUAACAGAAAUCUUGGCAGCUCCAUGUGGAACCAAUUGGAUAUCUAGGGUCAAAAAUGAGGUAAGAUGGUGGCAGAUCCCAUCAGCGAUCUUUUCUAGAUUGGUCCUCAGUGUUGUAAGUAAGUGUAUUGACUUAUGAAGAUAGUAAGCAGAAAGUCAAGGGUGAGUUUAUUUUUUAGGGCAGCAAGGAAAAAAUAAAAAGAACAUCACAGAAAGAAUAUUAAAGUGGCAAGGGAAAUAUAACUGGGAGAGGGGAAGAUCAGAAUUGUUUGGCAAGAAGGCUUCCAGAAUGAGAAAGGGAUGGAAAGAUGAUUGAAUGGGAACAAACAGGAGGAUGAACUAAUUGCAGGGGCGUACCAAGGGGUUAGAGACGUGGGUGGCGCUGUGGGUUAAACCACAGAGCCUAGGACUUGCCGAUCAGAAGGUCAGCGGUUCGAAUCCCCGCAACAGGGUGAGCUCCCAUUGCUCGGUCCCUGCUCCUGCCAACCUAGCAGUUCAAAAGCACGUCAAAGUGCAAGUAGAUAAAUAGGUACUGCUCCGGCGGGAAGGUAAACGGCGUUUCCAUGCACGGCUUAGUCAUGCUGGCCACAUGACCCGGAAGCUGUACGCCGGCUCCCUCGGCCAAUAAAGCAAGAUGAGCACAGCAACCCCAGAGUCGGUCACGACUGGACCUAACGGUCAGUGGUCCCUUUACCUUUACCUACCUAGGGGUUAGCUAGUGUUAUGUACUGAGUUGAAUAGGAUCCAAACUGCAGCAGCCUGAUUGGUCCUAGAACAAUAGGAUCCAAAAUGCAGCAGUCUGAUUGGUCCUAGAACAAUAGGAUUCAGAAUGCAGCAGUCUGAUUGGUCCUAGAACAAUGCAGCAGUAUGAUUGGUUGGCAGGAACCACCCAAUCAUGCUCCAGAUAGAAGUGAAUCCACAACCUGAUUGGCUUACAGUAGAAUUCCGGAGUUAGCCAAUCAUGUGCAGCCCAUUGUGUAAAUAAUGUAUAUAAAGCAGAUACUUUGAGGGGACAUUCAUUCAUUCCGCCUCACCACUAUGAGCUGAAUAAAGAGCAUGAAAUCACUUUGCGACUCUGAGUAUAUUUCACUGGCGACGAGGAUGGGAUCCCGCUGAGCUGACUGCCACACACAGAGCAUGAAAUCACUUUGCGACUCUGAGUAUAUUUCAGCUAGGUUGGCCCCUGCCAACAAUGCAGGGUAGCUCCUCACUCUUGCAAAAUGUGUGCCUCCAGGCAUGGGCUGUUGCAGCAUUCCCAUGGAGCCCCCUUCCCAGUCACUUGGCAGCACUGGUGGUUAGCACAACAGGGCUCCCUGUGAGGACACAACAGCUUGGCCCUCUGCCUAGUGCAGCCGCUGCUCCCUGCCCUCUGUUCCCCCUGCUUGCCACAAGGGAGUGCAGCCUUCCAUCUGAUGAUUGAGAAGCAUCAGGCAAGGCUCUUAGUUCAGCAUAGCUGAGUUGCUUUGCCCUGGUUUCCUUCCUGCCUUGACCAAUUUACAGUGUGAGUUCACCCCAAAGAGCAACAGCCAUUGACUUAAGCAGGGCUUACAUCCCAGUAAAGUGUGCAGAGGGGCACAACCUCCAAGUUAGUGCUUUUCUGCUGGUGCCUUGUCGGAAGUAACAUAAAGGCAAGUGAGGUAUUGUCAGAAGUUACUGCAUCUGGAUUUAGGCUUGCAGUCCUGUGUACCCACUUUCCUGUUAGUAAGCUCAAUUGAACUUAGUGGGAAUUACUUUUGAGUAAAGCAGAGACAUCACCUUGUCAAACAGAUUCCUCACUGGCCUUGCAGACAACUUCAUUGUCCAGAAAGUGGGAGAAGCAACAAGAGGAACAGCCAUUUUAGAUCUGGUCCUAACCAAUGUUGAUGACCUGGUUAGUGGGGUAGAAGUGGAAGGAUCAUUAGGCGCGAGUGAUCAUGCUCUUCAGAAAUUUACUAUACAGCGGAAAGGAGCAGCCAAGCAUACUAGGACUCAAUUUCUUGACUUUAAGAAAGCCGACUUCAUAAAACUUAGGGAAGUGCUGGGUGAGAUCCCAUGGACAGUAAUACUAAAAGGAAAGGGAGUUCAUGAUGGCUGGGAGUUUGUUAAGAGGGAGAUAGUAAAAGCACAACGUCAGGCAAUACCAAUGAGACGGAAACAUGGAAGGUGCCUAAAGAAGCCAGGGUGGCUAUCUAAAGAACUUUUAACUGAGUUAAGAUUAAAAAGGAUGUGUACAAAAAAUGGAAAAGGGGAAACCACCAAAGAGGAAUUCAAACAAAUAGCCAGCACGUGUAGACACAAAGUCAGAAAAGCUAAAGCACAGAAUGAACUCAGGCUUGCUAGAGAGGUUAAAAGCAACAAAAAAGGCUUUUAUGGGUAUGUUCGUAGCAAAAGGAAGAACAAAGAAACAGUGGGGUCACUCGGAGGAGAAGAUGGUGAAAUGCAAACAGGGGACACAGAAAGGGCUGAACUCCUCAAUGCCUUCUUUGCCUCAGUCUUCUCCGAUAAAGAAAACAAUGCCCGACCUGAAGAAUUUGGAGCAAAUGAUUCAGCAGAGGAAGCACAGCCCAGAAUAACUAAGGAGAUAGUACAAGAAUACUUGGCUAGUUUAGAUGUAUUCAAGUCUCCAGGGCCAGAUGAACUGCAUCCAAGAGUAUUAAAAGAACUGGCAGAUGUGAUCUCAGAACCACUGGCAGUCAUCUUUGAGAAUUCCUGGAGAACAGGCGAAGUCCCGGCAGACUGGAGGAGGGCAAAUGUUGUCCCUAUUUUCAAAAAGGGAAAAGAGAGGACCCAAAUAAUUACCGCCCAGUCAGUCUGACAUCAAUACCAGGGAAGAUUCUGGAGCAUAUCAUUAAGCAAACAGUCUGUGAGCACCUAGAAAGGAAUGCUGUGAUCACCAAUAGUCAGCAUGGAUUUCUGAAAAAUAAGUCAUGUCAGACUAACCUGAUCUCGUUUUUGACAGAAUUACAAGCCUGGUAGAUGAAGGGAACGCAGUGGAUGUAGCCUACCUUGAUUUCAGCAAGGCAUUUGACAAGGUGCCCCAUGAUAUUCUUGUAAAGAAGCUGGUAAAAUGCAGUCUUGACUAUGCUACCACUCAGUGGAUUUGUAACUGGCUGACUGACCGAACCCAAAGGGUGCUCAUCAAUGGUUCCUCUUCAUCCUGGAGAAGAGUGACUAGUGGGGUGCCACAGGGUUCUGUCUUGGGCCCGGUCUUAUUCAACAUCUUUAUCAACGACUUGGAUGAUGGACUCAAGGGCAUCCUGAUCAAAUUUGCAGAUGACACCAAAUUGGGAGGGGUGGCUAACACCCCAGAGGACAGGAUCACACUUCAAAACGACCUUGACAGAUUAGAGAACUGGGCCAAAACAAACAAGAUGAAUUUUAACAGGGAGAAAUGUAAAGUAUUGCACUUGGGCAAAAAAAUGAGAGGCACAAAUACAAGAUGGGUGACACCUGGCUUGAGAGCAGUACAUGUGAAAAGGAUCUAGGAGUCUUGGUUGACCACAAACUUGACAUGAGCCAACAGUGUGACGCGGCAGCUAAAAAAGCCAAUGCAAUUCUGGGCUGCAUCAAUAGGAGUAUAGCAUCUAGAUCAAGGGAAGUAAUAGUGCCACUGUAUUCUGCUCUGGUCAGACCUCACCUGAGUACUGUGUCCAGUUCUGGGCACCACAGUUCAUGAAGGACACUGACAAACUGGAACGUGUCCAGAGGAGGGCAACCAAAAUGGUCAAAGGCCUGGAAACGAUGCCUUAUGAGGAACGGCUAAGGGAGCUGGGCAUGUUUAGCCUGGAGAAGAGGAGGUUAAGGGGUGAUAUGAUAGCCAUGUUCAAAUAUAUAAAAGGAUGUCACAUAGAGGAGGGAGAAAGGUUGUUUUCUGCUUCUCCAGAGAAGCGGACACGGAGCAAUGGAUCCAAACUACAAGAAAGAAGAUUCCACCUAAACAUUAGGAAGAACUUCCUGACAGUGAGAGCUGUUCGACAGUGGAAUUUGCUGCCAAGGAGUGUGGUGGAGUCUCCUUCUUUGGAGGUCUUUAAGCAGAGGCUUGACAACCAUAUGUCAGGAGUGCUCUGAUGGUGUUUCCUGCUUGGCAGGGGGUUGGACUCGAUGGCCCUUGUGGUCUCUUCCAACUCUAUGAUUCUAUGAUUCUAUGAUUCUAAAGGUCCGUAUAGUUAAAGCUAUGGUUUUCCUGGUAGUGAUGUAUGGAAGUGAGAGCUGGACCAUAAAGAAGGCUGAUCGGCGAAUAAUUGAUGCUUUUGAAUUAUGGUACUGGAGGAGACUCUUGAGAGCCCCAUGGACUGCAAGAAGAUCAAACCUCUCCAUUCUGAAGGAAAUCAGCCCUGAGUGCUCACUGGAAGGACAGAUCCUGAAGCUGAGGCUCCAAUACUUUGGCCACCUCAUGAGAAGAGAAGACUCCCUGGAAAAGACCCUGAUGUUGGGAAAGAUUGAGGGCACAAGGAGAAAGGAACGACAGAGGACGAGAUGGUUGGACAGUGUUCUCGAAGCUACCAGCAUGAGUUUGACCAAACUGCGGGAGGCAGUAGAAGACAGGAGUGCCUGGCGUGCUCUGGUCCAUGGGGUCGCGAAGAGUCGGACACAACUAAAUGACUAAACAACAACAAAGACAUUUUUAUGAUUGUGCUGUUAAAUGCCUAUUUUGAGUCAUGCCUGUUCUUGAUCUAAUGAUCAUAAAUUGUCAUCUCUGAUGAAGACCCCUGGCAAUAAACUAUCAAGAAAGAUGAAGUUUGUCUACUUUGAGAUCAGCAACUAGGCUGGGUGGUGGUGGUGGAAUUGAUCGUAACUGUAUCAGCAGUUCUGGUUUGGUCUCAAAAGCUGCAGCUCCCUUCCCUGGCCUUCCAAGGAGUGGAAGGCAGCUCCCUGAUUGCCAUUCCCAAGUCUUUGAUUGAAAACUGGCAGUACAGAAUGUUUACAGAGUUAGGUGACCGCCCUUUCUUUAUAUGUGUGACUUGGAAGGUCAUCUUGAUGACAGUAACAUUUGUAUCAUGGGCUGAAUUUUUUAAAGAAACACUCUGAUUAAGACUUACUUAUUCACAUGCAGAAGGUACUCAAUUUAAGCGCUGAAAUAUAAGUGGGCCAGACUCCUGGUCUGCGUUUUGUUUUGUUUGAUGUGUUGGCGUAGUGCUUAUUUCUUUAUUUCAGAUUUUAGGGAGAAGGAAUAAACCAUACUGUAAUUAGCAGCUGCAUCUUAAUUGGACUUUCCAUUUUAUUUAAUUAAGAGCAACUAGACCUGGGGCAAACUUCCAAUACACGCUCUUGCUCAUUCACCACCUACUAGAUGCCCUCAUUUUUCCAAUGUAGGACAGCACCAUGCCCAUCCUUACAGGAAUUAUAUUCUGACAAAUCUAUCUUUCAGAAUGCUCAACACCAUUGCAUUAUUCCAGUUUAGUCAAGAGUGAUGUAUCCAACUCUAAAAUAGCUAUGCCACUAAUUUAAUGGGAUUGUUUUCUUGCUAGCAGUGGCCUACAUAAAUAAAAGUAGAUUUAUCUACUUUUAGUGGAAGUUUCCUGAUUCAAACCCUUUUAUUAUUCUUAAAAACAUGACAAAUGCAUGAUUUUUGAAUGACAACUUUCUCUACCAUUUUAUUUUCCACAGUAUCAACAGUAUGUAAUCUUUGGGCUGUGAGAUGCACUUCUGCCAUCUUUCACUGCAUUGCUAAAACGAUUCCUGGCAUACAUUUCUAUUUCUGACAAUUGGCCAAUGAGAUUAUACAAAGUUUAAGGGAACAUCCAGUGAGAACUAUCAAAGGCUUAAAUUAUAGACUAGUCAUCUCUAUUCUGGAGUGCCACACAGGUCUAUUCUGUCCUUCAAGCUUUUCAACAUACAUGGCAUUUAUUUAUUUUUAAGUAUCUGUAUAAAACAGCCGGGAGAUGUUGUCCAGAGUUUUGGAGUGGGUUGUCAUCAGACCUUUCAUCUCUGUUUUCUUCUUGCCAUCUCUCCUUCAUCUCUCCUGAAACAGUCUUGGCAGUUUUGUAUUUGAAUGAUUACCUAAGUAUGGUAAUGGGAGUGAAUAACCUGACAUAAUUAAGGCAAGACAGAGUUCCUCACGGUGGCUGGUCCUAGAACAACACGCAAAAGCAGAAAUGCCAGUUCUGGAUGGUUCACAUUCCUCCUCCUGAAAUAGCAGGACUGCAGUUUGUGGGCGCUCCUGGUUCUGGGUCUCCUGGAUUUUCCAGCCGAUUCUGUAUCCCAAAGCAUGUUUGGCAAGCUUUGGCUCAACACCAGCUGUGCUCCUUCUUACAACAACAAUAACUUGGCCAUGACUGUUGGCCUCUUUACUUUUUUAACUAGACUUCUGUAAUGUGAAAUAUGUAGGACUGAAGACAACUUGGAAACUUCUGCUGGAGCUGAGUGCAGCAGGAGCAUAUAAGACAAGUACUGCUAGAGCUAGAUGCUUCUCACCUCUUACCUUUACAUCACUAUGCAACCUGAGAGAGCAACUUCCUCCAUGCUCCUUGCCAUUCAUUGAUUUUGGUAAUGAGAUUUUGCUUUGGGUGCCGCCUCUGCUGCAUAUCAAUAUGUCUUCAGCAGCCAACAGAGCUGCUUCUUUUAUUAGCGAUGGUCCAGAGACAUGACACAUCAAAGUGAAUGGGUCAAUUCGGCAUGCUUAUUUCAGACAGGCUUUCAUGGAAUCAUGAAGUUGGAAGGGACCACGAGGGUCUUCUAGUCCAACCCCCUGAAGUGCAGGAAUCUUAUGCCCAACUUGGGGCUCAAACCCACAACCCUGAGAUUAAGAAUCUCAUGCUGUACAGAAUGAAGGUGCCAGAAUUGCAGUUCAUGCCAUUCAUUUUUUGUUUAUCUCUCAUUAGGAUUUAUUUAUUGUUUGCAUUUUGUUUUACUAAACUCCACUUUUAUGAGAAUUUUAAAAUUGAAAAAAAUAGUUUUAUUUUUUGAUAUAAAUAAAUAAUGCGAACAUACACAGUGCGACCCCACUAUAAACACAAAAAUAGUUUGAAAUCACAGUGAGGUUGAUCAUUAGUUACAUUUUUUUAAAGGUAAAAUGGGGCAUUUUUAUAUAUUUUCUUUUUCAAAAACAGAUUGAGUACAUGACUAGAAGGAUGUGAUCAUUAAGAACUAUUGGCUACAACAUUUAACUUGGCUUGAUUUAAUGAGAUUGCUUAAUUUAGUGGGCACAAUGGCACUCGCUUCAAUGUAAGCAGUACACAGAAUAAUGUAUGUGAGAAUGGAUCUCAGCAAUGGGUGUAUUUUGUUUCAAACACAUAUGCCUGACCAUUUUCUUCAGUGUUGGGCAGAAGGAGCUUCCCAGUUCAAUAUAGGCUAUGGAGUAGCCCAUUCCUGUCCAGGGUCCUAGCAUGCAGAAUACUUCCACAAAGAGCAAUAAUAGCUUUUGCACUCAGUGAAGGGGAUGUAGAUGAAAGAAUGAAUCUGCCGCCGUGUGGGGAUACAGUCUUGCAUUUCCAUAUUUGUGUGCUGAUCUUUACAACAAGGGAAGAGCUGGACAACACUAUAUGAUUUAGCUAUAUUCCAGUAAACUGUAUCAGGGAUAUUAUAUAUAGUACAUUAAACUAUUUGUGUUGAAUACAAUAGCAGAUUUGGAUAUGUUAUUUAUUUUGCAUUACAGGGUGUGUGUGGGGGCACUUCUUUUCCUCUUGUUUCUUCUUUCAUUGUAAUUUAAACACUGAGCUGUUGUACUGAACUUUGCACACGUACUUCAGUAUUUAGCUGCUGCUUUCUUACCAGAUGAUUUAGGACCUUAAUUCAGACGGUCCUUUAACCCUAAGAUCAGAAGUGAUAAUACCUGAGAUGGCCCUUGACAACUGCUUAGAGACUUCAGUUGGUACCCAAUGUGUUGGUGCACAUAGGGUGUGGUAUAGAGGUUAGAAUGUUGGACUAGUAGCAGAGAAGCCCAAGCUACAAUCCACAUUCAGCUGUGAAGGUCACAAGUCUAACCUACAUCACAGGCUUGUUGUAAGGACGCAGUGAGGUCGAACAACAUUCCCUGCCCUCAGCUCCUUGGAAUGAUGGGAUUAAAAUGUCAUAGAUAAAUAUAUUUGUUAUGCUUCCUGGCUUGCCUAGGUUAUGUUCCACGUGCUCUAGCAGCAUCAAGAUAUUAAAGGUCUCUGUCAACCCUUCCUUUUUAGUGUUUCCAGCUGAGUUACCGUACUUGUGGGGAAAGGGGGCAGCCUAAGGAAAAGGUGGGGUUGGUGGCACGGAGACCUCUACCUGGGUCAUGUGCCUGCUGGUGACAUCAGCAGCAGGAAUACGACAGAAACCCAAUUUUGAAUAGGGCUUAGCCAAAAAUAAUCAUUUUAAAUUAUCCAGUAGACAUUCUCUCCUCCCCCAUUUUUUUUUUUUUUUAAAGCAGCCCAAUUCCAAAUUGGAGGGCAUUUCAAGCUGGUUCAAACAUGCCUCUGUGUUCUAGGUCAGUGUUUCCUAAAGUUGGUUUUCCAGCUAAUUUUGGACUACAACCCCCAUCAUCCCUAGCUAGCAAUACCAGUAAUCAGGGAUGAUGGGAAUUGUAGUCCAAAAACAGCUGGAGGCUCAACUGUCUUCUUCCUACAUGCACCAUAGCUUUAGUUUGAACACCUUUUCAAGGUGCUCGAAUGCCGUUUUUGUUUGGCAGUAAUCUAAAGAUUGUGGCUAAGGGUGAUUUCGGUGAUGCAUUUGAAAUAAUGUUUCUUUAAAAAUAUUUUAUUGUGUGUGUGUGUGUGUGUGUGUGUGUGUGUAUACACACGCGUACACACACACCAACCCUGAAGGUGUAAGGCAGAGUAAGUUGUAACACUUAGACCCAGAUUUUUUUGUAUGGAGACCUACAAAUUUAUUUGGAAUGCAUUAUAAGGUUAUAUAGCUGAGUAAACUCUCUCGGGUUUAAAUAUAUGUUGCAGGUGGGGCUGGGAAGGGCAUAGCAAGCCAAAACAAAACAAAACAAAACAACAAAGCAUUUAUUCAAGCAAUGUAUGCAUCAAUCAGAGAAGGAAAUGUAUCCAGCUCCCAGUUAAUAUCUGUGUUACUCAAAACUUAAUUACUUCACAGCAUGUAGUGACAUCAAAAGGAAUGCCGUGUGUUGGGAAAUAGAGGGAGAUCUCAACAUCUUGCUUAUGUUUUCUUUCACACAGCCACAUGUGAAAUACAGGAAUGUAGGCAAUGGCAGAGGGGAAGGCAGAGAAAUGAAGGAGGAGACAGCUUGCAUGGGAAUAUAAGGAAGCAGAAGCAAGAGCGAAAUCACAUCAAAGCCAGCAUUACUUUCAAUGGGAUUAGAUAGCCACAGAAAACAUUUUCAGCUCUUAACUGAACAUUAUAUUCUUACAUUACUAUAGCUUUAUGUUCUGUCCCUCCCCCCCCUUUGCAUCUUCAACAUCUGCUUAGAAAUAAUAACAGGAACUGGUGAUUGCAUUUUCUCUUCCACCUGCCAUUCCACAUACCAUGUUCUUUCCCACCUGUCCCUUCUCUUUCUUUCAAAGGGAUACCAAACAAGACUGGGCCAUUAUUUUCUUCUACCCUUUUAUCAUCUCUAGUCAUUCCAGCCAAACAGAUUCUGCAGAUUGUUUUGUAAACUUGCAAAACCUGCAGAGACCAUAAUGAAACAGAACAACAGCAAAAUGAAUGUGUGUGAUUUGGACAGCAAUGGUUCAGCCGUAACACCUCCAGAAUGAAGCAGGGAGAGAAUUUUCCCUCUUCCUUUUGCACCAUUUCUUCCUUCCUCUGAGCUGUUCCAGGAAAUCUGCAGGAGAGGACGGGGUGGGGGUGGGGGUGGGGGGAGCAACUGGAAAGCCAGAUGGCAGCCUUGAGGAAGCUAUAUUCAGUCUGCAAGCUGCCAGUUACUGGCACCUAUAAUAGCACAGAUAAUAUACUUUCUGAUCUGCUGUGAGGUGAAACUGGCAUUGGCACCCAUCAGUGAGCUGUCUGCUGCACUAAAAUCAACAGGAAAGUCCUUGUGGUUGGGGGAGCACUAUAUGUGCAUUGAAUCUUUCAUUCCUGCAAGGGAUUUAUUGGAUUGGACUGAUAGGGGCUUAAGGAACAGAGAAGGCAUCUUUGAGACCCUGCUACCACUCACCCAGCUUUCUGCACCAUAAAAAGAUAGUCAUGUGUUCAGAGCCAUCACAAUCUCCUUCUCCACUAGAAACACCUGCACAACAGCCAUAGCCAGCUGUGGCUUCCCUGCUCAUCAUCUGUGGUUAAAACUCUAGGGCACCUUAACAUUCAUCCAAUUGACAAUUAAAAAAAAAAUCACACUCAUGGUUUUUGGGGUGUAUUCUAUACUCUUAGGCAACUUUCCAUUGUAUGGCAGGGUAGAAUGCACACUUCAGAAAAUCUGUUUUUCUGCAAUGUCAGAAUACGCAAGCCCCCAGAGCCAGAAAACACUUGUUCAGAGGAGGUAGAAUUUGUCUGUGCAGUAAAUAUUUGCAGUUUUCCCAUUGAAACCAAAGGGUCCUGAGGAGCACAUGGUUACUUGGGAAUGACAAAGCCAAUACAAGAGGUUGCAAGGCAGCUGUUGGGCAAUUCAGCAGAUUAGAAAGAGGAGACAUGAAGUAUAUGACACAUCGUGGACCUGAUAGUGACUAUGAAUAGCUCACUGGUUUCCCAGGAAGUAGGAUUGGGCCUGUCUGACACACAUUUACUCAUACAUCUUUUGCAGAUGCAAUUUAUAUUGAGUCAACCAUAAUGAUCUGAUUAUCCAAUUAGGAUGUCACUUUAUUGUCCAUCACAUGCCUGUGCAAUUUGACUUGAGAAUUGAGUUCAUAUUGACUGACACUGAGUUCAUAUUGACUGACAUCUGCAAACCUGUUCCUGUUGUGUUUCCACUUCAGUAGCUUUGUACUUAGAUGCUUCAAGAGAACAGUAUUUUGGGUGGGAACGCUGUGCUAUGUGUGAUACAGCUGAAAAUCACAAGCCUGGAAGAUCAGAGAAUGCACCUUGUGUUGACUUACCUUGCUGGCUUCCUCUGUAAUAAUGUUUACAUUGACUUCUGUUGGGAGACUUCAGAACAGUUGCUGUCUUUCAUAAUGGCUGUCCUUAUGGUCACAUACAUGCAAAGUAGCAGAAAGCGGUACAGUUAACUGCAACUCAGUUCAAACAAUUCCAGUUAUGUGCCCCAAGAUGUACCACAGAGAGGCAAAGCCAGACUUAUUAAAAAUGUGAUUCUGGCCUUAGUCAAGAGCUCUAUUUUCCUUUUCUCAGACACUCACACUACUCUAAAUAAUAAUAGUCAAUUUACGCCAGUGGUGGCCCAUGCAGUUCUCUCCAAGUAUUGUUGGAAAUGGAAUAUAGAUCUUACUAUCUUUGACCCACUGGCCUUCACUGAUCUGCACCAUGUUUUUCACAAUGCUGUCUUUCUAAGUUACAGUACCUGAUAUUUUCCCUUUGAAACAGAGCGUGCAAGUCAGGAAAUAGUUUGCUCCAACCAUGUUUUAUUGUAUUCUGUCUGGACGUUAACAGAGAAGCCCUUCUCCUUUGUGUACUUCGGGAGCUUUUUACAGUGAGGCCUUUCUAAAGCUCUUUGGUUUGUGCUGACUUAUAAUCUCUUGUAGCUUUUACUGAAAGUCUUCUAGGAAUUAAAGCACUCUCCCUCUCCCGCGGCCCCUGCGCCAGACUAUCAUGAACUGAUGAUCCACUGGGUUUCUUGCCCUCUGUCCAUCCACAUAGACAGAUCUACCUGUGUGGUUUUCUGUGCUUGAAUAUAUAUCCAAACUAGAGUGACUGGUUAGAGACUGAUUAACCUGCCGGGUCACAAUAUAUAACUAGGUAAUCUGUAUUCUUUGGCAAGAUCCGUACUUAAGCAGUGAACCCUACAUAAAUGGCUUGCUUCUGUUUCAGCAAAAUUCCUCUACUGCAGGACUGGGAGCUGAGAGACUGCCUCAUUAGGAAGUCAGUGAGAAAUGAGAAGUUCCUCCCCCCACCCAUGGCAGCAUUUGAACUUACCCUGAUUAGUGGAAUUGCCAAAGUAUACAUAAUCUUUGCUGGGUCACCUCCAGGGUCUAACCUCAUGUUUCUUUCCCAUCAGCUACUCCCCUCCCUUCCUUUCCUGCCAUGUAACUCACUCACUGGGCAGCAUUGUUUAACUGAGGAAUUCCAACUUAUAUCCACACCCCUCGCUCCUGCUCCCCCCCUUUUUAUAUCCCAGCUAAAUUCCUCCCGCAUGUCCCCUCGGGAACACGUAGGCCUUCUUAGUGCCCACCUCCACUUCUCAUCCAGAUUAUUAAAACGGCACCAACCGUUGGUGUUUCUUCACACACACAGACGCCCUUGCAGGAAGACAGAGAGCACUGACUCUGGGACCCUCUCACCCUUAAUUUGAUGGGACCAUAGGCAGAAAAUUCAGCUGCUUAGGUGCCUAAGCACAAAAACCGGGUGGGGAAAUGCAGCACAACCGGUAAGUGAUGUACUGCAUAUCUAACUGAGGGGCGUCACUGAUAGAGGAGGAAAGAACAAUUAAUUGCAUUUAAAAUAGGCUUUGCUGCCCUCUGUGUCUUCCUUUUUUCUUCUGACAGUUAUAUAUGUAAGAACAAGUAUCUGAGACAAAUGCUAAGGCAACGUUUUGUUGUAUUGUUGGGGGAAAAGACACAAACCUGAAAUUUUGGAGCUUUGCUUGCCAUCUGUGCUAGCAAAGAUUUAAGUUGUGCUUUUAUGCAUUUUAUAUGCACGACUGUGAGAUGAAAGUGGGUGACAUUAUUAGGCUGUGUAUGUUCAUGUUUAAGCUGUCUUUCUUUCCUUACAGGCAAUACCAACUUUUCUGUUAUUUGUGCUGUUUUCUUGGGUUUCUGGCAUCCGCUACUGCUCAACAGCAGACAAGUAAGGGUCUGUUUUAUUACAUGUAGUAAAGAUGUUGGCAGUGAAAAUAGUUCUACCGUACUCAGAGCCUUCUCCUGCAAUCCUAUACCUAUUUAUACAAGAGCAAGUACCACUGAAUUCAGUGGGAAUUACUUUUGAGUAGACAUGUAUAGGAUUGCGCUGUAACAAAUUUAGGAACGGGGUUAGAUUCUUAUGUGUGUGUGAUAAAUGUGGGUAUGUAAAUGAGAAAGAAAGGCGGCUUGAAUUUUUGGAAAACAGUGCCUUUUGAUAUCUGGCAUUUAAACCUAUCUCUUACAUUUAGCAUUUUAAAAAAUGCAAUGUAAAGGAAAUAGAGUGAACAUUAUUAUAUUCUUAAAAUUACACAUUUCUAAAUUAGCAUGGUGGUGAAUUUUAUUGGAUCCACAUUUUCUGAAUGUGAAUUGGAUUGCGUUGUACAGAACAACUUGAGGAAGAGUUCUGUAUAGCCCAAAAGCAGGAGCACUCAUACAAUGCAAAGUCAAUAAAAAAUGCAACCUCAAUAAAACAGGUACACUUAAGCCUGUUAAUAAUGACAAAGAAUCUUGUGACUCCUCAAAGAUUAACAAAUUUUAUUAUGGCUAACAAACAUUUCCCUUUGUAAAUUUCAUUCCUUGGGACCAACAUAUCUCCAGCUGUCCAUUAAGAAGACAUGUUGGACAUGGACAAUAAAUACUAAUUAGCAAAAUGAAAUCCCUAAAAGAAUAGCAAGCUCAGCUUUUGGGGAAGAAGAGGCAACAGAUUUUGCAUGUUCCAUUUUAUAGGCUUGGAAAAUGGAAAUCUACAUCUAAGUGUCAGUUCUUGAAAUAGACCAGACGCCCUCUGUAUUCUGGAAAGGUGUCUCUUUUCAAACUGUGUAAGCCUUUCUUCCAGCCUCCAGUGACAUUUUCCAUCUUGGCUGAAAUAUUGCAUAGGUAGAAUCCCUAAAGCUACCUUAAACCAAUGUUUAAGUUUCCUUUUUGGUUCUUUAGGGAGGGGUUUAGGGUGUUGCAUGAAUGGGCUGGGAUGUGUGCUCACAGAGAGGGGGUGUUUUAAACAGUGAAAUGGCUACUUGUUCAUGCAAGAGGCUUUUUUAAAAAGUUCUUCUUCAGAACUCCCUCCCAGCUCUUGCUCUCACCUUACAGGGCUUGUUGUGUGAUCAAACAUGGGAGAGGAAAGAGUGGGAACAUCUGAAAUAUCAAAGAGGAAGGGAAGGAAGCCAAGAGCUUGGAUUCCCAACUGCUGGUUUUGCUGGAGCAGAGUUGGCACUGGCUUUCUUUGAAUUAUAUAUAGGUGUUGACUUAGCUAACUAGCUAGCUACAACUUUUUCAUGGUUGUCCAAACCACAAAUAGCUCUGCACUGUAGAACUCUUUAUAUUACAAACCCAUGUCAGAGAAGGCAGAGGCUCUUCAGAAAUGGCAGGGAAGGGAAGGGGUGUCCUCUACUGCUCUCUGGUGUAUACAUUUCCCAAGAAAUCUAACACAGUUAUCUACCAUAAUCCGGCCAUUGUGGAUGUGAUGGCAGUCUCAGACUGUCUCACCAUUAGCUUCAAUUGCUCCAGUUUGGCCCUUUUUUCCUCCUGUGACUUUUCAUUAAUUAUGUUUCCUCUGGAGCCUUUUGCACCCCAACCCUAAAUGAAACAAGUUUGGAAGUAAAUACUAUUAAUUUCUAUGAAGUUAAAAUCCAAGGAUAUGACUCAAUGUCCAAGGCUAUUCAACAGCAUGAAGGUUGGUUUUGGGUUUUGUAAGCUAAUGGGUUUUAAUUGUUGUUUUGGAAUGUAACCUGCAGUGGGACCAUCACAGGAAGGUUAGGCUGAUAAACUGAUAAAUUAAAUAAUGGACAUAGAUGCCUGUGUCUGGUGUUUCUUGCAGGAUUUCCACUUACAUUCAAUUCCAACACAAAGACUGACCUCUGCCCACCAACUAGGUUUCGCCAAGAUGAUCUACCAGGCAAGUAUACACUAAUGAUGUCUUCCAAAUAAAUUGUUUCAGACCUUCUUUUUGAAAACUGCAUCCUUGCAGACGUAGCUAUCUGUCUAUUAUCUUGCUUCCUUGUGUCAAUUGUUAUGUCCAAGAUUUCUCACCACAUUAUUAAAAACAAGCUACAUAAAAACCAAACAUUUUAAUUUAAUUUGAAACAGGUUUUUUUUAAAAAAAUGAGUUAAAACAGCAGGGGAGUGCAUAUCAAAAGAGAGACCAAAGGGAAAACUCAGGCUAGGUUUUCAAGCUACAUGAUUGCUCAAUGGAAGAUUUUUUUAAAUGUGCAUAUUUGUUCCUUUAGGAUAUGACCUGAUUUCACAGUUCCAACUUGAUAAAGCUGCUUCCAGAGGCAUCAUCCAGCGUGUGGUGGGCUCCACAGCUUUACAAGUGGCUUACAAGUUAAGCACAAAUGUAGACUUCAGGAUCCCAACUAGGUAAUCUAUACUGUUGCUUUCAUUAUUUGUUUUUAAAUCUAUGUUUAAAUGCACAACUCUCCCUUUACUUAGCGGGGCAAAGUACCUUGCAAGAUAUAAAUUGUGCCCUCCAUCCCACAAAUUAAUUCCCUCUUUUGCUUCUGGGUGAAGCUACCCAAAUUUAUUGUGUACACCAGCUGUUUGCGUUGUGAUGCAUGCAAAUAGCAUCUGAAUUCAGAAUGAAGUGCUUGUGCAGCUACUCUACAUGCUGCGUUCUUUCCCAGUUGAGCCUUUCUGUUGUUUCCAGAGAUUACCGAGAGUUAGUUCAUAUAUGAAUAUUCAUCAACUGAAGCCCAUGGUAUCAAGUCCCAACUUCCAUGUGUGAAAUAGCCCUCGUGGCCAGACAGACAGGGUCAUAUCGCCCCAUGCUGCCUCUAGCACAAUAAUUCCCAGUCAAGGAGCUUCACACAUUCAGCUGCAAGUAACUGAGUGGUAAUUCUCUGAGUGACGAGAUGUUGAGUACAGUACCUUACUAUUUCAUAAGAAAGGUACUAACUUUUAUGGGGAAUAUCUUACACUUUUUUUUGUACAGACAUCCGACAGGGUCACCCAAGCAAGCAUUGCCCUGCAGCUUCUCCACUGCUAUUAAAACAGCAAAAGAAAAGAGACUACUGAAUAUGCAUUUUCACUUACGCACUUAAACUAAAUUCACUCCAGCCCCACCAUUGAUAUUGCACAGAUUUGCAACUGCUUCUCAAGUACCCAACACACGUGAUUGUGUGAACCGGUCAGUUGAAAUGGGCGAUAUUCACAAAUUAACAAGAGACCCAACACUGUUUUGCACAGACUUCAGUAAGCCUGACGUUGGCAAACUCUCAACCGGCUACAUUUGUCCUUGUUUUUCCAGCAUUAAAAAAAAUAAAUUAAAAAUUAAAGAGAAAUGAUAUGUUAGCAUAUAAAACAAUUUAUUAGGGCAAGAUAUAUUCCCACCUUACAAUGUGGAACAUGUUAGAAUCUUAAAACAUUUCUGCCACAAUUAGAAUCUUUUGUGAGCUAGGGAAAAGAAUGUGGCAUGGUGGCUUACCAAGGUGCAUCACAGAAGAUUAUAUUUACAGGCAUCAAUUCCAGGUUCCCAAAUUAAUAGUGGGUGUUUAAUCUGUGAGCGAAUUGCAGAGGCCACCUUAGAUGAGGCUGUAGCAUAUUUUACGCAACUUGCCUAGCCUGACUGUGAGUAAUACAGCCGUUCCAGAAUCCUGCUAAUAAAGCCGUUACACCUCAACGCCCUACACUAUCGUUUAUUCAUAUAUGAAGCAUGUAAUUAUUUUUAAUAUUAGUCUGGAGCACAACAGCAGCCAGCUAUUAUGCAGGAAAUGGGCUAGCUUUCCUGUAAUUUGUCUGGGUAUGGUUGAAAGGACUCACUGUCUUUCCUCAAAGAAUGCAGCAGUUUAAAGCAGGGAUUGAAUCGCGUGCCACCUGGUGGCUUCAAGCAGUUGCAGCGGUGCUGUUCACCAAAACCGGUGCUGAAAGAGCCACUCAGGGUUAUUCUUCUGUUACAGAUUUGCAUAUAGGAUGAAGCACAUUGGUUUUGCAGUGCAUUCCUCUAUAUAUGCUAUCCAUUCUUAGCUUUGUUGUUAUGGGCAGGGGUCACAGUCCUUCAGUGCUGUUAGUCCUACCCACCCACUCCCCCCAAAAAGUUCAAACUCAUUGUUGGUAUUACAUUGGGAAUUGGAUAUCAUGAACUAAAAGUCUAAGCUCAAGGGUGCCACAGAGCAAAGGAGGUGUGACAGCUUUGUCUCAAACAUAUCAGAUGGAGUACUAGACUAUUUACAAGUGUUUUGUCAUAAAAGGAUCACUUUAAGAAGCUAUACCUACCUAAGAAGCUAUGACAUAUUUUGUUUCUAUAAGUACCUUCUAUUUUACUGGUUGGCAACCCUGCAUUAAUACGUAAGUCCUUUUGUUUUAUAUCUGUGAUGGGUGUAUGGGAUUUCCAUCUACACCCCACCCCAUUUUUUAGAUUUGCCAUAGUCUCUCAACAGGUAAAGCAGGAUUGGAGGUGAUCUGCUGAGUUAAAAGAGGACCGCGGGUGCUGUCAGUGCAGUGGAGGUCAGAGUGGUUGAACUAUGCAUCUAUUCAAGCCCAGUGACAUCAUUUCCCCUUGACAUCACUUCCUCUUCUUUUGCUAGGAGGAAGACCGAAGUGUGUGUGUGUGUGUGUGUGUGUGUGUGUGUGUGUAUUUAAUGAGUUCAGAGAAGCACAUGUAGCUCAGCAGUAGCUGGGAGGACACCAUGUUGUCAACCCUGGUGUUACUUUUCAUUUAUUGCUAAAAUCAACACCAAAUACUCAUAACAAAUUUGGGUGCUUUUCAUCUUUUUUGAGUCAGUGGCUGAGAUCCUUUCUUUGUAAUCAUGUUCACAAUAAGGAACAUUGCAUUAGAUACAAAGAUAAAAAGCAUUAAGGCUGAAAUCCUAUGCAUACUUAACCUGGUAGUAAAGACUGAAAUCACUGGGUGAUGAUUUGUAGGACUGGGCUGUGUAAGCAUAUAGUAAUAUAUUCCCUGCUGUUCAAUGAAGAGGCUGCAUCUCUCAAACCCAGAGAGCCAUAUAUAACAAUACUAUCUUGGUUUGGGUUUUAUGCUAUGAGUUUUUAAGUAUAAAAGGAAAAGCUAAAGGAGCUCUGCUUAUCCUCUGAAUGUACAGACAGCAAGAGCAGAGUGAUGUUGCUCAAAUUAUUUAGUACUUGAGGUCUUGGCUGUCGGUAGAUAUUUCCUCCCAGGGUGGAAAGGCAGUGCCAGAUGUUGAAUAGCUGAUUGUGCAACAGCAAUAGGGAUGCAUCCGCUGGUUCCUCUGUCAGCAUGUCUUUUUGCUGCCUCAUGGCAUUAUUGCAAGCAAUUAACAAUUUAAGAACACAUAAGUUCAAGAAACACCUGUUUCCAGACUUCGGAAAACUACUGAGGCAUCACUGGGUCUGGAUUUUCAAGAUGCAUAUUUAAAACUGUUGAAAUGCCACCUCACUUCUCUACCACCUCUAUAACAGAUCCAGCAGCCUCUACCAUAUUAGGAUUACUGAGCAUGUUAGGUUCCCCCACCCCAAGUGCGACUUUAGUGGAGAUGGAUAAAAAACCAAAAAUAAGACAAAAGGAUUCAGUGUGUCAAAGUGGACCUUUUUUGGGGGGGGGUGUUGGUCUUUGUGUUGUUCGUAAAAGAAGAUCAUACCCCUCAUGUGCCUCCAUGGUUGAUGAAUUAAAUAUCCCCUCUUGUGUAUAUCAUUUAGAUGGAAUAUUAGAAAUAUUCUAGCAAAUAUUUUAAAAAUGUGUCUGCGACUGCAGCACCAGCUAAGCUAUUUCCUCCACCCCGAGCAUGCAAAUUCCAUACUGUUUGGCAAGGCUCCUUUAAGGGAUGAAGGAAAUUUCAGUGGUUCCUAUUUGCAUAUCUCCAAGGAAACCUUGGAAACUAAUGUAAGAAUAAAAACGAAAGGAUUAUCAGUUUUGUUUCAGCAAUUUUUCCUCUUCUCAGUGAAUGGCGCAAAGUGAAUUCUUUAUCACUGUUUCUCUUUUCCCCCAGCAAUUCAAUGUUCACUUUGAAUUGCAAUUAUUUACCAUCAAUAUUUUAUUAUUAUUUAUCCUAUGUUUAUUAUUUAUUUAACCCUCCCCUCCCCAAGGAGCGUAAGCUGAUUGUCCUGUUUCAUUGUUGGAUUGCUUCAUUUUGAGCACUGUGUUAUAAUAGCUACUGCUCAAGAGACCUCAGUUCAUAUCCUUCCUCUGUUGUUAAGUUCCCUAUGUAGGUUUAGGCCAAACACUAAGCUACCUAUAUCACAGGAUAAUUGUGAGGAAUAGAGUAGUGGGAUAAUGUGCACUACUCUUGCAAGUAAGAUGGGUUGUAAAUGUAAGUGUUUUACCAGAGUUUAUCAGCUCACAUUUGCCACACUACCACAAUGCUAAUUAAAGUGAUCUGAGAGCCAGCAUGGUACAGGUAGAUUGAGGAUUCAAAUUUUUUGAGGCUUUAAAGCCAUUGAUAAUGGUUCUGGAGACUUUAUAGGCAGCAAACGUAUACAAUUUAUGACAAGUCAGUCACAUGAUCCUUUCAGCAUUGAUGGCACUUGACCCAAGCACAUUCAGAUAACAUUUCCACCAUGUAAUAAACUGGCCUUAAUUGUUGCUUUGAAACUGGGGAAUAUUUAUGGUGGAUUUAAUAGGUCUAUCAUCAUGGUUGUAAAUAAAAAUAAUUGCUGUUGUUUAGCAUCACCAUCAUUUAGCUUAUGUCCGUCCUUUGAGUAAUAGUAUAAACACAUAUAAUUAAAUUAAAUUAAAUUAAAUUAAUUAAAACAGGUAAGAAGGGAACAGGAAGUGGAAAUGAACAGAAAAGGAACCAGUAGGGAAAGCUGUAAAAGCAUCUGGAGGUUUUUUUUACUAUUAUUAUUAAUAAUAAUAAUAAUAAUAAUAGGCUUCAAUCAGUUUUUAAAGGUGAGGAAGGAAGAACAAUAUGAGAAAACAGUCAGUUCUUCACUUGACAGCUCUGCCAUAGGCUAUGUAUAUUUAAAGCACAUUCAGAAUACACACACACCCCAAGAAUCCUGGCAACUGUAAUUUACCCCUCACAGCCCCACAGUUCCCAGCACCCUUAACAACAUGCAAUUCCCAGGAUAGUUUGAGGUGGGGAAAACAACGCUUUAAAUAUAUGCUGUUUAUGCAACUAUAGUAUGCACCAUUUGUUGCCUGCUGACAUAACACAUUAUGGUCAAAUAUUCAAACAGCGAGUGGAGCCUGAGUGCAGAUCCACCCAGCAAAGCUAAGACUGCAGGAGCAGGUCUCAAAUAUAGUCAGGCAGGAACACUUCUCGGUAGUGGCACCUGCCCUGUAGAACGCCCUCCCACCAGAUGUCAAAGAGAAAAAUAACUACCAAACUUUUAGAAGACAUCUGAAGGCAGCCCUGUUUAGGGAAGCUUUUAAUGUUUAAUAGGUUAUUGUAUUUUAGUGUUUUGUUGGAACCCGCCCAGAGUGGCUGGGGAAACCCAGCCAGAUGGGUGGGGUAUAAAUAAAUUAUUAUUAUUAUUAUUAUUAUUAUUAUUAUUAUUAUUAUGGCUUUAAUCAUGUGUCCAUGAAUUCAGUAAUGUAACUUUACUGGCAGCAAAUGCAUAGAAAGUUUUAAAUGUGGUCACCGUUGCCUAAAUAGGCUUGCUGUUGAUCUGGAUUGAUUUGGUUUAGGUCACCUCACUGUUACUGGCUAAAAGGUCGUAAGCAUGAUGCCUUGUCUUGAGUUGUUUGUGACAUAGGAAGAGCUAAUAUUUUUGAGUCACAAUUCCUUUGACCAGCAGUAAAGAGCCGAUGACUCAGACUGGGACAAAACUACUAGUGGGAGGAUGCUGCCCUGAGGUGGUCAACUCUUAUAAAAUCAUAGAAUUGUAGAGUUGGAAGGUACCAUGAGGGUCAUCUCAUCCAACCCUUUGCAAUGCAGGAAUUUGUUGUCCAAUGUGGGGCUCGAACCCUGAGAUUACGGGUCUCAUGCUCUACUGAAUGAGUCAUCUUUCCAUUUUGACAGUUCAUCCCAAGUGCUAAAUCAGAUGAGCAAAUAAACAACAACAAGCCUGCUUUACUUUGAUCCUAUACAGGUCUUUGUAUCCUAAUGGAUUACCUAAUGAAUAUUCCAUUCUAACGACUUUUCGAAUGGCUGGAACUACUCUUCAGAAGUAUUGGAGCGUUUGGCAGGUUCUAGACUCUUCUGGAAGAGAGCAAGUUGGAUUGAAGUUUAAUGGGCAAGCCAAGUCUCUUGAGUACUCAUAUAAAGGGAUUGAUGGAAGUCUCCAAACAGCAACGUUUCUGGAUUUGCCGUAUCUCUUUGAUUCCCAGUGGCAUAAGGUUAUGGUUGGCAUAGAAAGGAGUGCUGUCACUCUUUAUGUUGACUGUACUCAGAUCCAGACUUUAGCCAUAAAACCAAGAGGGAAGAUCAACGUUGAUGGCUUUACCACACUGGGAAAACUGAAAGAUAAUCCUCAAAUUUCAGUUCCGGUAAGUUUUAAACAUUUACAUUUACAAAGAAAGUACUUCCUUUAGCUUUCCUUUGACUUUUUCAUGUGGCAGGGUGGGGGGAUAGAUGUAGGUUGGCAUCACAAUGUAUAUUUUUCAAAUGGAGCAGGAAGAUAUGGCUCUGUGAUUUUGAUGAUAUAGGGAAGCAUUAUCUUUUAACAAGCUUUAAAUUAGAAAACCUUAUAUAUCUGGAAAGUUGCUUGUACUGAUCCUUUAAGAACCCUGUAGAUACUGGGGAAGGAGGGGGGGCAAUUCUGAAAACAAUAGAUAAUUUAAUAAACCAGAUUAUAAUGGAUUGUGGAUUUAAUGUUCUGCCAAAGAAUUAAGUACAAGACUUACCUCAGCUCAUUACAAAACAUAAUUAAAAGCUACCAAACCUUUACACAUUUGCAGUGAACGUGACCAUCUUUAAACUUUAUUAUGAUUAAGCAGCUUAUAAGAAUUAAUUGUGUUCUCGGUGACAUUAAAAGUUCAAUUGAUUAUAUAUAUUUGAGCUAUAGUCCUGUUAAUUUCAAAAUCUCAGGAUAGAAAUGACAUUAUCUUGGCCUUCUUUCUGCAAUGGUCACCACGGAACAUGACCACCCACACACACACAAUCUCACAAGAUAACAUUUCAUGGAAUAAAAUCACUACUUGGUUUUGAAAUCCUGUAACCGCAGUAGGGCCAGAGGUUCGGAAUCUUCAGACGUAGUCAGACCUCCUUGCUUGUGACAUCACAAUGCAGAAGCAAUAAUUGCUUUGCAUGAGAAAACUGUUACUAAAUUAUUCUGAUCAUAGUAAUUUUUGAAGUCCUUUCUUCUUUGUUCCUCUGCCAAGAAAGUUGGUAUUCAGGAACCUCAGCUGUGACACUGUUUAAUGAGCAUAUUUAUUUUCAGAGAGGAAUUGCGAUUGGUGUGAAGUAUGUAUGUAAGUGUGAAGUACCUACCGUCUAUGACAGAUAGAAAAUAAUUUGUACCAUGAAGAUGUGGAAAUACUUCUUUUGGAUAAUGAGUCAUGCUGCACUUUUAUUUUUUAAAAAAGGUGUUUUGUUCCAUAGAAAGCAAAUAGAGGCAUUAAAAGAAUGCACACAUGUAAGGCCUUUUUUAUUUACUAAUUCACCCCUAUUUUACUAAAUUUGGAUUAAUGAUAUUUUCUAUCUUGUUUCUAGUACAGUGGUACCUCAGGUUACAUACGCUUCAGGUUACAUUUGCUUCAGGUUACAGACUCCGCUAACGCAGAAAUAGUGCCUUGGGUUAAGAACUUUGCUUCAGGAUGAGAACAGAAAUCGUGCUCCGGCAGCGCGGCAGCAGCAGGAGGCCCCAUUAGCUAAAGUGGUGCUUCAGGUUAAGAACAGUUUCAGGUUAAGAACGGACCUCCGGAACAAAUUAAGUACGUAACCAGAGGUACCACUGUAAUUGCAGUUGGGUCACAUCCUAUGUACAACAAUGCCUUACUAGGAGCUAGGUGGAUUCAUCAGGGAUCAACUGUGCAUGAACAUGCAAUUGUGCAAUUGGUCUUUCCCCUCUAUCCCACUGUUGUUGCUGUUUUUAAUGGGAAGCAAGAAGAGCAAACAGAGGAAAGACUGCUCAACUUCCUACCUUUGGUCUGAUCACUUCCGUAGGUAGUCAACAAAUAACUUGUGGUGGCACUACAAGUGGUAGUAAUUUUCUGUUCCCUUGAAGGAGCAAAAUAAAAUCUUAAAAUGGUCCACUGUGUUCAUGUCUGAAAGGAAGUGGAAGUUGGCCCACAUUUGAAUAAAUUGUUUAAGAACAAACAAAUAUCAAUAUCAAGUUUAAUGCAGAUGACUGUGGUUAUGUUGAUCAAUGAAUAGGCAAAGCAAUGGUCCUUUAUUUCACUAACGUCACGUUAAUGAAACAACAGCCAGGCAUUUUACUUCACUGGUCUCAAUUGAAUUCCACUUUAGAUGCAACAGGGCUAAUCUCUGUUUGAUACUGUAGCUGAGGCAGAGCUGUUCACCAAGCAGAAGCAAUCAGGUAAUUUUUAGCUAUCCAGUGGUACCUCUGGUUGCGAACUUAAUUAGUUCCGGGGGGUCCGUUCUUAACCUGAAACUGUUCUUAACCUGAGGUACCACUUUAGCUAAUGGGGCCUCCUGCUGCCGUCAUGCCGCUGUUGCACAAUUUCUGUUCUCAUCCUGAGGUAAAGUUCUUAACCUGAGGUACUACUUCCGGGUUAGUGGAGUCUGUAACCCAAGGUGUUUGUAACCUGAGGUACCACUGUAUGUGUUGAACUGCCUGUUUUGUGGUGUUUGCCCAUGACUCAGCUAAACUGUGCUGAGAGGUGAGAUUGGGGGCGGGGAGCACGAAGUGAUCCAAAGAGCUUUCAGAGUGUCGUGUAAGAAUGCUGAGGAGUACAGUAUCUGCUGCUGAAGGCCUCUUUUAGCUGUUGAAAAAUCACAAGGCAAAACAGAGCCACAUGGUUCUGUCUCAAUUGAAUUCCAUUUUAGAUGUACUAGGGCACAGUUCUGCUGCUGUAGCUUACAGCACCCACUUAGAAUUGGGCUGCCCAUCCUGUCUAAACUUAUUUGCUCCAUUAAUAUUCUUAUUACCUGUCUGCAGAAUAAGGAAAUUGCUCUUGUGUUAUUGCAUUUUGAUUAGACUCCUACAUGAAUUGACCAUAAUGGGCCUAAACUGGCACGUAGCCGAGGACUGUGGCUUAAAUGAUUUGUUGGCUGCAGCAAUUAUUCUUCCCACAUGCUUCCAAAGGCUUUGCUCACUGCUGGCUGACAGCCUUUUGUUAUAUCCCCUCUGCCUUUUUGGAAGCAUUCGUCUCUGUAUAGCUGUCCUUAUUCAUUCUUUGAGGUUUGUAACAAGGGGAUAUUCACUCCAGGAUAAAUAGGUUGAGAGCUGCAGACAUCACAUCCUGUUUCAUGAAAUGCACCGACUACUCCACUUGAAAACACUGACCUCCAUUACACUGACCACAAGUCUUAUUUUCAUAAAGGAAACUAUCAGGUGGCUGCAUCUUUUGCUUAUUGACAGUAGCGUAAGAACUGUGGACACCCUUGGAUUCAGCCAAACCACCCACUAGAUGGCAAUAUAACCAGUGAUGCCUACAAGUUGAUUACCUGCAUAGGGAAUUCAAAUGAUGGUUGAAAAAGUUUAAUUUUCAGGUUCUAAGCAUUAGGGAUGGGGCGGGGGGGGAGGUGCAAAUCAGUAUUUCUGUAAAUUGUGGUCUUUUCUGUAAUGUAUUUCAGUAAUAUAUCUGCAUUUAUAUACACACAUUGCCAUAUCAUGUGCAUUUUUUAAAUACACGUUACUUAGCUGAUGAACUUCAUAUAUCCUUCACCCAGUACCUGGGCUUGCUGGCAUUAAUUCCCACAAUUCUAUUAACUUCUGUUAAGAUUUACAUUGACACUUAGCUACGAUUAAUGCUAAUCAAGACUUGCUGUUUCUAACUAGGUUAGAAACGUUGGUUUGCAGACGUUGGUUAAGGGUGUAAACCCUGGUUAGUGUUGUUGACAUUGCUGAAUCAAACAGAAGAUUCAUGCCUGAGAGGGGAGGGGCUGGGGAGAAGGAGCACACGGUUUCGCACCCUGUACUUGAACCUUCCACCAUAGUUAAGAGAUGGGUUGUAUUCUUUAUACACUGGCCCACCAUAUUAUGCAAACCAGCUCAUCAAAAGCAUAGGUGUCAAGAGUAAUUAAAAAUAGUAGUUAAAGGUAGCUUGGUUUGCAGAUGAUUAUAAAAAUAAUGGAAUUAAGGAGAUCCUAGGGAUCAUUAAUAAAUUCAUGCUAAAUUGCUUGUAUCACAUCGUUAUAAUCUUAUAAUACCAGCAUGGAAAGUCAGGGCACACAUUCCCUUGAUUGUUUGCCUGUCUGGUGAUUUCUGAGAACAAAGAGAGUUUCUUGGUAGAUUUAAUGAUAUAAAAGUAACAGCUAGAUGUAAACUAAAACCCUGAUCUGAAACACACUUGGAAGUUUCUGUUCACUUCAGUGGCAGGUCCAAGUAAUUUGCAAUCAGUUAUGCAUUUGAAAUGUGCAGUAAGGAUGUAAGAGAGAUGAUAACACUAGGAAAGCAAAUGUACUCUAAAUGCUGGAAACCUAGAAACUCCAGAAGAGGGAGAGAAAAUGAAACCAUAAUCACUUAUAAUGAUUAUAAGAGGCAGGAGAUAAUUUGUGAAAUGCCCCAGAGAAAUGCAAAAGCAUAUUUGGGAAUAAAGGUGAUUUUGCAUAUUAUCUUAGAGGAGUUCAGACUUAAAAGUCUCAUUGAUUGUAUGAAUAAUGCAGAAAUAAGUUUGUACUAGUUAGAGAAUAUGGCAAAAUACUAUGAUUCUUAAAUGGGUAAGCGCAUUAGCUUAGCAACAGGCAGGUUUGAAUAUAGGAAAUGAGAUGACAUGAUGUACAGAAGAGGAAGUCAAGAAGUUAUGGAAGGCUGUGCAUAGAAAGAUUUUAGGAACAUAGAUAAUAUCAACAAAAUGAUCUAUAUUGGAAAAACACGGGUCAAAACAAGGAAAUCAUGGGUGCUGCAGGCUUAUACUUUGUCCCCAAAGCAUUCAAGAAAAAUAGGUCUGUGAUUCUCAGCCUUUCCUAGUGUUGUGACCUAAUCUAACACAAUAUUUUCAAAAGAUCUUGUAGAAUCAGAAAAAGGGUGAUUUAGCAACAGAAAGGCCCUUUCCUUGAGUUUGCAUUGGAAUAUUCUUCUGAGUAGAUAGCACCAUAUAACUGAUGUACCAUGCAGAAAAUUACAUUAAUAGGUGAACCUGUUAAUAGGUGGAAAUGACCCCUCUGGGCUUUGGUUCAGCAGUUGACUCUGGUUUUCAUUCUGUAAAUAUUUUCCCCCACUAAUAUGCAAACAUUCAAAUGUACCAUUUGUAAACCUCACAGAGAGAAGUGUUUGAUAUCUUGGCCAUUUCAUAGGAACAUUGCAAAAAAAUGUUUUAAGAGCAUUGUAGUGUACACAGGAGUCAAGUCUACAUGAUUCUGUAUUCCUUUGCAGUCUGUUCUUUUACCUCACUAGGACCACCCCCCUUAAAUUCAAACUUUUGGAAGAAAAAGAACCAACAUAUGUUAAUUUAAAAGCAAAACCAAAUAUUACCCUUUUCUUAAUCUGAGCAGCACAACUGGAAUUUGACUGAGAACCAAUGAGGGUCUCUUUAUAAAGAUCUGAGUUCAAAUCCUUUCUGUCCAAGAAAAGUAAUGUAAAACAUUUUGGAGGGGUCUAUUCAGAAUAGACAUGUUGUUCCAGUCAUCUGACACACACAAAAGCCUUUUACCUCUUGAACAGAUGUAGAAUGGUAAAGUUACAAAUUUCCUUUCAUAAAGGACUAUACAUUUCUGUUUUAUCCCUUCAUUAAACAUACUAACGGACACAGAUUAGUUAAAUGAUGCAUUCCUUAUAGAAAAGACUAUAUCUGUAAUUUGUUCCUCUAUUAAACAUACUAAGAAACACAGGUAUGAGAAAGCAAUUUAAGGAUUUAAUUCAUCAGAAUUAGUUAUAUGAAUGCAGUUCACACACAGCAGGGUUCUCUUGGGAUGUCUUCACAGGAUAUAAAUAUACUUUGCUAGUACCCUUUUGCCCAUCUGUUUAUUCAUAUGCUAAUACAUCCAGUAAGAGUAACUUCUAGAUGCAGUACUUUUUUGUUUGGCCAUUUUGAUCGGGUCCCUAAAGACGACUGCAUAAAUAAACCCUUGGUUUAAUGCAUUCUAGAGGCCAUUCAGAAGUUUUGCACAUUCCUGUGGCCAUUUGGAAGGAAUGCAUUCUGGUCACAUUUUGGCGUCAUUCUUUUUUUAGCAUGGUAAUCCACGGCUCUAAACUGGUGUGAUGCAGAGACUUUUUGCCUUCAAAUAUCUGGGGACAGUUUGCUUAUCCAUCAAGCUGUCUUUGAGUAAUCGCUCUGCCAGCCUCCAUUUCCACCCACAGAAUGGAGGCAAUUACUACCUACCUCACAAGUUUGAGAGGAUCAAAGGGAUGAGGCAAUGCUGCUAUCUGUAUCCAGCCUUCAGGAAAGGGAAGGCUUGGAAAUCAAUGAAAUAAUCAUCCAACACUUAAAAGGAUGUUAAAGGUUAGUGAGUUAGAAUGGUGCUGUUGCUAAACCACUAUGAAAAGGUAAACCACCUUCCCUGUUUCUGUCCUAGUUUGAGAUCCAGUGGAUGAUGAUUCAUUGUGACCCUCAACGACCCCAGAGAGAAACUUGCGGUGAACUUACAGCUCGGAGUUCGGUAAGAUUGUAGUGUAAGGUCUGUGCUUGGGCUGUGUACACACCAGCAUCUUAAAAUGCAGCUAGGUCAUUCUUUUUCUCAAUUUGGAUCAGAGCUGGUUUGGGGGGAAAUGCAUAAGAACACAGUGUUUCACAAGGCUAGAUUAUAGACUGUGUAUUUCACGUGUACACUGCUUCCCAAACAAGUGGGUGUGCACUGAUUGCAGAGUAAAUGGGAGUUUGUACACAGCCUUAGUUUUAGAAGAUUGGGGGAUUCAAAGUGCCUUCAUGCAUUUCCUUUCUAGCGAUAUAUUAUAACAGGUGGGGGAAAUAAUGGCAAUAAUAUUUGCCUUAUCAUUCUGCUCAAAGCAUAGAUCAAGCCAAAAGUUGCUGGAAGAUGCAGGCUGCUGGCUGCAGGGCAAAGGGUUAAAAAUCCAGUGUCAUUCAAUCCCUCCUUUCUAGCCAUCAGGUUUCCUCCAAUCUCUGUUACCCUCCUCCACAGCCAUUCAUUAGCAGAAUAACUGUGCCUAUUGCAGACUGUGCCUUUUUAGGUGUUCUGGAGGGGUCCUUCUGGGGGUGAUUUUUUAACAUCCUAAAAUCCAUCUGAGGCAAUCAGAGACAAGUCCAUGGCUCUCAGUGUUCCAGGCAAGAGGUUUUCCUGCCUCCUUGGGGUUUUCCUGCGAGUCAUUUGCCUUUGCCUUUCUCAAGUAAGUUUUGCCUGACUUUUUCUUGUUCUUUUCAGAUAAGCCAGACAGCCGUCAAGGUAAGUUUUAAAGGCAGGAUGCUUGCCCAGUGCAGAGGAUAAAGUGCUUCUAUAUGCUCCCUGUUCUGAUCUAUCAGCACUCUGCUUCACCCCCCCUUCCCUCUUUGGCAAUCAAACGAACUGCUAAUAUGCAUUUCUGUAAUUAUGCUAUUAUGUUGGAAAAUAUGCAGAAAUUGUUGUGACCUGCUGGUGAACUUCCCUGCAUCAUUUAUUUGGCUGGCCGCUUUUAAGAAACAUGAUGCUUGAAUAGAUGAAGGUUUGGUUCUACAAGGCAGUACUUAUUUCCUUUACCCUAGAUCAGACUGCUUUGCAGAGGUACCAUUUAAGCAGAACACAAUUUCUGUAAGUUCUGGCUUCAGUAGUACCUCUUUCUUUGGCCUGUGCAGUGAUUGAACAGUCCACCACUCAUUCCAUGUUGAAAUCUGGCACCUCUGCCUCUUGAAUAUAAUUUUUAGCUCAGUCGAAUAGUUUUAAUUCAGUUCAGUGCAGUGGGUCAGAUCAGGACUAAGGUAUGUGAAAGGAGGUUCCAUGGAAAUCAGUGGAACAAGUUAGUCACCAUUUAAUCCCGUAGAUUUCAUUGUGACCCAAGUUCAUCAAACUUGGUGUGGAUCCAACUCAAUAGGUGAUUAUGGAUGCCCAUGAGGAAUUAAUAUGGAUACGUUUCCCCUUCUUUAAGCAAUCUUCUUUAAAACAAGUAUCAGCAUCAUUAAAAGAGUGGCAAAUGUAGGAUCUUUUAUCUGUGUUAUAUAUAUGAAGUAGGAAUUCCAAUCUGUGUCAGCCAUUGUGAGUAUGGAACCAAGCAGAGGUGGUAGUUAUUUUGGAUGAUUCUACAUAAAGUGGUACAACAUUUUAAUGAUUAUGGUUUUACAGAUCUUAGCCAUGUUUUAUCUAUUAUUUAUAAACACCUUUACAGAGAAAAUGAAAAGGGUCAUUGGUGCCCAAGAAACUCACUGGUUUAGCAUAGCAAGGAUAAGCUACUUUUCGGCAGUCUUUCUGAGGAAAAGCAGCCUUUUUUUAAAAUGCCGUCUGAGAAGGCAGGAAACAUAAGAAUUAUGUCUAGAACUGGCAUUCUCACAGCCUGAAACUGCCUGGCAAAUCGGUGCCCCUGCUUUUAGUGUCAGUAGUUCACCUUCUCUGCAAGAGGUGUGAGGGGAGCGAAAGGGGCCUGCUUAAAGGUUUGCUUCACAAAGCACCUAUUGUGAAAUUAACGUUGCCUGGCAGUUGGAAUUUAGUCAUAAAAAGGAAACCGUGGAGUAUGUUGUAGAACCUGAGGGCCCUCCCCAAAACUAUUUUGGGGGAAUAUGAGGCGCACACUGAAGUUUCACAUAGAAAGCAGCAUAUCUGAAAGGGAUUUAGGAAGGUUUUUUGUGUUUGUUUUUUUAAAAGUGGGGGAGGUAGGUUCUAUUUUUAGAAGAAAACUCUUACAGAAGAAAACAUGUUAUACACAGGACCACGAUGGGAGGUUUUUGAAACCUUCAUUAUACAUGCCUUUUAGAAUAUGAAUAUGGAUCUUUAGGAAUAAUGGUGAUCUCUCUUGGUAAGAUAAAGCAUAGUGUAUCCUGGGGGUUACUUGCAGAGAUCAGUUUAUUUCCUCUCAAUUUUUUUUAUAUAUUAUUAUUAUUAUUAUUAUUAUUAUUAUUAUUAUUAUUUACAAAGGAAGGAAAUUGUUGGACAUCUGAUCCAAAGAGCACUGUUUUAUUACAUUUUAUCACUGGUGUAGUCAUGGUUGGGAAGUCAACUUUUCUCUUCAGAAUGUAUGGGGGAAAGAAAAGCAAAGUAUGCUAUUUGCACACAUACCUCCUAGGGAUCUCUGGAAAAAAACCCACACAAAACCACUAAACACAGUGAUGGGCAGAAUGAUACAUUUUAAUCUCUAAGUCCCAGAUUUACAGCAUGUGACUGCAUCCGUCUUGAAUUGUAGAUUAACAUAGGAGAGUGUGGUCAAAGUGUUGGGAUUUAAAGAGUCCUAAUGAAAAACGGAACACAAUUCAGUGGCACAGUUAAAGUUAUCUGGGCACCGGGACAGGGAAGCUGAACUCUGGUCACGGAUCCUGAGACUCCUGCAUUGCAGGGGGUUGGACUAGAUGACCCUCGGGGUCCCUUCCAACUCUACGAUUCUAUGAAUCUGUGGUGGCCCUUAACUGCUGGAUCUCAACUUCUACUCCUUCCCCCUAUUUCUGGUAUGAUUUCUAUGCCUCCCUGCUCCACUGUCUUAAGUGCUCUUUUAUUUCUUUCCAGAGAGGCCCCCCAGGUCCACAAGGCCCCCCUGGCCCACCAGGCCCCCCAGGAGUUCCUGGCAUCGACGGCAUCGACGUAAGUUUAUUUUGUGCAUAAAGCUGGACUGUCAUCCCUGCUCGAGGAAUUCCUCCCUGUAGCUGUCCCUCUGAGUAUACAGUGUUGAGCAUGUGACACUUGAGUACGUCAACUCUCUGUAACCCACUGCUAGCCGGCGGAAGGAAUUAGUUCCUGGGAUUUUGUGCCAAGAAUCUAAAUGUGCAUUCCAAGACUCAUUUCACGAGGGGCGUGCUAGUGGCUUGAAGUAAAUUGGCAUAUAUAAUGUGUUUCUUUUAAAUUGCAUUAGGGGCUGUGUUCGAUUAGUAUUUAUAACAGCGAUUCUGCAGUCCUAGCCAUCAGGGAUUUCUUCUAAGAAUAUCUGAAUAAAGCUUUUGCAUAUGGAAAUGUGACAGGUUUAAAAAGUAUCCUUACUUUGCCGUUUUCCUCUUCUAUUCCUCUAGGGGGACAGAGGUCCUAAUGGGCCCGUGGGCCCUGCGGUAAGUGGCUGAUAGCUCUUGCCAUGCUUUUAUCAAAGGAUUCAUAGGUACCUCCUCUCUUCUAAUGCCUUAAUUUUCCUCCAUCUCCAAUGCAUUCCUGCAGGGCCCAGAUGGUGAACCAGGUAGACCAGGUGUCCCUGGAUUGCCAGGAAUACCUGGGGCUGAUGUGAGUAGAUUUUCUUCUUCUUUGGGGCUAGGCAGAACCUCUCUCUGUGAAAUGUUGCUACCAACCUGAAAGGCCUCUGGUUGUAAUAGCAAGCCAGGGCAUUUAGCCUGAGCGGGAUAUUUCCAAGUUGAGAGACGGUCCCUUCUGGAGCAGAGGCAGACAGGGGCUGGGCGUUUCUAGGGGAGUGGCAGGGGAAUAGGCAAAGCAGCUGAUGCACUAAGCUUCUGGGAGAGGAUUCAUUCCUCCCAGAAUUCCUUUGAAUUCAAACAGGAAAAGUACUACGUGCUGCAGCGGCCCUCCUUGCUUAGGGCAGGGCAUAGCAGUAGGAAAGGGAAUGCAAGGCAGGGAUCCAGAGGUUGCUUGGGUUGAAUCAGCACCUGGCUCUGAUCCAUCUUUCCCCUGCCCAAUGACAGUUUUGCAACUUGUUAGGACAGAUUUCUGAGAGGUGCUAGGACUAUGGAUAAAUUAGGAGAUGUAUUGCACCUAACAAGGCCCCAAAGCCAGGUUUUGUAUGUUCCUAUACCUCAUAAUAUUUUGUCUGAGAAAGCAAGAUAAUAUUCCUGAGGUUUGUUCCCCACUUUACAUUCCCACAUUUCAAAUGGGGUUUCUGAUUUUUUUGGAAGGAACAUUAGCAGAUGAAUAAUUUCUUCCAAAACAAUGGCAGAGAUACAGGUCUGAUUAAUUAAUUGUACACCUGGUUAUUGUGAGCUCAUGAGAGUGAGCUUUGAGCUUGUCAUAUGUGGUGCCCUCCCUCCCUCUACUGUGUAGAAACCUAUGUGGCACAGGUCAUAUUCUACACAUGAUUUUUUUCUUUUAAUGGCAAUUUGUAGGACAUGCUUGUGAACUAUGCAGGGUCGUCUUUAGCAGAUACGGCACCAGGGUGCAAAUAUCGGCCCAGCACCCCCAAAUUACCACAGAUAGUGUUGGGGUGGUCGUAGCUGCGCACUGCCAGCCAUUGGGGGCGCAACUCUCCUCCAUGUCGCUGCGGGAGAGUGAUCCCCGCAGAGGCUUGGGAGGGAAGCUGCACGCCUGCCAGCCUUAUGGUUGGCGGGGCGCAGCUGGCGGGCGUGCAGGGAAAGGGGAGGCCACCGGCAAAGCUGCGCAGCUCCCCCACUUGCUGGGGUGCCCCUGAGAAGCCGGCGCCCUGGCGUGACGCACCACUAAACCCUAUGGGAAAGACGGCUCUGGAACUAUGCCCGUAUAAAGACUCCAAGUUACAUGGGAGGAUAGCUGAGUCGGAAGAGCAUGAAUGAGACUCUCUCAGGGUUGUGGUUUUGCGCCCCACUUUGGACAAAAGAUCCUGCAUUUCCAGGAGUUUGGACUAGAUGACUCUUGUGGUCCCUUCCUACUCUGCAUUUCUCUGAUGUUCUGCAUACAGCGCUUUGUAAGCAUGCAGAAAUGCGCUCAAGUGCAUGCAAGGUUGUUCAGCAGAGGUCAUUUCUUUUGGGCCACCAUCUUCAAACCUCUUUCUCCAGAGUAAUCAAAAUGAAAUAUAUAGGACUGCUGUAGUAUAGGUGUUUGGCAAGAUAUCCAGAACCUUUUAAAGCCUUUUCAUUAAUUGUUGUUAAUUCUAAAUAAUGACUGAGGAGGCUGCAGUACAACACAAGUUGGGUGUGCUUAAGUCCAUUUGUUUCAGUGGGUUUCAGCAUAUUUUAGUUGUUGGGUUGUAGCCUAGUCUGUGGUGAAAAGACACAAACUGUAUUUGGGCAGUUUGCCCAAAUACAGACCUUGGGCAAACUGCCAAGUUCCCCGCAAGCACAAUCCUGUAUCUAUUUACUAAGAAGUAAGUCCCACCAUCUUCAAUGGGGCUUCCUUCCUAGGUCAGUGUGUUUACAAUUGCAGCCUCAGGCUCAGGCCAGUUUGAAUCUGGAUAGCAUCAUAUUUUGGAACUUUUUCUGGGACUGUUUUCACACUGCUUUCUUUUGGGGUUGUUUCCAAAAAGCUUCCUUCCUCUGAUGGGAAAUGAAUCCUACCACUACUAGAGGAAGGCAACUUUUGGAUCCAGCUGCAACACUCACGUGCAGACACAUGAAUACAUGUACACACAUACAUGUUAUACUGAGCUGAUUAUCUUGUUUGGAACUUGGCACAUUUUAUAAACAGUUCCUUCUUGUGAACUGAAAGGUAAUUGUUACUGUAAUAAAAGUAUAUGCUUCGUUCCACAAGGGACUGACAGGCCCUGAUGGAUCCCCAGGCCGUGCUGGUCCAAAAGGACAAAAGGUAAGUUUAAAAUCCAUUAUUAAGUUUUCUUUCAGUUUUUUGGCCUCAGGACUUUUUAACAGGACUUUUGUAUUUUGAUUUUGUUCUGUGAACUGCCCCGAGACCUCCUGGUAUAGGGCGGUAUAUAAACAACAACAACUCAACAACACAGUCACAAAUAUCUAAAGAUACUUACUAGCUGUUGAUUAGUGAUUUUAAUAUUAUGGAAUAUUAUGGAAAGUUCCCCACUAUGUCCCCCUACCUCCAACAUGAAAACUUAUUAUUCUGCUCACUAUAUAACUGGUUUUAAACCCUCCCAGAUAAUAUACAUUUUAUUUUUUGCAGGGUGAACCCGGGUUGCCUGGAGGCCGUGGACUGCCUGUACGUAAUAGAUUUUUAUAUAGUAUCUAUUUUAAAAAAUCAAUACUAUGAAUUUCUUUUCAGCUUUAGAAUAGUAAAACAAAGGCAAGAGGAAAGCAGAGUGGGGGAGGGGAGAACCAACCCUCUCAUAAUCCCUGAGGGAGUUUCCAGUCAGACUAAAAUAACACAAGAGCAUAGAAAGUAGAACUUCUAUCUUGAAAUCAGUAGAGAGCAGAUUUAAUUUCUUCGCCUCCUUAGCCUUUAUAUGCCAGCCUUCAGAAACUGGCCUUUAAAAACAACCUCUGUAGUAUUUCAUGGUCGAAAUUGCUUGUGCUGACAAGAUCAGGGGAUUUUCUGCUGAGGAUCUGAAGGACCUCGUCCAGAGUUCUGGGAUGGGGCUUUUUAAAAGCCCCUUCCUACUUCUGCCCCUCAGACUAUUAAAAAAGACCCUGAUCAUUGGAAGUUGGUAUGGGCUCCCCCAGAAAAGAAGUAUUAUCAGCAUGAAAAGCUGUGCUUGGAAAGGAAAACUGGCAGCCAUUCUGCUCAUAGAAACAGGAGCUAUUAAGCUAUUGUCAGGUCCUAUUUACAGAUUGGCCUUAUCAUGAUGAUGUUUUUUAUUUUUAUUAUUUUAUUUAUACCAUGCCCAACUGAUAGGGUUGCCCCAGCCACUCUGGGCAGGAUGUUAUACUUCUGUCAUAGUCUUCACCAAGGAGCUCAGUGUUAAACUCCUUCCUUCAAUUCUGUAUUCACCACAACCCUGUGAGGUAGGCAAGUCUGAGAGAAUGUGGCAAGCCAAAUAUCACCCAGUGAACUAAUGGCUGAGUGAGGAGUUGAACUAGGGCCUUCCAUCUCCUAAUCCAACUCCUUAACUGCGCCACAUGGGUGUUCAUGUGGGCUUUACCUUGCCUUUAUAUUUGAACUGUACACACACAUAUUAGAGAGACAGGAAUCCAAACAGUUAUUUGUGUGAGUGGAAAGUGUUUCUGUGCACAAGGAGAAAGGAGCCGAACAAAAAUGGCCUUGGUGCAGAGUUAAAAAACAACUCACCCUUUAUAUUCCCCUGCCCCACCCAUUUUCAAGUCAUAGACCAGCAUAUUCAGGAGGGCUGGGAACGGGUAACAAAAUAUACAGAAACAAAUUAAGUGUAUAUCAAGCACUAGUUUACAAUAUAUGAAAACUAAUAAAAGAUCAAUCAAAACAUUUAUAGGAUGUGAACUCCUGUGUAAACAACACUUCUUAAACUGCAGAACUGAAGAGCCACCAAUAAAAAGGCCUUCCUAUAUUGUGCAAACCAAUGGGAGUGUUCCUCCCAUUUCAAAUAUGUUCGUCUUUCUUUGGAAUUGCGGCAAAGGAAAGGUUAAAGUCAACUUCCCUACGUGGGACAGUACUGAUCCUGCUUGGGGUCCCAUGCAGCAACUAUUUGCAUAACAAUAGGUGCAGACACUGCAUUAACAAUAACACACUGAAACAUCAUGUUUAUUUUGGCCUUCAGAAACUGCAAAAAUUGAAUCCAGAACCCUGUAACUUCUUAUGACUUCUGUUUCUUUCCAGGGGUGGAGGAAGGGGGGUGCGGUGGCUGUGGGCCACCCCCGGUGUCACCUCUGAGGGGGGUGACAAAAUGCCAGGCGGCACUCAAGGAGAGACAUGGUGGUUUGGGCACGCGCAGGCUCCGCUCUGCCCACACGGUCCACCCCCUGCCUCCCCCCCAGCUGUAGGGUGACUACAGUGGAAGGAGGCAGGCAGACUCUGGAGGCCCUGCAGUGCGCCCCGCCCCUUCCUCCACCACUUUUUUUCCUGUUCUAUUUAAUACCAUUUACAUAACAGAUUACUCCCUAAUUAAAAUAUAUAUGCCUAAAAAAAUCACUGUGGCUUCCAACAAAUAUUAAAACAAUAGAAUGAAACAAGGGAAUUGUAUGUAUUUAAAGAAGGUAAAGGGACCGAAAUAACCUUAGUGAGUGUUAGGAGAACAUUCACUAAGAACACUUGCUCAAAAGUGUUCAGGGUGGCGUUGCUGCAUUCCUUACAAGCCUUUGUUUGUUUGUUUGUUUGUUUUAAACAAAAUAAAUGAUACAUGGAGCUGUGGAUAAAUAGGAAAGCAUGCUACUGCUGUGAGAGAAAUGUUACCGACAGCAGUAACAUGAGUGCAAUACUGUUUGUUCAUAAUGAAAGCAAAUUACUGUUGUUUGAUAGAAGGCAAAAUUAAAGGUGGCUGAUGAGAAGGUUCCUACAGAUGCCAGUUUCCUAGUGGAACGAUUUAGCAGAGCAUGUGGCGAAUGAUUGCACGGAAUAGCUUGUGAUAGCUGCUAAUUUAAGCAGACUGAAUAGAAGUCAUCCUGCAUUUCAUUACUUGGGGAAUCAGAAUAACAAAAAGAGAAACCAAUGGAAAUGCAAUAUAACACCGAGACAUUUUAGGAAAGAUCUUUUCCUAAAGAUCCCAUUUUAGGGAUCUUUGGGGGUGAUGUUAGCAUAUCCUGCACUGCCACCAGGUAGGCCUCACCGUCAGUCACCCAAAGGAGAGAUUUCUCAUUUAAAAUGUUCUGAUGUACACUGGCACUCAGUUAGGGCCUGAUGACUUCCACGGACACCAACUUAAUUAUCUCCAGUGCCUAUGCAACCCAACACUAUGUAUCCUCCCCAGCAUCAGGACAGGGCCCCGAGUCCCCAGAAGAUAAUGAAAGCAGUGACAAUUGCAGCUGCCUCACCUAGUGCUUCUCUUCCUAGCUCCAGGCUGAAUGAGUACUGGGUGACUGGAGCUGUGUUGUUUCCAGCACUGCCACCUCCCUACCAUUGCCCGUCAUGGCUGUUGUCCCGCUACCACCCGUCUUUGUGCUUUGAGGCGAGGCCAACCACAGGGCUCCUUUCCCCGGGCCACUUCCCUGCUGCCGGCAGAAAGGUGCUAUAGGUUCCCUCACCCAGCUUCUUGAAACCAUGCAUGUCCGCAAACUUGAACAGAACAUUACUUGCCCCUUUGAAAAACAUGUGCACUUCUGUUUCCUAGCAUCGUUAUGGCAGCGGCAUUGAGCUUUAGAAAUGUUAAGUUGUACCUUUAAGCCUAGAUUAAUCUAUAAAGAAAAUGGCUUGAAUUGCUCUUUUAAUAAAAAAGGUUCUCUAAAUAAUGAUUGACCUAUUACAGCGAGCACCUACCACAAAAGUAGUAAGCUUAAAACUUCAUGAAAUUGCUAUCCAUCCCAAAUACCCAGAGAGCUAAAAAUAAUGCUUUCAUUAUUCAACAGUUUUUUUUUGGGGGGGGGGGGAAUCCAUCUUGUUAUUUGUUCUCUCAUUUUAUUGUUGGAGUGCUAUGAAGUCUGAAUAUACUAAAAAACUAAAAUGUGCUAUAUUUUUUUCCCUUUCAGGGUAAAGGUAUUCCUGGAUCUCUAGUAAGUAGAUAUUCACCAACUAUCAGUAGCAUAAUAAAAUAAUACAUUUUAUCUUCAGUGCAGUAGGUCUAUUGGUAAUAUUUUUUUAAAAAUAACCUCUUAAGGUUGAGUUGGUACUUCUGUUUAGAAAGCCAUUUAUCCCUUAGAUAAGGGUGGCUGUUUAUAAAGAGUUUAAUCAAAUCAAUCUUUUUUCAAAUGUAGGGUCCUCCCGGUAUUGCAGGACUUCCUGGUGAAGUGGGCAGAGUUGGGCCACCUGUGAGUAUAUAUCACUGCAUAUUUUUUUAAAAUCACUGGUCUAAAUUUUCAUGUUAACUAAUUAAAUUCCCCAUACUAAUUAUGCAUGUUUAGGAACGAUGUUUCCCAACAAUGUCUGGCACAUGAAGGCUAACCACGUUUACCUUGAAAUAAGGGCUGGAUAGUAUGGUGAAAAACAUCCCAGAUGGUGUAUGCGACUGGGCAUGCAAAUGGAUUUCCAUGCAGAGGUUUAACUGCAUGGUGGUUACUUUUCAAGAUUCUGAGUGGUUUUGUAUGUAAUAGGGGCUUUAGUGAUGGUGAAUGGAGCAUGAGGCAUCUUUAGUUAUUUAAUAGCUGCUAUCAUCUCUGAGCACUUCAGUAAUAGAAAUUACCAUCCCAUAUCUUUGCGAUGUAUUUCUUUUAUGGACGAAACAAGGGAUAUAGAUUACUGUAGCCUCUGUUCCUCCUGUCAUGUAAAACUACUUUUAUAUUCUGUGCACCUACGAGUGUUCUAGAACUCUGAACUUAACAACAGUGUAAAUGGUCUCCUCUGCGAUUCUACAGCCUUAUUUACAAAUAAGGCCAGAACAAAUAUCAGUUAUGCAGCUCACUGAUAUACACUUGUGCCACCUUCAAACUAUUUAGGGUGAUCCUGGAAAGAGAGGCCCUCCUGGAGUGCCAGGCCCCCCCGGCCCCAUGGUAAGUUCGAGAUACUCAUUUUAUUAUAGAUUUAUUAAAAUGUCUGUUUCCCCAACUCUUUCGAAGUGUAGAGGGAUGAUUCUGUGGGUUAGAAGUAGCAUUACUUUGUUGUGACAUUCCCUCCAGUGGCCACAGUUGACCUGGUACGGUACUGAAUUUCAAAGCCUUCUGAGUAAAGGAGUACAAGAGACUUCUUUUCAUAUGUGUUUCUAUUUAUGCUGGUGGAAGCAGGUGGCGAGGUCUGGGAUCAUGCACUGUUUCUGGUACAGAAGAUGCCCUGCUUCACCAGAGAAUACACCCUUAGAGUUUGAUGAGCCAUUUCACAAGAUUUUAGGGAGGUCUCAACAUCCACCCGGCCCCCUUCUAAGUUGUGAUUUGUUCUCUAGCAGUGUUGGAGGAUAUACAGAUAACGGCCUAUUUGUGCGGGGGUUAUGUUCCUGAUCUCCCCACCCCCACCCCGCACAUCAGCGGAGCAUGCAUAAGCUCGUUCCGUCCCGCUCUGUCCCUUUUCCAGCCAAUUCCAGGUCACUGUGAUACAUGGUUGCACAUCAGUUGAACGUGCGUAAAUCUGACGUUGCCUGUACUAUGCUCUUUGUACAGGUAACAGGGUAGAUUGACAGGUCUGCUUGCAAUCUCAGUCAGGUAACAGUCCAUAUGAAAUCCAUUCCUUUUAAUCAGUUCACCUUUAUGUUUGGUUACCCAUCUACACGGCAAGGCAAAGUAAAUAGCUAAAUAGAUAGGUUGCAUUCCAAGUGCAUAUUCUCCUUUGAGAAAGAGGUUGCAGAAUGUCCCUUAACAAAUGCACGAAUUAAACACCCAGUGAGGACCCACCUUGCUGAAAUGUGGUGCAUUUUGGCAUACAACCCAUUGCUUUUAAAAAGAGAGAUUGUGUAUGAAUGUGUACAAAUGUCUGUCUACCUAGCCACCCACCCACCCAUCUAUUACUCUUCUUCACAUCUUUAGCAGAAAAUACAGAUGGUUUUUGGGGGCGGGGAACAAUGUGGAUUGCUGAAAUCAGAAAGUUGGGGACUGUGUUGAAUCUGCCUUUUGUUCAUUUUCCUGUUAUGCUAUGCCUUUAAAAACAAAAAACAAAAAAACAAAAACUGUUCUAUUAAAUCUCCUUCAGGGAACAGUUGGACUUCGUGAUGGAGAUCCACUGGUAAGAUAUUUAUUUUACCUUUUUGGAUGAAAAAAAUGCUUUUCUGUAAUAGUUUCUCAUCCUUAACUCAGCUUUUGGGUUUUCUCUCCCCCACUCCCAGUGUCCCAAUUCUUGUCCACCUGGCCGGUCAGGAUAUGCUGGGCUAAUGGGCAUGAAGGUAAGAGAAUAUGUUGUAAUUGAAUAUGUUGUACUUGUGAAUGCAUAUUGAAUACAUUGAGUUGCAGAAAUGGAAGGCAGCACACAGAAGCCAUCUUUCUUUCCCCCUCCUCUCAUUCUGAAGCCCCCCAUGUACCCCCUGAAAAGACCUUCAGAAGAUUGGGGGGGACCUGCUGACCACCAUAGGCUUUGCUAUACAUGGGGCUGUAGCGGGAAGAGGAAAUCACCCAAAGUCAGGAGAAGGGAUCUUGUGGGAGCCUGGUACAUAUCAGAAUUUUAAAAGAUAGUGAUUGUUUAAACCUACUAAUUAAAUAGGGCUUUGCUCUUAUGCUUUAGGGUCACAAAGGAGUAAAAGGAGAGGCUGGUGAACCAGGAAAACAAGGCCAUAAGGUAAAUGAAAUAGAAUACUAGGUUAAAAUGAUUUGGAAAGCCAAUGGUUGAAAGAGGAAUCAUGUUUAAUUUUGUUAUGCUUUUAACAAACGAAAAGAACAGUAGCUUUCCUCUUAGAUUUAUUUACCCACUAUUGCCACAGCACUUUUUUCUGUUUUAAUCCCUAACAGCUUUGAUGUCUUCUCCAAUAAGGCAGUUUCUGCAUGGACUUCCCUUCUGUGUAAAAUAUGUUUUGUGUACUGCACGUAGGCCAUAUGAGUUGCAAGAACACAUUGAUCAAUAACGUUAAUAAAUAGUGCACACCCUCUCUUACAGGCUGAGGCCACAAUCCUGACCUCAUUUAUAUGGGAGUAAGCCCAAUUGAAUUCAGUUCGACUUACAUCUGAGUACAUGAUUAGGUGUUAGAAUGUUCUAUAAACUAAUUUGUUAUUAUUUGUACUUAUUUAGGGUGAGGAAGGUGAACAAGGAGGAGUAGGUGAUGUUGGCACUCAAGGCCCACCAGUAAAGUAUUUCCUUUUAAUUAGCUUUUUAUUCGCAUUCUGUUAUCUCUAAUGGCUAUGUACAGGUGUGAGAAAUUGUACUAUUUAUUCCUUUAAUCCACCUGCAAAAGAUUCAUUUCCAGCUGUUCAAACCAGGUGUGAACUGACACACUGAGAUGACGCAAAUCACAGCUAUGUUGUCCUUUUUUUAAAAUUAUCAUAUGUUUAGAUCUUUCCCAUCUGUUUUUGUUACGUAAUGUUCAGUAGCUAGAGCUUUUUAAUUCUUGAUUUUAUUAAAAGUAAACUAUCUUUAAAAUCUACGUGCCUAAAAUGAGAAGCACUUCUUAUAAUCAAGAUCUGAAAAGGUCUUUUAAAAAAAGAAGUAGUAUAUUAUCCAAGGAAAUAUGGUAUGAAAAUUUGCAUAUGCAGGAUAACUCAGCUGCGCAAAACUGCAUACUUACAAUAAAUUUUGCAUUUCAGGGACCUCAAGGGUUAAGAGGUAUAACUGGCAUAAUGGGACCCAAAGGUGACAAGGUAAGUAAUAGCAACGAUAACUUUAUCAUUUUAAAGCACAGGGGUGCUACCCCACAACACUGUCUGCUACUGCCUGGUACUGUGGGAGAAGACUCCUGUCAACCCCCAGUAAACUAGGUGGACCAAGAAUCUAUCUUUAGAAAUGGAAAGCAGAAUAGCUUAUUGUCCAUAUGUAGUGCUCCUCUUUAGCCUGUCAACUCUCUGGCACACGUGGAUCUCAUUUUCAGAAAACCAUAUUUACCUUUCUGAUUUUCAGAGGUGUUCAUCAAGGCUCACCUUGAAUACUUUGAAUCUUUUAUUGACCAAGAAUGAAACACUAUUAUUAUAGCCAGCGUACUUAUUUUAUUGACUCACCAGAAUUGCUAUUUACUAUUACCCUUCCCAUUUACUCAUGUUGCUACAUCAGAUUAAAUGUGUAUAUAAAGGCUUUUUCCGAGGUACCGCUUCUUGAUUACAUUACAUAUUCUCUUCUACUAUUGCUGUUUCUUUUUGCUUGCAAUUGUCUCAUCUGUAAAGCAUUCUUGCAGCAGUUCCAUAAAGGACAACCUAUUUUGGUUCAAUUCACUAUAAUUCUGUAGAAUAGCACACUCAUAUGUUACGUGCAGGGCAUUGAGAAAUAGUUGAAGAGCGAAAUGACCUGCAGUGGAAUAUAUUCAGAGGAACGGAUCAAUUGCUGCCCAGCAUGAUCCAACAGAGGCACAAAGGUUCAGUGUGAUUUUGAUGCCGACUUUAUUUUGCAGCAUGAUUACCACUUUUCCAUGGUUAACUCCCAGGUUGCAUUGGUAAUCUCUGAAUUUUGAAAUCACAUAUGUUGCUAGAUCUGAUGGAGGUAGAUCGCUGGCAUCAUAACAAGCUUUCAUGCGAUGGAUCACAGCAUGAAGGAAGACCCAUAUGUUGUGGAACCUCUUUAUAAAGACCAGUGGAGUAUAGUUCCACAGUAACAACUGCAUAACAAAUCCUUGGUGGUCAUUCCAGCUCUUGACCUCAGGUGUAAAGAAUUGAGGGUUGGAAUGGAAUAAUGGCAAGUGUGAAGCUGCUGUCUGCCCCCUUAGCCUCAAUAGAAAAUACAUGUGUGUGCAGAAUAUUUUAAAAGCUUUUAUAUCUUAAUAAUCCUUUGUUUGCUUGUUUUUACUGUAGGGUGCUCGGGGUCUUGAUGGUGAUCCUGGUCCCCGGGGUCUUCCUGGGCCCCCGGUAAGUUUCUUUGUCUUAUCAGCAAGACCUCAAAGGAGGAUUCACAAUUAAGCACAGUAGGGCGGCUACUCUGGCAUUCACAUUUCAGGAGUGCCUAUCUCAGUUUUCAUUCUUUUAAAAAAAACCUACAUACAGUAAAUCUCAAUCUCUUGUUCUCAGGCACAUGAGUUUGGCCUGUGUGGGGGAAUUGGCUGGCCUGUAAUAAUAAAUAUAUUAAAUAAUGUAAAGAUUGUCAGGAUACCAAAGUAUUACUCGCCCACAGAUGUGGCUGCAUACUCUGUCGCUGCACGAUUCAUUGCUUUUUUCUUUUCCUCUUUGUUACCAGCCUCUGCUGGGAAUGAGCUGUUGUUGUGCUGACUGUUCAGUAUAGCUAAUUGGAUCAUUCAGUUAUUCCUGAUGGGAGGGAUUGUGGCACAUUGGUAGAUCACAUGCUUUGUAUGCAGGGAGUUCCAGGUUCAAACCCUGGCAUUUCCAGGUAGGGCUUGGGUCGACUCACUGCCUGAGUGAUGAGGAGAGUUGCUCCUCAUCACUGUCGCAGUGGUGAGCUGGAUGGACCAAUUGUCCGACUCAGUACAGUGGUACCUCAUUUCCGAACGUCUCCUUUGACAGACAUUUCGGGUUUUCAAAUACCGUAAACCCAGAAGUAAAUGCUUCGGUUUUUGAAUGCGCCUCAGAAGUUGAAAAUGCCUCAUGGCUUCUGCUUAGUGCAAGAUCCUGAGGCCUAGUUGUCGGCUUUUGGGUUUUCGGUUUUUGAAUGUUCCAGAACUCAAAAUGGUUUUCCGGAAUGGAUUGCAUUCGAAAACAGAGGUACCACUGUAUAAGGAAGCUGCCUACAUUCCUGGGUUGAUGCAGAGAUAAAACAGAAUUUCCCACUCCCAGAGGAGGAUCGUCUGCUGUACCUCUGCAUGUCAUUAUACUUGUCUCACCUCCUUCCAUUCCAGAGGUACUCUCAGAAUAGUGUCUCACACAGAAACAGAGUGGGAGAAGUGAGGUCAGCCAGAGCUCCUCGUGAUCUUAAAUUGGGGCCAUCUUUUAUAAAGUUAGUUAUUCCCACAUGGGAUUUUCAUACAGUCCAUGUGGAAACAUCAAAUUCAAUUUUCUCUGUUCUUCAAGAAGAUAGCAAGAAUGAGUUUUCAGUAGUAUGAGACAUUGGGAGUACCUUAAAUGAGGUGUUUAUGUUUGUGAUGCAUAAGUAUAAAAUGAUGAUGGAUAUUUUGUAUAAAAUAAGAUAACAUUGUCUUUUAUGUCUUCACAUGUAAACGUAACCAUUUCAUGACCGGCUUAUUGUUUCAGUUGUGUUUUAAAUUAUGAGCCCUAUUUCACCUAGGAAAUCCUUACUGAGGGUGCAGUAAAACUCCUGAAGCAAUUGACACAUAGCUAAAGAAGACCAGAAUUCCAAAGCCCUACUUUCUGUCUGUCUGAAUGAUUUCUAGGCUGUCUUUCAGUGUAAAACUCCCACGGCGGUAUGCAAUCAAUAAUUUAAAAAGUAACAGUAAAAUAGUGUACAAAACAAAUAUAUAAGCACAGAAACUACAGCCAUAAAAACUAAUAAAAUCUAGUAGAGUGCCAUAAAACCAGAAACAGUUAUCAAACAUGCUGAAAUAGCUACUCAAAUAAAAAGGAAAACAUAUUUGUUUGGCUCCCAAAGAACAAAAGGUUAGUGGCUGGCAAGUUUCCCUGAGGAAGUCUUUUAUAUAUAUAGAUGUGCUUCCCCCGUAUGCAUUUAUAAGCUUUUGGGAUUUACAGUAAGCUAAAGAUUGGCUUGGCUUUGAUAUUUCCCCGUCAUCCAAGAAUGAGGGACAAUGACACACAAUCAAUUCACCCUUGUCUAAGAAAUGGCCCUUCUUGACCUGUUAUCUUGAGGCUUACAUCAUAAUAUGCAGUUACAGUAACUCUUUAGAAACAUGGGAAUUUACCUGGCCUUUAGCCAUCAUCGUUCACAUAACUUUUAUUUAAUUAUGACAAGGAAUUGCCAGUUAAUGUGCUUAACAUUUCUUUGCAGGGCGAUCAAGGACAAAGAGGUUCAUUGGGAGAGGCAGGCCCCAAAGGCGAAAGAGUGAGUUCUUAUUGAGUUCCAGUGGAUGACUAAGUAAUAAUGUACCAUUGAUACCACAAAACUACCAGGCCCUCUGCCUGGUUCCCUGUAACCUCACUUCUCGCAGUGAGGGAACUGCCAGAAGGCCAUCAGAGCUGGACCUCAGUGUCCAGGCUGAAGGAUGGGGGUGGAGAUGCUCCUUCAGAUAUACUGGGCUGAGGCUUUUUAGGGAUGUAAAGGUCAGCACCAACACUUUGAAUUGUGCUCGGAAACAUACUGUGAGACAAUGUAGAUUUUUCAGGACCUGUGUUAUAUGGUCUUGGCAGCCACUCCCAGUCACCAGUCUUAGCUGCCGCAUUCUGGAUUAAUUGCAGUUUCCGGGUCACCUUCAAAGGUAGCCCCACAUAGAGUGCAUUGCAGUAGUCCAAGCGGGUGAUGACUAGAUAACUAAGGGCCUUGUUUCCAUACAAUGCGAGCCUGAUCUUGGGCCUUUGGAUCGAACACUUCCCAUUCUCCCCUCCUCCCAUGCCACUGGAAAGAGGUAUAAACUGCGAUUCAAUUUCACUUUCUAUGAUUUCUGGCUUGUUAGAUGUGAAGCAGAAAUGAACUCGGUUGCAAAACAACUCAGCUUCAAGCCAUGGGUUAAGAAAUGAGUUUGUUUUAAUAAAGUAGAAUUUAUUUUCAACCACAGUUUCUGUUUUAUAUGUAGCAACAAGCUUGGAAUCAUGGAAAGGGAACAAUAAAAUUGUAGAGUUGGAAGGGACCAGAAGGAUCAUCUGUUCCAGUUGCCUGCAAUGCUGGAAUCAUUUGCCCAAUGUUGGGCUUGAACCCAUGACUCUGGGAUAAAGACUCUUGUGCUCUACUGACUGAGCUAUCUCCAAGCACAAAUGUAUUCCUCUUCCAAGUGGAGAGAGGAAAGGGUGCCCUUGACCACGUAGCAUUACAUGUGAAUUGCCCCAUUGUGUGCACGAACAUCAAAAUAAAAUGGGAAUAAGGUAGUUUAAUACUAAUACACUUGACUUAAGUUAUUCGAGAUGAGGCAUUCAUUCAAGUGUGUGCUUCAUUCAAGUGUGUGUCCCUUAAUAUGACUAUAAUGUUCAAUAUGCUUUAAUUUUCUUCCUUUUUCUUAGGGUCCUGAAGGUGUUAGAGGAAUUAGUGGUCUUCCUGGGCCUAAAGGAGAAAGUGUACGUAUAGUGUGAUUAUUAUUAAUUGUAGCGUUUGUAAUUUACAUUACUAUCAUGUAUUAUGAAACAAGUGUGAUUUACAUAAUGGCAACGUGUUACAGAAGAUGUUACUUCUUUCUCAAGGGCUUACCGGGAGUUGAUGGCCGUGAAGGGAUCCCUGCCAUGCCAGGUGCAAAGGUACUUAAUUCAUCGUGCUGUUUAAUUUAUAUUUUUGAAACGAACUGCUCACUUCCAUAUUGUGUGGAUUAGGAGUGAAAAUCACAGAGAAUCAGUGCAGAUUAGCUGAACUGAUAGAGAACAGAACUAUUAGUUAUGAUUAGCGUUAUUAUCUCUAUGGAUCCUGCAUAUUCAGAGGCAAUAACGGUGACUGGUGUCUCCAAAGAAUAAGAGUCUGCCCCAUCAAGUUGCUCCUAAUAUGGUGUCUCUUGAUCCCGCCCACAACUCCUCCCACCUUCCCUAUACCAGCUCUGCCAAUGGAAGCCCCUCCUCCCAUGCCAGUGGGCGCCAUGAUGAUAGCUAAGUGGAACUUCUGUGAGAGGUGUGGCGAACCUUUGGCCCUACCAUUGUUGGUGAACGGCUAACUCCCAUCAGACCUAGCAGACAUAGCCAUUGGCCAGGGAAGAUGAGAGCUGUACUGCAGACUGUGCUCAGCUAGGACCACCAAGUUUAAGGGAGUGUCCUUUGUUCUGGCACUUUGGUCUAACCAGCAGCUACCUCCUUAUGUUCUAAUGGAGCAGUCAAAUGCCAAAUUACCAUUUGUGCCACACAUUCAUGAAAGGAAUCCUUCACAUAUAUGCCUCCACCAAUUAACCCCCCCCCCAUUUAUUUCCCAUUUAAUUAAGGUAAUUCAUUGCUAACAUUCAUUUCCCUUCAUAUUGAAAUGCCCAAUUUUCUCCCCUUGAUUGGACAUGGCAGCUCUCCAGUCUUUGGGGUUUGCACGCAGGGCUGCCUCAUGGGGAGCCAUGUCCUUAGUGAGCCCCAGAUGUUGAUGCUGUGCAAGAUGCCAAACCAGUCAGAUCUCCACUUAAAGAGGUGGGACAUGCAGAAAGCAGAAGUGUACUAGUUAAAUGAUAUGAAUGAGCCACUUUUGUCAAUGGUGAGCCAGUCUGCUUCUGCUCCUACUGCAUCUUCAUGAAGAACACGACAUUCACUCAAGUUGCACAUAGCAUUAUCUGUGGGUGUAAGCAGAGAGCAAACCUUAUUUGCCUCUUUUGUGCACCCAUACUGGCAGGCUGAGUCUUUUGGUUAACUCCCAAGUACUAUCAAGUUGUGAACAACAGUGAUAUUACAUUCCCAUAAGUUAGCAGUUUGGAAAAGGAUGCCACAGUAUUUUUUUAAAAAAAGAUACUAACUUGUUCGUUUGGGCUUUUUUCUGAAUAGCAAACAAGCAGACAGUUUGUACUACAACGGUUUUCAUUUGAUUGAUGCAAACAUUUCCUUCCAGGGUGAACCAGGAAAACCAGGCCCUCCAGGUGAUAUAGGAGUUCAGGGACUGCCAGUAAGUAUUCUGUGCACUUUAAAUGUAAAACAUAGUUAAAUUUCCAAGCCAGACUGAAGCUUAUUAAGCCUUCAUUUUCUGUAAUGACAGGAAUAGUGAGAGUCUGGGGGAAACCAUGAGGAGUGGAGCCUUUAAAAAUUAGGGUGAUUCAAUUUUACUGGGAUGAUCCUGUUUGUGUUACUUGCAUAUGGAAAGUGUAAGUUCCAGAAUUGUCGUGGAAGCUUUAGAGGGCACCCAAGCUAGGAAGCUAGAUAAAAAUGUUGAUGUCUCUCUUUAAGAGAAUAGAACACGCCCACUUCCUCACCAUUUCACCAAGGUGCAGCCCCGCCAUGCUGUCUCCCACUGCUCCACCCAGAGACAACUAAUUCUAGUGCAUCUCUGCAACAUGAUGACAUCAUUCCUGUAAGCAUAUUAUGGCUGUGCUGAAGUGUAUGUCAAAGACUGUUUGGCUCCUGAAGUUUUCCUACAUCUUUUGUAAUGUAUAGCAUAGAUUAGUUGCAUGUACUACUAUCAAAAUUUAUUAUUUUCCUUAUUCAGAAGACCACUUUACCACAAUCUCUCGCUCUCAUUCCAAUUCCUUGUGCCUCACUAUAUUCCUAAGGUGGGAUGAAACCAUAAGAAAACCAAUAGAUCAAUCAAAUCAGAUAGUCGCUGUUGCUGAAAACUGGGCUCUGGUAUGAAAAUCAAUGUGUUUUCAUAGCAUGCUUUUAGGAACCAACUUAAGCAUGUGCUUAAAGAGUAUUCCAUGUCCUUUGGAGGGAGAAGGUUAAUUAUGUUGGCACUAGUUUGGGGUGUUUUUUUAAAUGGAUUUUGGCUCUGUUGAGACAUGCUUGUAAAAAGUCCAAUAUAAUUCACUUGGUGACAUAGCUUGGCAAAAAGAAACAGUUCCCAACACUACGGGAGACACUCCUCCAAUACAGACUAUAAUUGCCCGAGGGAGCAAGGAAUAGUUGCACCUUUUAAGUACAUAGAACAUUACAAACAUUUUAAGGCAAUGUGUUUUCUUUGUUUUGUUUUAGGGUUUACCAGGGUCUCCCGGAGCAAAAGGUGUUGCUGGACCACAGGUAAAGUAUUCUAGACAAUCUGGGAAAGACUCCAGGUGUAUUUUUAAUUAUUAUUCCACUCUUUCUCCAAGAUAGUGGCACCUAUUGUGACGUGGCUAAUUCUCCUUGUCUCCCAACAGGGUAAUGCAGGUCCUCCCGGGAUACCUGGCUUGAUGGGGAAUUCGGGUAAACCUGUAAGCUCCUUUCUUUCUCCAGUUUCAUUUUAUUUUUUACUAACACUUGCGCAUUUUGUGCAGAAUCAGUUUUAAAGCAUGUUCUAUUCUUGUGUUCAACAGGGAGAACAGGGGCCACAGGGAGAAAAGGGGCCCAUCGGACCCAGAGGCCCAUCGGUAAGUACUUGUUCUGCUCUAUCUUCAGGUUCUGAGAUUUCAGUUAUAGGCCAAUGAUGCAGGAGACAAGGUCUGCACAAAAGCUGCUUGUGUUAUUUGCCUGUGACGUAAACUCUUUUAGCUUUCACAUCAAUUUCUUCCAGUCCCAAAUUAGUUGUGCACAUUUGCCUCACAUUUGCCGAGUCAUAAUACAAAUAAACUCAGCUCGAUAUUCCUUAGUGAGUUAAACACUCCAGCCAAAACCAUGAAACAUGUAAGUAGAAUUAUAUAUGAUAAGCUGAACACUCGUCUACAGAUCCACGUCAUGCAGAGCUUUCAUGGUCCCUAGAGGGACUGAAGACCCUUGCACACUAUGCCACAAGUUGUGGGCUUCUUUUUGGUUCUUCUGUUGUGAACUGAGGAUGAAUUUCAGCUGCACUGCAUGAGGUCUUAGCCAUUGUUUAUGACAUAAUGGAAGCCUGACAUUUCUUGGAACCCUCUCAAGAACCUGUCCCUGGGUCAACCUAAGGGUCAACUAAGAGUCAACCUCUCAGCUACACCACUGUGUCCAGACUUCAUUCAAAAUGUUUGGUGCUGCCACCCACUGUGUUAGACAGAGAAGUAGGGUGCCCCUUUUAUAUUUUAUUACCUCAUGGAAUAAUAAUAUAGACAUUAUCCUAUAUAUUGGACAUAAUAAAUAUAUGUUUAAUUAUACAUUAAUCGUUUACCCCAUGAAUAUCCUUGAAUAUACUAGUACCUAUAAUUUUACAUAAUACAUAACUGUUUAUUGUACAUAAUAUUAUAUACCAUACGACUAUUAAAUAUGCAUUAUUAGCUCAUUUAUCUAAUUUAAGAACGUUAUGUCUAUCUCAUGCAUUAUUGUAAACACUCAUGAAUAUCCAUUAAUCAAUACCAUCCAUAAUCUUACAUUCAGACAUUACCUGAAAUAUCUCUCAUCAACGUGGAAGUGCAUUUUACACCUGGUUAUUUAUCAAUCUAGCAUAUCACAUGAGAAUCAUCAGCCCCUGUAUAUAAGGCCCUCCCCCUCUAGUAUCACGUCCAUACUUGUGGGCCAUGGCUUGAUCCAAGGUAGGUCAAAACAGGAGCACCUCUACCAUGCAAAUGUAUGGUACAAGAUUAAGAAAUGGGUCCUCAAAUGCAUGUUUGGGUUAAAAGUGGGUUCUGGGCCUGAAAAGGUUGAAGAUACUUGAUCUACACUAAACACAAAGGGUGAGAUACAUUUCUUUGGAAUCCACAUAGACCAAUACACAGGCACAUUUUCAAACCUAGUAUGCAAGUGUUGUUCUAAUGAAACCCACUUUCUGGAAUACGUGCUAGUAACAUCACAGGUUCACUAAAUGGUGUUAUAUAAUCCUCCCUGCCGGGAUUGUUAAUACAGGCUUGCAGCAGGGAUUCUUCUUACCCAAAUGAAGAAAGGCGAUGGGGGAUCAAAAGUGAAGUAUACUUAAGGAGACAGUGCAGUAUUCCUGAACACAGAACACUGAAAAUGUGGCAAUGGAUUUGGGGAAUACUGCUUGCCAUCUUUCUGAAAACCGUUGUGCUCCAUGCAAAACUGAGUUGCAUAGAGUAAUAACUACCAAAGUCAAGGGAUUAUUCCUUUGCUUUAUCUUUCAGCUCUGGCUAGUGACACAAUAACUUCAUAUCCCCCCCCCCCCCGAAAAACACUUUAUUUGCAAAAAUUGCAAACUCUUGGUGACUUUGAGCAGAACUUGUUUAGAUAUUUUUCGCUCUAUAACACGCACCUGACCAUAACACGCACGUAGUUUUUAGAGGAGGAAAACAAGAAAAAAAUAUUCUAAACGAAACAGUGGAUGUAUGAUUUUUGUGGUUCAUGCUGUGGCCACAGACGUGAUCUGACGGUGAGUUUGGGGUAGCCCAAUGCAAAAUCCUGAGGAUCCAUGUGGAUCCAUGCUUUGUAACCACGUUUUGCGCCAUUGCAGCCCCAUGAAACAGUGGGUGCGUGUGUGUUUUUUGGUGCAGGCUGUAGCCAUGGAUAUGCUAUGUGAUCUGAUGGUGAACUUGGGGUGACCCAGUGCAAAGAUCCUGAGGAUCCAUGUGGAUCCGUGCUUAGUAACCACUUUUUAAGUGGGGAGGGAAGGAAAAGCAUUCAAGGGACAAGGAGCACGCGUGGGGUGUGUGGAGAAGGAUGCUGCUAAUAAUGCAGAAGAGGGGUUUAAGGGAAGAAGGAACACGCGUGGGGUGUGUGGAGAAGGAUGCUGCUAAUAAUGCAGGCGAGGGGUUUAAGGGGAGAAGGAACACGCAUGGGCUGUGUAGAGAAGGAUGCUGCUAAUAAUGCAGAAGAGGGGUUUAAGGGGAGAAGGAACACACGUGGUGUGUGUGGAGAAGGAUGCUGCUAAUAAUGCAGGUGAGGGGUUUAAGGAACACACAUGGGCUGUGUAGAGAAGGAUGCUGCUAAUAAUGCAAAAGAGGGGUUUAAGGGGAGAAGGAACACGCGUGGGGUGUGUGGAGAAGGAUGCGGCUAAUAAUGCAGGCAAGGGGUCUAUGGGGAGAAGGAACAUGCAUGGGGUGUGUGGAGAAGGAUGCUGCUAAUGAUGCAGGAGAGGUGUUUAAGGGGAGAAGGAGCUCACGUGGGGUGUGUGGAAAAGGAGCUUUUCGGUGAGCUGAGCGGGGAGGGGGGAGGGAAAGAGCACUGUUGCUUUAAAGGAGCCAACCGGACAGCAGCCACUUACAGCAGUGUAAGCAGCUCCUUUCCUCUCCCGCUUUGCUCCUUCUCUCCCUCUUUGCUGCUUUACGCAGCUAAUGGCGAAUUCCCUGCAACCCAAGUCCUGCUCAGCGGAUCAGCUGAGAUGCUGGGAGAAUCGUAAUUUCCCCCUCUCCCUCAUCCCGUGCCCUCCUGUCCCCAGCAACCUUUUUAUAAACUUUUUUACUGGUUUUCACUGCGCUCGUGGCUCAGAGCCCUCCUGUGCCCUGCCGUCCCUCUGCAGCCUCAUUGCUCCAUUAAGAGAGCGCACGGACCUUUGCUAGCAGAGGCUGCAGCAGCUGUUGCUGGCUACGCGGCGCUUUUCCCGGCUCGCUAUGGCUCCCGUCUGUCCCUCCUUCCGUGUAAGCGGUUGCUGCCCGCUUUGCUGCCAUGGCUCUCCUUCCCUCCCUCCUCCCCGGCUCCUCCCCCUCCUCCUGGCUGUAAAGCAAGCAAAGCUAGAGCCACGCAAAGCGGGACAGAAGCCCUGCAAGCGGCUCCCGCUUUGCUUGACUGACGGCAGCCAUGGCUCCGGUCGAGUGCAUUCGCUCCGUAACACGCACAGGCAUUUUCCCUUUCUAGGAGCAAAAAAGUGCAUGUUUUGGAGCGAAAAUUACGGUACUUGGCUAUUUCCCAAAUUCCUUUCUCUAAACUGAUGCCGGUCUGAAUGUUUUUGGACAGCUCUUGGUUAAUAAAGAACAGGGUAGUUCCUUAACCGGAUAAUGCAAGAUAAUCUUCUAAACUAUGUUUUUAAUCCUGUAAAAUGCAACUAAGGGUUUAUAAAAUCAGCAGUGCGUAGAAACCGGAGCUAUCAUACUGUGUUAAUUAUUAACCAUCCCCACUGCAAGCUCUGGAAGCAGUUCAGAUUAGACUCUGAAAGUUCUAGUUCUAGUGACCAGCAUGACAUCUGCUAGAUUUCUGUAAACUAAUAAUGGUUUGCAUAAGCUGAUAGAUGUGCAAAACAUUCUAUAAAUCAUGCUUUCAAUGAGAAACGUGGGGGAAACACUGCUUUACACAUUAGUUUACACCGAUUGUUUCGUUAUAUCUAUAAAUUUACAAAUCAUUCUUAACCAUACAGUGCUACCUCAGGUUACAGAUGCUUCAGGUUACAGACUCCCCUAACCCAGAAAUAGUACCUCAGGUUAAGGACUUUGCUUCAGGAUGAGAACAGAAAUCAUGCUCCAGUGGCAUGGCGGCAGUGGGAGGCCCCAUUAGCUGAAGUGGUACCUCAGGUUAAGAACAGUUUCAGGUUAAGAACGGACCUCCGGAACGAAUUAAGUUCUUAACCCAAGGUACCACUGUAUUUACUUGGAAGCUAGACUUCAUUUCAAUGAGGCCCACUCACAAGUAACUAAACUACUAUAAGUUUACAGCCAUUCAGCCUAGUAUGGUUAACUUAGAAGCAAGUCCCAUUAUGGUCAAUGGAGCUUCUUACUCCCAGAGAAGAGCGCCUAGGAUUGCAGCCUUAGGGUCAAACUGCACAUCAUGCUUAAUGCAUGACAGGCUGUUAUUUCUCUUGCUUUUCUUAAAUUAAUUGCAGCUGCAAACCCCCCCCCCAGUAGUUCUCAAAAGUGUAGCAUGCAGGGAAGGUAGGUGUUUCUUUUCCCAGCAUCCCCAAACUCAGUGUAGUUACAAAGUUUAGUAAAAAGUUCACAUUCUAUGUUAAAAAGUCGUCCUUCUUGAUUUCUUAUUCUUCCAGUAAGUUUCACCAUUUCUGCCUUUUUCAUUAAUUUUAGUUGCCAAUCUUCUUUAGUUGGAAUUGCUGCUUCUUUCCAUCCCAUCCCUGGGCAUAUACAGUGGUACCUCUGGUUAUGAACUUAAUUCGUUCCAGAGGUCCAUUCUUAACUUGAAACCAUUCUUAACCUGAGGUACCACUUUAGCUAAUGGGGGCCUUCCGCUGCUGCCGCACCGCCACCGUGCAAUUUCUGUUCUCAUCCUGAGGUAAAGUUCUUAACCCGAGGUACUAUUUCCGGGUUAGUGGAGUCUGUAACCCGAGGUGUUUGUAGCCCAAGGUACCACUGUAUCAUUCUAGCUGCUGUGGUAGCAUACAAAAAUAAUUUCCUUUGUUCUCUUGGUACCUCUGAACCCAAAAUUCCUAUAAAAAGUGCAGUUUGACUCCUAGUCUGCGUGCAUCUCCUCAACAACCUGAUCAACAGAACAAUCAACUUUUACCAAGUACUUGAUUGGUACCUGGUUCAUGGUAACAUGAUUGGCCAACCGCUUGAACCGCUAUACUUUCACUUAAUUUGAUAUAGCUUCCUUCGGAGCAUUAGAACUAUCUUCCCAAUUGUUAUGAUCUGCUGCACAAGGGGAAAAGAACACGGAUAAGAUCAAGCCUUUGAAUCACUGUAAUGGCACAAAUCAGGGUACUGCAAUCUUAGAGCCAAACUUCCUUUUAUCUUAAUGCUAUAGAUCAAAACGUAUUAAUAAAACAUGUAUUUCAUUGUUCCUUUUACCAGUUGACUUGAAGCUUUGCUUCGCACACACAUUAUGGAAAUUGGUCUAUAUGAUUAUCACACUUCAUUUCUGGUUAAAAUCUUUGAAAGCUUUCCUUUUAUGCUAAAUUGCUCCAGAGUAUCAGUUUUUAAACUUCAAAGUGUCAGACAUAAUCAGUGAUAAUGCUUUAAAAAAAAGAAAAAAAAGAAUCAGCAGCAGUAGUGGUAUAAGCAGAUUAUUUGUGCUCAGUUUGGCACAAUGGCCCAUUCUUGGCCUCACUCUGCUAGUCUUUGCCAGUUCUUUUCCUCCAUUGUUUCCACUCUGUUAUUUAGCAGAGAUGCUAUAUAUGGAUCAGAUGUGCACCUUCCCCCAAAAGCAAGAUGGCUAUGCUGUUAAAAUGGAGAUAUUUUACAGUUCUUAUGGACAAUGAUGUUGUUGUUUAGUCGUCUUAGUCGUGUUCAACUCUCCGUGACCCCAUGAAACAGAGCAUGAAAAAACUUCUCCUUUUUUAUGUCCAUGGAGUUUUCUUGGCAAAAUACUGGAGUUGUUUGCCAGUUCCUUCUCCAGGUGGAUCACAUUUAGUCUAAACUCUCGGUUAUGACCUGUCCAUCUUGGGUGGCCCUGCACGGCAUAGCUCAUAGCUUCUUGGAGUUAUUCAAGCCCCUUCACCACGACAAGGCGAUGAAGGGGCUUUUGGACAAUACAGUACUUCAGUUUGGACUUUGAUGAGGCUUCACAGGAACGGGGCAUCACCAUAGUGGGACAGCUACCAAGAGCACCUCUCUGAGUACCCUCUCACAGUUGGAAGGUACCACAGUGAUGGACUGAGUGCUCUUGCUUCAAUUUAAAAAAUGUAUUUAAAAAACAAAAGGCACAUCAAAUUGUGCCCAGAAAAUGGGGGCUGAGGAGAGGGAGAUAAACAUAUAUAGCCCAUGAUAUGCCAGGGACAAAUGUGGCAAGAAGCUGCUACUUUGCAGUCAAGAGUCCAAUGGCCUAAAAGUUAUGCUCAGUAUUCCUUUCCCACCUGUAAACAAUAACUGGAAAGACUACAUGUGGUGUAGUGGUUAAGAGCGGUGGACUCGUAAUCUGGGGAACCGGGUUCGCCUCUCUGCUCCUCCACAUGCAGCUGCUGGGUGACCUUGGGCCAGUCACACUUCUUUGAAGUCUCUCAGCCCCACUCACCUCACAGAGUGUUUGUUGUGGGGGAGGAAGGGAAAGGAGAAUGUCAGCCACUUUGAGACUCCUGAAGGGGAGUGAAAGGCAGGAUAUCAAAUCCAAACUCUUCUACAUGCAUGCUUGCUAUCCUGCAUGUUCAUCCUUCCUGGGAUGUUCUCAGAGCACCUUCCCUCUAAACUGAAAAGCUCCAAAUGUUGUAACCAUUCCUGAAGUGAGGUGAUCAGAAUUAGGGUUGCACCAUAGAUGUGUACAAUGCCAUUACGAAAACGGCAGUUUUGUUUUCAAACCUUUCCCUAAAGAUCCCAAGACAAGCAUUGUGAUGCAGAUGCAUAUCUAGAUGUGCAUUACCUCCUUAUUGGCUGUGCAAGAAAAAGAACCUGGCGCUCUUCAGUAGGGCAGCUAGGUGUAGACUUUUGACACCUGAAGAACAGAUGUUCAGAUUUGAUGCCACAACAUGGUUUGGUGCUAUGCGAAUGAACAUGGAACACACUCAUAUGAUCUCUCCUCAUCUUGAGCACGGUGAUCUCUCUGGUUUGUAUUAAAUUGAAGGAGAGAGCAUAGAAGCCCAAGGCUUCUAGUAGCCAACUGUACUUAGACCCUCACACCACGGGUUCACAUUCAUGUGAAUUGUCAACCUGAAACAAGUUCACACGAUGUGCAGCAUUACAAAAUGAGAUUUUCCUAACUGAAACACGAAAAGAUGUGAGCAUAUAAUAGAUUUUUUUAAAAAGCACAUUAAACUGUAACUGCUAGCCUGAGCACCCUAAUUUUCCCUACCAAAAAUAUUAGUUUUUUCAAUUGCAUAUCUUAUGGUGAUAAACAGAAGAAGUAGUUUUCAGUUUGUUCUAAUUUUAAUUAUGUUCACGUGAAUCUGCAUCUAGAGGCAUGUUCAAUAAUCAUGUUACAAAAGUAACUAAAUGGAGCUAAAUUUGUGGAGAAGAUUAAUUAACUUUCUGGGUCACCUGAAGGUUUUUUCCAAGCCUUUCUAAAAGCUUCUCAUGUUAAUGCCAUAAGAAUUUUAUAGAAGCAGUGACUGGAAACUUACCCAGUUCUGAGUUCUUUUGAUCCCUCCAGGAUACUUAAUUAUUUUCCAGCAAGUUUCCCUGCUUUGCUUUGCUUGAAAAGCCAUUUCAUGCAAUUUUGAGAUGUGGCAUAACAUGUAUUUCAUAUGUAGCUUCAUCUUUUAAUUGCUCCGCAACCUGUUGUGUUACAGUUUCCUUACCAGAAUAUUAACAUGAAAGCUAGAAUUACACCUACCCACAGUGUUUCAUGUUAAGUCAGUUCCGAUGAUGUAUCACUGUUGUCAGAUUAUGCACACACUCAUCUAACUGGUUGAUAAACUUAUCUUUAAAAGUGAUACAGUAAGAAAGUAAUAAGAGCCUGCUGGAUCAAGUCAGUGGGCCAUCUCGUCCAGCAUCCUGUUCUCACAGUGGCCAAGGCGAUUCCUCAAGGAAACUUGCAAGCAGAACAUGGGCAGAAAAGCACUCUUACCACCCACAGUUUCCAGCAACUGGUAUUUAACCAUGGGAACUGAGUAUCCUCUAUGAAGAGAUAUUAGGCUGCUCAUACCUGAAGAAUCACACAUGAGCAUAUGAGUGUGUGCUUGUCCUUCCAGAGGAGAUACAUGUGUGUUUAUGAUGCAGAAUGAAAUGGUAGUAUUAGAAGCUACCUUCUUCUAAGUCGAUAUUUUGCUUUUUAGCUGACUAUAAAUAUAUAUAUAUAUUAAGUAAGCAUUAAUGAAACGAUUCUUCAUUUUGCUGCCAGAAAAUGCUUUAACAAUGCCUCCUUGUUUUCUCAAAGGGUAGCAGAGGUGAGCUGGGUCCUGCUGGCCCUCCAGGUCCGCCAGGUAAAAUGGUAAGCAGCCAGUGUCUACUCCCAUCAAAUUCAUUUUUAUUUUUCCAAGAGCUUAUGGUUUCCCUUUAGGAUCCGUAGCAACCUAGCAGUUUAUGCAAGAAGCUGAAGAUGAAACAUGAAUACAAUCAUUGUUGCUUUCCCUCUUCCCAGCUUGUGACUCUACUAAGACCCACAUUUUCUUAUUUGAAUUCUGUAAAAUUCUACUGGGAACACAUCAUUUUUAAUGCAGUACUGUGAGGAAGAAAAGUGGAUAUCUCUCUUUGUGUAUUGCCUUAAGAUGGUGAAGUUAGCUGUCGCUUGUGUUAUUAAUUUAAAAAGGAGCAGGAAUAAUGAAAGGCCAGUUUUUUCUUUUUCCUUUCCUGCUAGCAGCUAUCUGGCAUUAAUGACUACUGAGCGUGAAUGCCUUCUUUGAAAUGACUCAAUCUUCAUUUGCAUGGUUUCUGCUCGAAGGGCAGCCUGGCUAUUUGGGAACUGAAAGAGCUCCCUGUUAGAGAGGAAGGGUUGAGGAAUUACAGCAUCCUCCUCCAUAAAGGCACAAAUAUUUUAGCAGAUGUAUUAAAAGUCUAGGAACUGAUGUUUUCUGGCUGCAGUAGAUUAUAGCAAACUGUCAGCAACAAUUUAGCAGAGUCUAUGGUUCAGAAAGAAAGCACACAGCCGGCUGUUCUUAUUACUCUCCAUAGGGAAAGUGUAAUGUGCUUCUCAGAGGCUGGGUCUCUUUAUCAAUGGGUCUUUUGUUUAGUCUAAAAAUUAACCUAAGAAUCUGCCAUCUUUGUUUCCACAGGGUGGCGAAGGUGACAUAGGCCUCCCAGGUUUACCUGGGCCUCCAGGAUUGCCUGGUGCUAAAGGUGACAGGGUAAGCAUACGAUUUGCCAUAAGGAAUUGCUGCAGCUACUCUUGGUCUAAUUAUUUUCUGAAGCCACUUAAAGAGGGGAGGAAUUAAGAACUACCAAUAUUGCAGGGGUGGGGAAUCUGGGAGCCUUCUCGACGUUGUUGGACUCUUAACUCAAACCCAUCCAACAUGGCUCACGGUCAGGGAUGACAGGUUGUUGUCCAAAAUCUAGAGGGCCAAAGGUAUCCCUGCCCUGAAUUGUUAUGUAUAGGUUUCUGCCCUCAGGCCUGUGAAAACUGUUGUGGUGUGUAGCCAACAAGUUCCUCACCACUACCAGCACACACACCUUGGUGUGUUUUUUUUACCCUUCACCCCACCUUUGCUGAUGUCCACUAAAAAUUCCUCCUGAUAUUACUGCAACUAUCUUAAUUGAAAUCCUUACUUUAAUUAAGGCCCCCACUUCCAGUCACGCUAUGACCGACGUAAAAUUGAGCCUAAGAAGGGAAACUGUUCACCUUAUUAGAACCCCAGUUCCACCCUAUGCUGCUGCUGCUUCAUAGGUGCCAGUUCUAUAGGGCUGAGGUGUCUUCAGCCUGCCCCGUCCCCCAAGUCUGCUGGGACAGGACUGAGCCCCCUCCCCAACCUUGCAGCACUGGUCCUCGCUUGGGUAGUGGCAGGUCUUGCUGGGCCUUGCUUGGGUGGCAGUGGUCCUCGCUGGUCCUCUCGGGCAGCGGCAGGCCUCACUAGGCCUCCUCCUGAAGUGCAGCGCUCGAUGCACAAGAUGGCCACUGCAAUUUUGGGUGGAACUCGGUGCCUCUGUACCCCUUUGAUUGUUUCUAAGGGUUUUCCAGAUUAUUUCUGAGGUUGUGUUUUUCUUCUGCUCAUUAGAGGUCUCUCCCCUGCCCUUUCCCACUCAAGCCUCCAGUCUUUUCCUUUUGCACCCCUGGGUAAUUUUAGCUUUCACAUUCAAAGUCGCUGGUUGCUUAGUUAGCAAAUUAAGGAAAAAUCUUAGCUCUGACUUGAUUGUGAAGAAGAUCAUUCUCUCUCUCUCUGUGGGAAAAGGCUUCUUAACUUCAGCUGCUGCUUUCUUGAAAUUCUUUGCCUUGCCUGUGCUAGGGGAUAUUUGAUGUUCUGUCAAUGAGCAUUCAUCAUUAUGGCAUUAGCUUAGUUGGCAGAGUGCUAUAGAAUUCCAGAGCCAUCAGUUCCGAGGAAUUAACUCGGAAAGGGUUUAUUCUCAAGGGAAGUCUUAAUUAUAGGUAGUCUUUACCAGUUGCUACUGAUGCCUAGAGCUCUUCAUUGUAGCUGUGCCUUCCCCAGACCUCAUGUGAUCUUCUCUAUAUUUAAAAUGGAAUAUAUAUAUAUAUAUAUAUAUAUAUAUAAUUUUUGCUCCAGUCCUUGAAGUGUCUACUGGUGGAUUAUUUGGUGGUCCAAAACACUAAUAGCUACCAUUAACAAAAACCAUUCCUGCUGCAUUCUAGAACUCAACAUCAGCCUUAGAGUUUUUCCGAGUAUCCCUUAGCUGCAGUGCUUAUUGCACUGAAUGAAAAUAUGUUCCUGGAUAAAAUGAAGGACACAAUCCCUUUCACUCACAGAGAGCACCACACCUCAGGCCAUUGGAGUAAAUACUGUUCCAAGGCCAUCAUCACCCCAUGCACUUUACCUUGGGGAGUCCAAUAGCCUGCUCUUUUCUAAGCCCUCAGGACAUUGGUUACUUCCAGUCCUAUUAGUAGUGGUAGUCUGUACACUAGCGGGUGGAAGAAGAAUGUGGCACCUUAGGUCCUCCAUACAUUGUGAAUGGUUGAGUGUAUUUCUGCAGCGUGCCCAAGGUCAUUCACCAUGGUAGUGGCAUGCAUGCCCAGAGGUGGCUUAGUGGGGAGGGUGAAGUUCUAAUAGACACCUUUGGGGCAUCCUGCAGGUGUCUGUCUCCAUGACAGGUGAAUAUAGUGUCCUUUCCCCACCAAGGUCUGUUUCAAACAUGCCUUCUCAACCUUCCAACUUUCCCUCGGUUGUACAGUUGCUGCCCUGUCCAUGUGACCCAAGGAUCCAUGCAUGCUGCUGUGGGGAUUUCUGAAUCUACUUCCCACUUGGAUCCAAGAGGAAUUCCAGAGUGGGUGCUUGUUGUGUGGUCUGCCAGAACCACCUAGGAAGGGGAUACAAACACUCAUGCAUGGAUUAGUGACCACAAGGAAGCAGUGUUUGAUGGUACUGUCGGAAUCCAUCCUUUAAACACACAAGUAGGCACAGGUACUCACGUUCUCACAUGAAGAUGGCCAAAAAUGCAGAUGUUUGACGUGAGGCUUAUACCUUGUCAUCAACUCAGAUGGCUCCAUCUGUCAUGGUAAUAUAUUCAGUUAUUCAUGAAAACGGGUCCAAACUAUUAGGGCAGACAGAAGUGAAACUUGAAGGAAUACAAGAAGCGGUGUUAUACUAAGCUAGGGCAACGUUCCAUCUAGUUCAAAUUUUUUUAUUUUUGCUUUUGUUGUAGAAUGAUAUUUUCUAUGAGGGGGCAUGGAGGUGGUAAGUUGGCACAAUUCAAACCCAGUAGCAGAAGAGCCAGAUUGGCUCUGCCAGUGUAUUUGCACUGCACUGAGCUGGCUGCUGCCACCUCUGUUCUGGUAUACAGCAACAAUUCGGAGUGAGGGAGGUCAGGUGAUUGGCACUGCUGUAAAUGUGUGGGGUGGGUGUAACUACAUGCAAUAGGAAACAUACUGGAUGUAACUGAUAGAAUAUUAGUUACACAGAGGGUAGAUGGUAGCAGUGGCAUAGCGGGGUGGUGGCACAGGGGAGGUUUCCUCAGGCGCAGAAUUGUUAGGGGUGCAAAAUUUCAAUGUCUGGUGCUGCCUCAAUACACUUGCAUGCUUCUUUUGCUGGGCUCCAUUGAAAAUGGCUUCUCCAUACAAACCAGGAAGUGACCUCUCCAAACAAAGAAAUGACUCUUAUUUCCACAAUCUCCUGGGUGACUCAGACACUGAAUGUGCAUGUGUACUCUGUCUAUUUCUCUCUCUCCCUCCCCCCUCCUCUGUGCGGCCCCGGAUACUGGCAACCCAUGCUACACCACUGAAUGGUAGCCAUAUCUGGGGGGUGUAUUUCUGCUGCAUCCUGAAAUGGGCAAAAACAGGCACAACACACUGUUUCCCUCCUAGCACUGCAGGAUGUUGUGAUAUCCCGGCAUGCAGAGCUGGGAACAGUGCCUGGCCAGGUAUUCUGACUUGGAAGUCUCAGGGUAGCCUACUGUUGCAAUGGUACUCAUGUCCACAUUCUUGCCACAUACUUAUUCUUUUGGUUAUGCACAGCGGUGUUGUAUAAAAGCACUGCCACUAUUACUUUAUUCUUAAAUUGCAAUAAUACAAAUGUACCUUGUAUACAUUCUGUAGGAGGGAGUGCUGAAUAUUUGUACAGUGGUGCCUUGCAAGACGAAAUUAAUCCGUUCCGCGAGUCUCUUCGUCUAGCGUUUUUUUCGUCUUGCGAAGCAACCCUAUUAGCGGCUUAGCGGAUUAGUGCUAUUAGCGGUUUAGCGGCUAUUAAAGGCUUAUUGGCUUAGCAGCUUAGCUGCUAAAAGGCUAUUAGCGGCUUAGCGGCUUAGAAAAGGGGGGGGGAGCGAAAAAAAAUCUCAAGACUCGCAAGACAUUUUCGUCUUGCGAAGCAAGCCCAUAGGGAAAUUCGUCCUGCGAAGCAACUCAAAAACGGAAAACCCUUUCGUCUAGCGGGUUUUCCGUCUUGCGAGGCAUUCGUCUUGCGGGACACCACUGUAUCUAGUUUGCUUCUGUUCUUCUUUUCCUCUCAUCUUUGUGCCUUCAUGCUGCUCAGCAGGCAUGAUGCAAUGUAUGAAAGCCAAGAGAAAUAAGAAGUGUAGAUGAAAGAGUAUUGUGUGUGUGUUCCAUAUAAAUAUCUCAAAAAUCUUUGGUGAAUUCAAACACACACCCCACAUACUCGGCAGCAGUAGUACCAGAUUGUGAGGGGGCAAACUCUGUCUCAUAUAUUAAGCCUUCCCAUAAAGAAACAUCUCUAUGUUUCAAAGGAGCAAAGGAUUUGCAAAACAUUUAUUCGGAAUUAAGUUAUGCUGUUUCCAUCAUAUUUACAAUCUUGGAUGAAAGUCUGCUUAGAAGAGCAGUCUCAAUUAAAAUUCUAAUUUAAUAUUCUAUCUAUUGAUGGGUUUAAUGGAAGUCCCUAGGUGUUUUUAAAAUGAAAGCUGUUUUUCUAAAAAAAAUAAGAAAUCAAGAACAUCCUGAUCUGUCUUCCGGAAAUAGGUAUUGUGCAGGUAGAAAGGCUUGGCAGAAAUUCAACAAGAGAAGCUUGUCCCACAGUAAAGAUGGAGCAGUGGAAAUCUUCACCAGCUGAAUUUAUUAUUAUUAUUAUUAUUAUUAAUUAAUUUAUUUAUUUAUACCCCGCCCAUCUGGCUGGGCUUCCCCAGCCACUCUGGGCAGCUUCCAAAAAAUAUAUUAAAAUACUGUCCACUGUGCAGCUAUUUAAUGUACUGGGGCCCCUAGAAGAAGAAAGGUGGCAAUCAACAAUACCAAGUUUCAUUAGCGAUAGCUUGAGAAGUGGUUUGUUAAGUAAAUAAGUCAAUGAACAUGUCUCCUGGCAAGGAAUUCUGAAUAUGAGAGGAAGAGGGAGGGAAGGAGAGGCAGCCUUGAUGUGCAAAUGAAAAAUGUAAAAGAUGGAAUUGAGAGUGAGAGUUAAAAUUUGCAUUGAAAGGGCAGGAAAACUCAUCAGUACACAAGAUCAUAUCAUUCAAUGUGGAAUAAUUAACUGCCCCGACAGUGAUGCAACCUCUCAGUUAGGUUUUUCAAAGGUCUAAAUACCCCCAAAUGCCUUGGAGUUAGGGGUUUCCAACUUCCUAAAACUGGGGAAACCACCCCUUGCAGGGGAAAAAGAGGAAAUGACUCUUUAUUAUUAUUUCAGGUCAAACACGGUUUGGCAUUAGCCUUGUUUGGUGCCAUGUUUUGUAAAGCAAUUUCCAUCAAGUGCAUGAACCAUGAUAUACCAAGUAGAUGACCAGCCAAGGGUGUGAACCUGUUGCCCAGACCCCAUUUAGCACAAUUUUCCUGAGCCCUGAAUUCUCAGGCGCAAGCCAUGUGGUUCACUUGUCAACUACGGGAGAAGAAGGAAUGGCCACAAGAGAUUUCUGAGAGCAUUAAUCACCCACCUUGGCUGUCCCCAUAACGCCACUUAGGCCCACACUUAAAUUGAACUCUGUUUGUCAUGCUGACAGCAAAGAGGAAGAGUUGAAAUUGUCUGGUUAUUAAUUAGUGUUAUCAGAAAAAAAGGAAAGCAGGAAUAGUGUUAUUUAAAGUCUGUCUCACUACCAGCCCUGACCGAAACACUGGAUUUCCUCAAGCCUCAGACAUUGCUCCAUUGCUGUAAUUUUUAUUGCUGUUUUGGUUUUCUUUCCUUCAUGUUAAAAAAAUUGUUUUUUUAGAAUAUUUUGGAAAAUAUUCAUGGAAUAAACUGUUAUACAUAUAUGGAGUAAACCACUUGCAGUGCAGUCAUAUUGCAGCUAGCUCAAAGAACACAUGAAUCAAAUAGAUUAUGAUGUUGCCAUUAUGUACAGCGGUACUUCAGUUGUCGAACGUAAUCCGUCCCGGAAGACUGUUUGACUUCUGAAACGUUCGACAACCAAGGUGCAAUGGGCGGCUGGCAAAUUCCAUUGAGAAAAUGGAGAAAUGUGCCUCAAAAGCUGUUUGAAUUUCGAGGCGCGUUUGAAAAUGGAAGCAUUCAUUUGCGGGUUUUUGGCAUUCGGGUUCCAAAACAUUCGGCUUCCGAGACGCUUGAAAACCGAGCUUCCACUGUACUUAAUUUAAUAAUUUAGAUACUAUUUAAUACUGUAGUUUCUAUGUGGUGUACAAUAAGGAUAUAUCGUACAUCAUAAAACCAGUUAAAGUUAACCAUAAGAUCAGAAAAAACACACACUUAAAAUGGCUGCUGAAAAGUUCCUCCCCUAAGCUUUGGAAGUUCAGCAAGAUGCAGGAGUUCCAAAAUGCAUCUUACCUUUCUGCCCCUAUCAUAAAGGCUUCCCAUUUCACUUCAGUAGAGAGGAUAGCUCCAGAUGCAUAAAGAGACCCAUAUUGCCUCAUCCAUUUAAUCAAAUGGGGAAUUUCCUUCCAAAGGGAGCUCUUUAUGUGCAGCAGAACAUAGACAUAUGAAUCCCUGGAUCUAGGCAAGGGAAUUUUAAACUUACUUAUUCCCAUGAGUACAUUUAUAUAUAUAUUUUUUAUAAAAUAAAAUUAUCAAAUCAUGGACAGCUUGUUUGUUAAACGCAAAUCAAUGCCUCACUCUUUAGGGCAUUUUUAAACUGUGUCUACAGUAGCUAAUUUUAAGUUUGCUUUUUAAAAUCAUGUUAUUUUUAUUUUGCGUAUAGGGUUUGGUUGGUGAGCCAGGACCUAAAGGAGAUCAAGUGAGUACACAAAUUCACAUUGUCUCGUAUGCUUCCAGCAAGGUUGAAAUUAUGGAAAAUGCCUUAUCCUUAUUUAUAAAUAAUAUGCUUCUUGUUAUAAUAUAGGGAGCUGCUGGUGGAGAAGGGGAGCCUGGACAAAGAGGCGAUCUUGUAAGAUCUUUUCACCUCAUUCAUUCCACACACUCAGCUUUAAAACUGGCAGGUGUUGUUUCAUAUAUAACACAGACAAAUGGGUCAUGCAACUUGCUGUUGAAGAAGCUGCACAUUCCACAUGAACGAAAAAAGAUAGCUCUAUAGACAUUUGGGUAAUAUUAUUGCAUUCCUAUAUACACUCUCUAGGAAAUUAAGUUCCGCUGAACUCAACAGGGCUUAUUCCUGAGUAGAAACUCAUAGGAUUGCACAUUAGAGGAAUACAAAAUGUGAUCUGAUUGCUUUGCCUAUUGUUCAACAUUGGACAUUCACAAAGCAAAUGCCGCCACAUCUGACUACUUUGGAUCAGUCUAGUGAGGCAGAUAAGCCUCUGAGAACAUUACCCACUUGUGUUCUCAGCUCUUCCUACCCCCAUGCAACUUGACAUUGUUGUGCCAUAUCAGAGGCAGGGCACAGCCAUUAGCGAUGUAGUUACAGUUCAGAGGCAGUUUUAGAGUAGCACAAUGUGUGGCCCUGCAGAUGUUGCUGGACUCCAGCUCCUAGCAGACCCAGCCAGGAUGGCCUUUAGUCAGGGAUGAUGGGAGUUGUGAUCCAACAACAUUUGGAGGGUAACAGGUUCACCAUCUCCACUCCAGAACAUACUGAAUCUUGAAUGAGGCAUCAAAAUGUUCAACUACAGAUAGUACCACUUUCAUGAACAAAACCCCUCAUUUUUUAAAAGAAGCCUUUUAAAAAAACAUCAAAAAACCCUUUUCAGCCUUUUACACUGCUUCUGUAAGUCUACGUUUUAAGUACACCAUGAGGUUUCCAUUCCCUUUUAGAGUGAUAUCAUUUCUUAAAAUAUUUAGAAAAUAGUACCAUAUUCAUUUUAUUUAAAACGGCUUGCGCGUAUGCCAUCCUGACACAAUUCAUCUUGUUUUGUUAGGGCGACAUGGGUUUGCCAGGCCCUAAAGGAUCUGUAAGUAUGAUGAACUGCAUUGUUACAGAAAAUCAAAACCUUAAUAAAUCAGCAGAAUAUUUCAAACAAGGGGGUGGUUAUUUAGCUUCGCAAAUGGAGCUUCAAUAUUUAGUUCCCCAAGCAAGGAAGUUAAGGCAAAUGUGAUCCAUCACUCAUCGUUUUUAUUCUAAUGCUGUGGAUUACUAGAGGGUUUCUUAGAGUGACAAAUUUCACCUCUCAGUGUGUGGAGAUGGAGGAGUUUGUGUGUUUCUGCGAAGAGGGGCAAAUGAAUGAGUCAGUGUGGAACUUCCCAGUGGUUGAGUAGAGCAAUCCUUGUGAACUUAAAUUUUUAUACAGGUCAUAAUCCAGAGUUGAAUAUCUUCUAUGCAUCUCACACAGAAAAAAGACAUUCAGUCUGGAUGUAGAAUUUGGCUGCUUAGUAUCUAAAUCCCCCCUCCUUUUACCAGAAGUAAUUCCAUAGCUUUCGUCCAUGCUGAGACAAAGAUUGGCAGAGGCCAUGUUCGAACAAUCCUAUCUUGAUUUCCUAAGCCAUGCCACAAAGGUGAACCCUGUGCACUUAAUGUAGCCACUUUGCUUCUCCUUCCACAUAAGCUGCAAAACAAGGAAGUCUUCAGUUAACCAUAGUGUUACAUCUGAACUGAGAAAUCCUAUUUAAUGUCUUCCAGACAAGCCAGGGAUAUCUUAAUGAUGUCCCAAUAACCUGCCUUGUUUGGAAGCCAUUUUCUGGUUCAGACUUAAAUCGUAAACAGUACUGAACUGGAGACAUCCUGACUUGCUUACCUACCCAAAGGGAGGAGUGAAGCACCUGGGUGAUGUCAGUUAACGAUGCACCUAUGGUCACAGGGCAGCUUGCCCAGAAUCUCUGUUGCUAUCUGAAAAGAUGCAGCUUUGGCUAUUGGUGGGCUGUGUGGACCUUGGACAUGAACAUAAACGUGCUUACGGGCUUAGGUUUUAUUUCAAAAUGAUUGCGUGAUUAUCCCACUGUCUCAGUGAUUCCUCAAUGAAGUAAUACAGAAUACUAUAAAAAGGAGUCUGCCAGCCCACACUAUGCUAAUGGGGGUCUUAUGUAAAGUUUGGAAUGCAUUGAUUGGAGAAUAUAUAGGGUGCACUGAAAUCUUGCAAAUUAAAGUUCACCCCCAACUUCUUCAGUUUCCAUAUCCACCCAAUAGAUCAUUGCAAGAUCCUUACCACUUUUGUUAUCAUCCCAGGGAUAAAAAGUUCUGCAACUAGUAACAUUGGCGCCAUAGUUUUCUGUUUGUCUGAGAAGAGAAGUAGUUGCGAUUAGUUUUCCCCUGCAGUGGUUUAGAGGCAGCCGUUUGCAAACACUUGUGUUACCAAUUUCUAGCUUAUCUAAUAUUUAUUUGCUCUGCAGUUAUAUUUAUAGAAUACAAAAAUGGGGGGGAGGGGAGAGAUCUUAAAAGCACUUGUAGUUUAUGGCCUCCUUGGUAGUUAAGCUGUUUUUUAAAUAUUUAAUAUAUUCAUAGGAUUUGUGCAAAGGCAAAAGUUUAGAAUUGCUUCAGGGAUUCAUAUUGCUUAAGUAAUGUAUCACAGUGGAGGUGCCUGUGGGGAAAAGAGAAAGCAAAUGCCACUUGCUAUGCAGCAGACUCUUCCCUAUGUGUUUAUUUACUGCACUGCAUAAAAACGGUCCUCCUCUAAAAGAGAUCAGGCUCUGCCACCAAAAAUAAAGGCAAACUCAAAACCACGGUCCCACAUAAGGCUUGUCAAGUCUUUCCUCUUCAGUUGAAAUUGCCAAAUCUAGCAGGGGACCUUGUUCAGAAUGUCAGGGGGCCAUGGCAGCCAUGUUAAAAAACAAAAGAAAAGAAAGAUAUAUAACCAUCUUCAUUUUACUGAGCAGCCUUCCCAAGCACUGUGCCAUCAUUCCACAAAGUACAAAUCUGCAAACGUCAACUCCUACUUUUCCACUAUGAAUGUUGUGGGAGCCUGAGGAAGUACAUGCAGCAGUUUACUGCUGUAUUGAGAUACCUGGAACAAUGUGGAAGAGUAGCUCACUCUGCAAAAAAAGAAAGAAAGAAAUCUGUUCACUUCCUGCCAUCUUUAGGUUGGGAAUCCUGGUGAACCUGGGUCACGUGGGCCUGAAGGAAGCCGCGGUUUGCCCGGGAUUGAAGGAUUACGUGGGCCCCCCGGACCUCGUGGUUUGCAAGGCCAACAAGGUGCAACAGGCCUGCCUGGCAGCCAGGGCCCAGCUGUAAGUAAGAUAUCCUUUUGCAUGGCUAUUUCUGUCACUGCAAGAAUUAUGAAUGGGCUUGCAAUCAAAAUUGCAGGUGGCAAUCUAUUGCAGAUCCCUGCAAUCUGUUGGGACCAUCUAAAUUUUUUGCUGGACGCAAUUCUGCCCACUGUUUACAGAAUGCUUAUUUGUUUCAGGGCAGAGAGCCAACUGAUGCACACAUUAAGCAGGUUUGCAUGAGAGUUCUGCAAGGUAAAUAAACCACGUUUCUGUUUGUGAACUCUGAAUAUGAGUUUUUCCAAGAGCUUGCAUUUACUGUGUGUGUCGCCUGCUUUUCUCCUAGCAGCACAUUCUUUGGUGGCUGGCUGGCUGGAACCUCUGCUGAUUUGGGGUGGAAAACAACUGACAUUGGAAGUUUUUGGGUGGCGGGUUGUCUAGUGUGGUGGUGGUGGUGGUUUUUGUUCUUCUUGAAGAUUCCCAUUCAUAAAGAACAGUGUUCCAAGUCAAUGGAUCGGCGCCAACUUUUUAUAGGGAAUAAACGUUUAGAUGUAGCUGUUGGCAUUAUUCUGGGCAGCAGGACAGGAAGGCACAGCACCCAGUCAAAAAGAGGGCAAGGGGGGGAGAAGCUCCUGCAUUCUCCACGACAAUUUUCUCCUUUAACACGAAGGCUCUUUCGGCCACAAGCAAAGCCAUCAAAGGCAGCCUUUGCCAACCCAAAGCCCUCCAGAUGAUAACUCCUACCAGCCCCUGCUACUACAGCUGCCAUUUCAGUGCUAUUGCUAUAAUUAACAUGGAUCAUCAGCGGUUUAAGCAAGAUCAUAUGGUUGCACUUUGUGGUGCUCAAGAAGUUGCUUUUGUAAAGCCUUAAAAUAAGGUUGUAAGUGUCCGAAGUAUGAUGUGUCAAAUAGACUGCGGUAGAACUCAGCUCCCGAAUUGCAAACUAUGUCAUAGGAUAAAACAUGCUAAAGUAUGGGCAGCUAAUGAGAACUGUGUUCUGUCAGUCAUCUGUGCGUGUAAACAUUGCAAUAGCAUUGAUUUUAUUCUUGUUUUAUAAUUUGCUAUAUUUGUAGCUUUGAAUUUAUUGCAUCUGUGUCGGGGCGGAGGAAAUCUGUGCCCUGCCGACAGUGGCUGCUGCCGAGGUCCUCUGGGAUGUUGCACUGCUGUAUUUCAGCAGUUUAAGAGGCAUUAUUGCACUCUGUGAUUUAAUUUGAGGCCUUCUCAGCACAACUGCUAUUUUUUAAAACUGCCCAACAGGGUAUAUUAUUAGUUUCCACUUCAGAUUUAGCUUCGCUAUGAAGAUAAAUGUUCCCAUCUCCUUUUAUCAAGUUUAGAAUGUCCCUAUAGGGAAGGGCUGCAGCUCAGUGGUAGAACACAUGUCUUGCAUGAAGAAGAUUCAAUCCCUGGCAUUUCCAGUAGGGCUGGAAAGAUUUGAGCAGCUGUCGGUCAGUGUAGUGUAGACAAUGCUAAGCUAGGCGGAAUAAUGCUCUGACUUGGUAUAGGCAGCUUUCCCUGUUCUGUGAACAUUAGGUUAUGUGAGGCCAAUUGUGGUGGAUUUGAAUGGCACCAGCAGUUGAAGUGUUGCAUUUGCAGCAAAAGGGGGGAACUACUGGAAACAUCAUGCCAUAUCCCAAGCAAAAAAUAAAUUAAAAAAUUCAUCUUUCACAGUGUCAGUGUGUGGCCGAUACGUUAUCACAGAACUUUUCAGAUGGGGAAUUAAAACAAAUUAUCAUGCAAGGGAUUCAGUUUCCUUUCUGCUCACCACUCAUAACCUUUCUACCUGCAUAUUUGUGGCAGAUGCAUGGUAAAUGCCCCCCCUUCCAUCUCCUUGUCAUGGAAAUCUUCUGCUCCCAGUUUUUAGGAAGUAUUUAAACCAAGGAAUUGCCACAUCUAAUAUAAAACCUAAUACAGUGGUACCUCAGGUUACAGACGCUUCAGGUUACAGACUCUGCUAACCCGGAAGUAGUACCUCAGGUUAAGAACUUUGCUUCAGGAUGAGAACAGAAAUCGCACGGUGGUGGCAGCGGGAGGCCCAUUAACUAAAGUGGUACCUCAGGUUAAGAACAGUUUCAGGUUAAGAAUGGACCUCCAGAACAAAUUAAGUUCUUAACCCGAGGUACUACUGUACCAGAAACUUAUUUGAAGUCUAUUGGAUCUCAUCAGAAUUGUAAGAACCAACUCUUUAUUUAUUCAUAAAAAAGCCAAUAGGCAUCUAGUCCUCAUGGUUGCAUGGGUUUGAAAAUGUUGCUUUUUAUUAAAAGGGUGAUGAGUAAAAAAAUAAAAAUCAACCACCAAGAAAUCCAGAUUAAUAUCUUUGCAGUUGAAUACUACAAAUGAUUAGAUUAAACUUAGUUUGUAAUUUAUCUUCAUUUCUCCCCCACUUAACAGAGCAACUGGCUCAACUGGCUGCCAGUCUUCGGAGGCCGGAGUUUGGUGCUCCAGGCCUCCCAGGCCGCCCUGGGCCACCGGGUUCCCCUGGACCACCUGGAGACAAUGGCUUCCCAGGGCAGCUUGGGCUUCGGGGACUGCCUGGCCUUAAGGGUCCUCCUGGAGACAUUGGGCUGAAAGGCCCCAAAGGUAAGAGACCAAUGCAUGCUUACCUGGGAGCAUCACUCCUUGAAGUCAACAGGACUCAGCCACAAGGAAACAUGUAUAAGAGAGGGCUGCUCAGUGCUAGGAUUUCAUAUAAAACACACCGAAGCUAUUUGCUGUGGCGUGAUCAUUACUGCAUGCAGUUUAAUGGAAGUUUGUCUACCAUAAUGGAUCCGUCACAUACAACUGAUACAUAUCGGUUCAGCUUUGUUCAUGUUCUUGGCUUUGAUGCCAGAAAUUGUUGUUCCUUUCUCAUUUUGUUCCAGGAAAGAGUACAAGCAAAUUUCUUCUUCUCUUUCCCAUUAUUGACCUCAGUAUGUAACACAGCAAGCACCCCUAACACACUGUGUUCUUAAUUUCUGUGUUUCCCCUGUGACUUUUGUCUGCACACUCUCCUUCUUGAGAUUUCAUUUUCUGCUCUUCUUUUUCUUGGUCAGUCCAAUUCUACCAGAUGCCCUUGUACUACUUACUAUCUCUUAUGAACCAGUUGAGAGUCCCAUGAGUAACUGAAAUAGGCAGAAGGUAUUGCCUCUAUCUAUGCCAGAGUCCUGCUGCAGAAGGGUACCUGGGCCUGCUGGAGCAUCAUGCAAGAGAGGCGAAGUUGGAUAUUGUGUGAGGCAGGUGGAAGUUGUGGCAGAUUUCUGCUGGAACCAGAUCAGGGCAAUCGUUGCCUCGGGUCUUGCGACACACGAUGCUCGCUUACAUCAAUUCCCAUUAAAAUAAAUGGGCCGUACAGUUGUGUAACUAGCUGCAGCCAUGAUCGUUUUAGCUUCCUGUUUCUGAGAUGAAUAACCUGACUAGGGAGAUAUAUAUUUACUACUUUUUUUUCCACAGUGGCAAAGAAAGAACUGAGAUCACAUAGGCUAUAUGCACCAUAAUCCUCUGCACAUUCACCUGGAAGAGAGCAGUGCUGAGUUCAUUGGCAUUUAUUCCAUUAAGUGUGCACAGGCUUUGCAGCCUUGGCGAUAGAAACAGAUCUCCCCCUCACCUUUAAUUGUUGCAUUCAGAACACUCUCCAGUCCCUUUAUGCAGAAUUUUAUUUCGCUUCUCUUCCCAGGCCCGGCUGUUUGUGCUCGUUUCCCAUUAAAAACAUAGAGCACAUUCAUCCUUUGAAUGUAAAGUUUCUCAUCUGAAACUUCUUGCUAAGCCUCAAUAUGACAUCAGGCUAGACAGGGUUGGGAUUACACCAGUGUGGCAUUUUAGCAAGGUUUGCAUGCAUUCUCUGGCCCACUGCUAACUUGACACUUAAGCAUAUUGUUACCAUGGAUCUAAGGUGUCUGGGAACAUCACCUACUCUAGUGAUGCCAUUAGCCCUAGGGCUUUUGUCACUAAAGGGCACAUUUGCAAACCUCUGAAUAGAGCAAAAGGUGUUGGGAGAGCUCUUUUAAAAAUGUGUUUUGAGAAGCCCUUUGGCUUAGUUCCCUAUAUUGAACUUCGCUCAGAAUCACAAAUUGCAGAGGGACCACUAUGGAAGAAAACCACACUUUUCAAUACUGUAGUUAAACUGGAGAUCUGCUAAUUUAAUGUUUCAUCUUUGUUCUUCUUUGACUGAAAGCAUCUUGUCUUGAAAGCAGCCCCCCCACCCUCAACUGCUUUUUGCGUGCUUUUAUCCAGUUAUAGACAGUAAACUGCUCCAUAGGCAAACCUGGCUACUGUAGUUUUGUGAGGUAGGCUAGGGGUUUUGAACAGAGCAACUCACCUUUGCAGGAAAGACAUGACAAAUAAACCGCUACAGAACCAGUUUUAGGUGUGCAGCAGUGCCUUUGUAGAAUGAUGAGCCAUAGUUUAUUGAGUGCUGAUAAGACUGUGCUCAUGGGUAGCCAACGGUCUAGAACUAGCACCGAGUUCAAUUUGGCCUGCCACUGUGAACUUUUCUGAAGUGAUUAGAGCACUGGAAUGCCAGAUUGUGGAUAACUGGACCUGGAAAUAACAAUUCAGGCUGCUGGCUCAACAGGAACAAAGAUCUGUUUGAGCACAGUAACCGUGUGCCUUGGUCUUUGCAUUCCAAGAGCAGAGGUGGCUGAAAGAGGACAAAGGAAGUGAAAUUAACAAAGCUUAGAUGAAAAUAACUUGAUCUCUGGCAACCUAAUAAUUACUUUGGGACACAGUAAUCAGCACCUGGAAGAACCCACAUACAUCUAAAUGUGGUGGAACAGGGGAUGACUCUGCAGAAUGAAUAAGAACGGAAUGCUAAAAGCUGCUAAUUAUGCUGCAUAAAAGGGGGAGAAGGCAAAGCUUCCCAGCAAUCUGGUUUCCAGAGCCAGCACACAUUAGGAUGCAGCAAGUUGUGAUGCCUAUAACAAAAUAUGAUACAAUGGUGUCCCAUCAACAUUACUGCCAAUAGCUAUUACAAAAUGCUAAACUCUGGGCAGUUCCCCAGAAUCGGGCCAUGAAAAGGGGAAAACCUGAGGUAGAAAUAAAUUGUGAUGACCUCAGAGAAGGUGCACAGCAAAGAGGCCUCCACUUUAUUUGCCACCAAGGUGAACACGCCAGACAGAAAACUCCCUAGGGUGGCAAACUGGUCUCUGGUUGCCAGCAUUGCAUAGUGCAGGUGAUCUUUCAAGUUAGUCAUUUCAGAAGAAGCCUACUGUUUACAGUGUAACUAUUCCUGUUUGUUUUUUUAAAUGCUUAACAACCCAAAUUUUACAUCCAGCCAUGUGAUCCACUCUCGUGUAGUGAUGUGAUGCAGAAAGGGAAGAAGGGGGUGGGGGUGGGGCAAUAUUAGUGGGAAUGAAAAAACAGCUAUAGAAAGGCAAAGUCCCUGCUUGGAAAUUGGAUCUGUAAUGUGUGAUUAUAGAGAUAGCAGUCAGUUCUAACUGUGGGGGGGAUUUAGUAGUGGGAAGCUACCCUUAAGGACAUACGUAUUUAGUUUAACUGAAUCUGCUCUGCUCUAAAUCUCUGUUAUUGCUUGAGCUGCGGAUCAUUUGUCCUGUCCACUGAUUUUAAGUGUCUGUGUGUGUGCAGAACGUUUCUUCAUGCAGAUUGCACAUAAUGUUCCAUUAAUACGUUUUAGGUGAAACAGGUGAAAAGGGGGAGAGAGGAUUCCCAGGUCGAGGACCCAAAGGCUUACCAGGCACAACAGGACUCCCAGGUAAAUACUGAAUUUUGCUUCUAGGAUAGGGGUGGGGAACCAACAGCCCCCCCUCCCCAGAUACUGUUGGACUCCAUCUCCUGUCAGCCCCAGCCAGUGGUCAAGUAUGAGGGGAGUUGGAGCCCAGUGACACCCAGCAGCUACAGAUUCCCCACCCCCACCUGUGCUCUAGGAAAUUCAAGAAGUGUUUGUGCAGCUGUGCAUGAAAUGCUAUAUUUAACAACCCUGGAAAUGUGGGUGUCUGUCUGCAAGGGAGUGAAUGCUUAAUUACUAGGAUAUGCAUACAACUGCCCCCCCCAUGUCUCAAUUCCUUUCACCCUUCUUUUUUGGUAAUGCUGUGAUCUCCAUGAUCAAGGCAGGCAGUGCAUCCCCUUGAAACUAGCAGCUCAGCUUCCAAAUUAUGGCUGGUAGCUCUUCUCAAAUGGUCUUUUGUGCCACUGUUUGUUACAUCUUCAAAACUGUAUGGGAAGCUCUCAAUUGACUCAUUAAUAAAAGCCGGCCUGCAACUCAGAAAGCCACAGAAUAAAAUUUUAGAAUCAAGUUCCAUAGACCUAAUACUGCCAACAUUGCAGGGUGUGGUAAAAUAGUACAAGGUCGGGAUCAAGAACACAAUGAUUAAGUUAAAAAUAGCAAGUUGGCUUCCAGAAUAUAUGGCAUGCUUAAGGAUUUGCAAAUCCUUUCGAUCUGAUUUUGGUUGCAGGACUCUUUAAAAUGUAGCUUGCUGUAUUACUGUACCAAUAUGAAGCACUGCAGAAUGAGAAACCCUUGCUUAUAAAUGCAACACAAGUGCCCUCUAGUGGUAACUAGAGGUAACUAUGACACAAAUAAUUUGCCAUACUUCUAUAAAUACAUUCAAACUAUUUCUAUUCGUGAUACGCAAAACUUUUCAAGUUCCCUUGAUUUCUUAACAAUCUCAUCCCUCUUCCACAAUAUUACGUUUUCCAUGAACAAGAUUUCUUUCCAAUAAUACUAUGCAGUCUCAAAAGCAGGCAGCUCGAGGGAAAUUCGGCCUUAAUGCUCUGCCAAGGAAGGGCAAGACCCUGUGAUUUUUGCAAACGCAAUCUCUACCCAUCAGAUUGAACAUGGUUGAAGUAGAUGACCUAGUUUACUUGAAGGCAAUUUUGGAAACAAUUUUUUUAUUCAGGGGCCAUAGCCCCCCCCCCCCCUUGAACAUGCCUUGAACACAUAAGUUCCCCAUUCAAAUCCCCAGCAUUACUAGAACUAGGAAAAAUCUCUUCCCCAGAAAAAAGUCACUGUCAGCAUAAAGCAGUUCCUUAUGUUUGUUCAGACAAACUUACCCCAGAUAUCUAAUGCCAAUGUGUUUUCAGUAUAUUGCUGGUUUAUUUUUAUUUUUUAACGUUUCUAAUAGUUGUUUCGUUUGCUUUUAAUGAAUAAUUCUAUUGUUUUAUCCUUUUGUGAACCAAAGAAGGGGAAACUUGAAUGCCAGAUUAGGGUCUUCUCCUUUGGAUGAGGAGUUUCUGUUUUGUACUGUAUUGGAAGCCAAUGUUCCAUGAGACACGUGGUUCAGGCUGGUGAAUAUAGACAUGCACGCUGAACUCUCCUGAUCCACGUGCUGCAUCUCCCUCCGCAGGAGAACCAGGCAAACCCAGCUAUGGAACCGAUGGGCGAGAUGGCGACAGAGGCCCACCUGGAGCAGGUGGCCUACCGGGCAUACCUGGGCCUCCGGGGCCCCCUGGUCCUCCUGGUUACUGUGAGCCAUCAGCCUGCACUGUGCAAGCAGGACUACGAGCGGACAAUGUGAAAGGGCCGUGAAAAGUGCAAAAGUUUGCAACGUGAGUGUUUGGCAACAAUGUACUAUACUUGACAACAGAGAGAAAACAGCAGAAGAGAUGCAUACAGUAAAAACGUAAGAGAAUUCCUCUAUCCAAGGCGUGACAAGACUUUGCAUGCACUGGUUGUCCCCUCUUCAACCUGUACAAACAGGUACAUGGCAACUAUUUUUUUAAAGUGAUACCUGAUGGCUUUUCUUUUUUAUCAUGGUGAAAGGCCGCUGUGUCUUUUUUAAGACACCUUCCCCAAAUAGUAUUAUUAUUUCUUUCUCCUCUUUGUAUUGUACUGUAUUACAGCGUCAGAGAGAAUGAUGUAAUUCAGUUGACUUUAUCCAAGGCAACUGUAAAAUUGUGGUUGUUUGCAUUCACCUUUUCCCAUGUAGCUUCCUCUAACUUCAAAUACACAGACAGGGCCGCCAUGCAAAAACAUGUGAAAUGCUUUUGCACACUGAGAAGCUUCUGUAAGGGGGUGAAUGCCACGUUACCCAUAAUAUAUCAUGUGAAGAAACUGCUACAUAUAGAAAUUUUAAUUUUCUGUUCCAACAUGUAUUGAAUUCUGUUCAAAGCAACACUGUUGCCAACUCCAGCACGUGUCUGAAAUUAAACAAAGAGGCCAAAAAGUCACUGGUAAAGGAAUCUAAAUCUUUGGAAACAGCGAAGAUUCAUAGCCAAAUUUAUUUAUUUUAAAUGAUCUGAAGUCACAUCUCUGGUUGUAUAAAAGUUGAAAUAAAUAAUGUUUUUU